CUCUUUCUCUCUCAAACACACACACACACAUUCGCACACACUUUCCCCCCACCUCCCGACUUUCUCUCUCCCAGCCCAGGCGCUCCUCGUCUCCAAAGCCUGUCUCCAGAAGCAUGUCCUCAGACAUGCAGCCACGGUGCGAUGAAGCGGACCAAAAGACGCCACCAGCAUGACAGCAUGACGGCAGGUAAAUCCUAAAUCAUCUUAUUUUUCAACCCUCAGUAUGAGUCGUAUAGUGUCCUCUACUCUGAUAAAAAAAAAAAAAACAGAGGGAAUCGACAUUUGUCAAGCAGGUCUUCUCAGACCAGAAGGUAGAGGGUUUGCUCGGCUGUGACUGUGAGAGCGGAGAGUCCGAUAACAGGGAUCAAUUCUGGACCUGGGACUUCUCAGGUGGGAGAAUGUGCCCCUAAAACCCCCUUGGUUGUUUAUGCAUUGAUGUCCACACCUGUAAUCAUCACCCAUUGGCGCGUAAAAGCCGAAAUGUGGGAAUCCGGGUGAACAAAUUAGCCGCUUUUCUCAAAAUCUGGAGACAUUUGAAAGUUGUUUGGGAAGCCACAUAUGCUCAACUUUAUUCUUUAAGGAGUUUAACUUGAAAGAGCGACAAAAGUCUCGGUUUGAGUCGGAAAAUAUGGGUUGCCACCAGCUUAAAUAACGCGUAGAAAUCAGGCCAGCCAGUAUCUCCUGGGAAAGCUUUGCAUGAGGAGCACAAGGACAACGAAAUGUUUGAGGCUUGUGUCAUUUGGCGCAACUUGUCGGGAGAUGAGAACUUUAUAUGUCAUUUAUUUCGCGGUUGAGCCGCAGCAAAUACAGUUUCAGUGUCAAAUCAUACGGUUUGAUCAUUUGAUGUCACAAUCUGGUUUGGCUUUUCAGUCAAUUAACUCCAACCACAUACAGCAUAUGCGCACUGCUUUGUCUCCUAUCCAUAUAAAUCAUCUGUAAUUCCUUUUAGUCUCACGAUUUUUCACAUUUAUUCGAUCUAUUUGGCACCAGCCUUCGUCUGUAGAAACGGUUUUCAGGUAAUCUUUGCGCUCAUGGCACUCUAAUGCGCAAUGGAUAAACGCGUCCUCCAUGUCCCCUCUUUAACAGCUGCUUGCUUUCCCUUCUUUUAUGCUUCAUAUCUGCUAAAAACCUUGAUGCCUGAUCAUCCACAUUUAACUGUGAUAAAGGAAAAGCGUGAUUCUGUUUUUGCCCGGGAGCAGCCCUCCUCUCUUGUCUCCCCAAUUCGAUCAAGCAGGCUUGAUUUCAGCGUGUUUCAGCCACAGAGUAACGUGGAAAACACACGACGUUUAUUAUGAGAGGAUAAAACACCAAAUGUGAUCGCAGUUUGAUGCGUGAAGAUCAACAAAUCUAUGGAAGAAUGAGAGGCGAUUUCGCUUCACGGUCGCAGCCUAACGCGCGUAAAAGCGCAACGCAAGAAUGGGAGCGGACUCGGGAAGGCAGGCUGGUGUCAUUGUGGGUCUCAUGGGUGACAUGUUUUGCGCGCAGUGGAUCCCCGGAAUCAUGUUUAGAGUGACGUACAAUGAGGUUGUGGGUGAUAAAUCCACAGGAGCACGCGGUAGCCUGAAGGCAGAGAAGCAGCGAUUUAUGGAGCCCAGAUUUAGAGUGCAUGCUCUGUUUUUGAGCAUCAGAAUCAUCCACUUCUGUGCAAUUGAAAGGUGAGUGGAAGGAAUGCGUGUGCUCUUUGUGCAAAGAGUUUUUUUUUUCUUUGGGUGCAGAUUCUAGUUUGCUGGCUCUUAAAUUCUUCAUGAGACUGAAAAUUGGUCAAAGUAGAUCUUUUGAAAAGAAAAGGGUGCUUAUUUUCAAAGAAGGAUCUGUUGUCAGGUUUAAUGGCUUUAAAGAGGACUCUUGAUGGUUAUUUCUGCACUGAAAGGACGCCAACGUCUUCUGGAUUUUCUGAUAAGACUGAGUACAUUAUGUAUGUGAUUAUUGCUUUGCUGGAUUUGUGUCUUAUUACAGCAAGAUCCCAAAUAAUCCUGCAGAUGCACUUCAUCUGUGGCAGCUUGUGCAGAGAUUUGAUGGUUUGUUGUGCUGGGAGUGAGUGAGUGAGAGAGAGAGAAAGAGCAGUAGCUUGACCUUGAUUAAGUCUCAGGCUGUAAUUGGUUUUUUGGUUUGUAGAAAUGGCAGGUAAACAAAAAAGAGACUAAUGUGGCCUUUCAUAUCUUUAUUUUCGCCGUCUUCUGCUACUGCAUGAUUUCCAGGUCUAAGCUGUUUUUUUGUUUUUGCACAUUCAUGCAGAGCUCCAAUUAAAUAUUUGAUUUGGAGCCUUGGAUUAGCAUUUUUGUUUGAAUGCAUUAGAAAGUCUCCACCGCUCUUCACUUACUGCCUCUUUUGAAUCCCAUGUUUACCCAACAUUUAAGUCAAACGGUAACUAAUAACCAAUGAAAACAGAAAAAGAUGAAAUUCAACAGCUUAUCUGAAUUUCUUCUCAUUCUUUUGUGGCAUGUGCUUUAGUACUUGGACUAUUUGCUCAACUGCACUCAAGGAAUUUGGGUUUUUCAUGUGAGCAUGUGUGGAACAAAAACUUUGGAUUAUACAAAUCAGAGGAUAAGCGAGAUAACUGGCUUACCUGUUAUGUCAGAAUCCUUAUUUGGUGACUCAACAAUGUGUCAUUUGAUUCUUCUUUGCCCCUUUUUAUGUUGCUUAUGUCAAUUUGUCAUGAUUGAAGCAGCUGUAGUUAAGUCUGUCGGCUUUUUAGUUGAUAACCGGUGGGUCUCUGGUCCACGUCUCAUCACAGACCAAGUUUGGGAAUGUAGAGACCUCAUGGACGAUUGUAAUCUCACUCUCAGGACAUUGGGAAAGACUCUGAACCUCCAACUGCAGACACCUCUUCAGUAUUGCACAUCCAUAUGCUCUUCUGUCUGCAUGUUUGAGUGCAUUUCAGUCUUAAUGUGUGUAGCAUGUAUAUGAAUAUGAAUAUCAAAUAUAGCAGAAAGCAGCUGAGAAAAAUGCAAAUUAAAACCGCUUCUGAAUUUCUUUUAUUUUUUGAAUGCGAUCUGCCAAAAUUGUUACCCAAGAGCCGUUUGUUAACCUGCAGAUAAGGACUCCUGGCAGAUUUUCAGAUUUCUGCAAGAGACAAAGACUAGAGUCUAUAAAUCAUGAUAGUAAGACGGAUCAGGGUCUUGUGUUUUUUCUAUUUUUUAUUUUAUUUUUAUUUUUUUGUGGAACUGCCUCCUCAGGAUGAUAUUCUCUUUUUUUUGCUGAUGUGUUUUUCUAUUUUUUGAAACGAUCUCUCCAGGAUACUUAAAGCUCCUGUAGGGAGUUUUUUGACAUUUUUUUUAAAUAGACAAAAAUUCAAAUUGAUGCUUCUUUUAUGAUAUCCAAAAGCAAAAAGGCUGAUCAGCUACAUGGUUAAUGAUUUUAUAACAUAUUUUUUCAUGCCUGAAAAUGUGUGAGGGGGUAGGUGUCAGCAGAGCAGCUGAAGAAACAGCCUCUUUUUAUCGUUUCCAAACAAACGACAAGCAGUAAAAGACAAAUUUGUCAGUCAAAAGUCAGAAUGAUGGGAUAUUUUUGUCAGAGCAAAGACGUCUUUGUCCACAAGGGGGCACCAAAAGGGACACAAACUUCAAGUUCUCACAGGAGCCUCAAAAAGUUGAUGAAGGGGUCCAUUUUUAAAAUCAAUGACAGCAAUAAUGAGGUCCUUGAUUUUAUUGACUUUGGUGCCCCCUGUGGACCAAACAGGAAGUGUCAUCAUUUUUAUGACAGGCACUGGAAGUGGAGGGAAAGUAAGUGUCGUUACUCUCCUUGCUGUCGAUCUCAAACUGUAAUAUGGAGAGAACAGGAGAUGUUGCUGACAGUUGGGGUUAAAUUUAGAAGUAGUCAUUUUCAGACCAGCCCAACUAAAGCAGUGAUUGUAUGUUACCUCAAUAACAUUGUUUGCCAUGAAACAUGUAAAAAAAAGUGGUUUUGAGCUGUAGCUGGCUGCGUGAACGCUCAUUCGGGUUAAAAAUGACAACAUAAUGCUAACUAAUCUUGUUGCUGAUGGUCUUGCUUGCUUUUGUAGUUUAUAAAGAGGCGUCACCAUAAAUCUCGGUGAUUUAUCUUUUUCAUAAUUGCCAAGACUCUGUUCUAUGUCGCAAAAACAAAGUGAGGACUUAAAGCGUUUUUUUCCCCUUCGACUCUCAGUGUCCAGAUUUGAAAGUAAAGCUGCUCUCUCUGAAGUUACACGUGUCACAUCUCUUCACUAUCUCUGUCAGACCUUACAAAAGUUCCUCAAACUUGUUGCCCUCUUUUUUAAUCCCGUGUGACACCCUGAUGUUGAUGGAUGAGCUUUCGAUACGGUCUCUCUGAACAGUGCUUUUGCUCUCUCUCUCCCGUCCCUGUGAGGUUUACCGAGGUCAGGCAUGUGGCUUUUUUCCCCCUUCUAUAUCUGUCCCUAAGUGUAUUGAUGUCACAUUAGAGAUGCAGAUAAUACAGACAGUGGAUUCUUUUAUUAUUUUUUAACCAGGGGCGUCAGUGAGCCUUGCUGCAACAGCAAAUUAUAGCUUUUAUUGAUUUGCUUCGCCAGCGAUUGGACAUGAAUAUUGCUUAUUGGCAUGUUGGUUAAUGCAGAAUGGAGAGAGGUGGCGUCUGCAGGGAGCAUAAUUAUUUAUAUUUAUCACAGAAGAUCACAUAUUUCCAGUUUUUGUCUAAAAAUUGAUGCUCAGAGCCCCCUGUGGUGAAAAAAAAAGUUGCAAAUAGAUGCAAUCAUCGUCUAAGCAUUUGCUAUACUUUCAUAUUCAAAUCAUGUGGAUGUAAUCAAACAAUGUGCACAUACAAGAAAGAAAAACAUGAAUCUGUCUUGGUCACAUUCAGAUAAAAAAGGAGGACAGGUUGACGGAGGAGGCUUGUACCUUCAUGAAUGCACAUCUCCCUAAAUCUGCGUUUUUGGCAGAAGUGGAAAACAACGCGAGAAGCGAGGUCUUGCUUUUGUAAAAAGUUAAAUUUAGCUGACGGGAUGCCACGGACAUAAGCUCCUCUGCUGUAGAGCGGCUGCACAGUGCACAUUAGUGAAUCUGUGUAGCUGGCGCACGCAGAAAGGAAUGCCUAAUUAUCACGCUUUCAACCGCAGUAGGCUUCUCUAUUUGCACUGAUCUGCUGCUCUAAUCGCUUUCUUUUUCUGUCAUUACACACUUAUUUAUUUUUAUUUUACGCAAUUAAAAUGUUAUUUAGCUCACUUUGGCUAAGCGGGGAAGUCGGGGCAGGAUCUGCUUGGUUUUAAAGGACGGUCUAAUUGAGCAGAAACACAAGAUUGGCUCGGGUAAUGUGUGGAAAUUUUGUUGGAAAGAUCAAAAGAGGUUCUGCAAGAGGUUUUACAUAACAUCCAGCGUGCAUGAAUGAGUGGAUGAAGGCUGUAUCAAUGGAAAAACAGGCAGAAUAAGUGUGCAUUUGACUCAGUUUUGCAUUUCAAUAAGAUUUCAUAAGCUUCAAUUUCCAUGUGGUGACCUGUAUCCUCAUGCAAACGCUUCAUCUUCACCUCGUUGUACAAAUGGGGCGGUGUAGCCUUUAGCUGUUCUUCUUAUCAGAUGCUGAGUGAUUACAGAGCUUCACAAUAUGAAGUGCCACUAAACCACCUCACCAAGAGGCAUUGAUUGGACAGGAUGGGAGGAGGGCGAUUCCUCCUUAAGGUCAUUAUCUGGUGGACAGAGAGAGUCGGAUGAAACAAACCACUGUAAUUGCAUUUGUAACAAAAGACUCAGGAUCAAUGGGCUAAGCACUAGUUACAGCAUUGUGUCAGCGUUUUUUAUCAACAUACACGUGGAUCCAGUGACCCUGUAAUUGCUCUUAAGAUCUAUUCUUUUAAGAAGACCUGUUGUUUUGAUCCGUACUUAAAUACUAAGUUACAAUCUUACAAAGUUUGAAAAGUUUAGAUCUACAUGUGGUAUAGUCCCAGGAAGUGUUUUCCGACUUUUUUGAACUGGUUUCAUGAUAAAGUCACAGCCUGACGUCAGGGUCUUCUGUCCUACUGGGACAAGGCUAACGCUAAAAAGUCAAUUUCAACAAUCAGCUUUUUCCUCCACUUUGUUGACUCAUUCUGUCUCAGCUUUGUGUUAUUUCUCAACUAUGAGCUGUGUGAAAGGUAGCACCCACCAGUUGUGUCUAGGUCUAAGAGACUAGAGAAGGAGUCAAAAUGAAGCGUCUCAGGCAAGGGCUGAAUACUGUUGAAGUAAGGAGUUUUUUCCAAGUGCCAUAUGACAAAUAAGUUAUAGCGAACUAUCGGUCUUCUCUUAAGGGGAAUGCAGAGGCUUGUAGUCUGUGCACGCUAUUACAUUUAUAAGACAUUUGAAUCAACAACGAACUGUAGAUCCAGAAAUGGCUCACAGCAGAAUUCAUGUCUUGGAAAAUCAGGAAAUAAUGCUGCAUUCGAGUUACCUCAGAAGUCAGAAGUCUGACCUGAAAAUGACGUCACACCUGAGUUACCAGCGUUUCAGUUACGAAGUCUGAAAAAAGCUAAAUCAGAGGCGGUAACAAGAUGGCUACAUCUACGAAAGUUAUUAUUGCCUUUGCCUUACUUUUGGACAAGGCAUGGGCUAUAAUAUAAUAAUUUCGUAGAUGUAGCCAUCUUGUUACCGCCUCUGAUUUUGCUUUUUUCCGACUUGGUAACUGAAACGCUGGUAACUGGGGUGUGACGUCAUUUUCAGCGCCAACAUCUGAUUUCUGAGGUAACUCGAACGCAGUAUAACUCCUCAGGUGGGCCCCUGUCAAACUAGUUACCAUGGUGAUGCUGAGUCAUAAUCAGAGAGGAAAAUUACAUCUGUUUAUGUUGAAGAUACUUAUGAAAACAUUGACAUGUAACCCCGCCUCAGUCUUAUAGUUGGUGCGAGUAUUACUGAAUAACAUCAUCAUUAUUAUUUCAAUCAAACUGGCUGUAAAUCGUCCUCAUUACUGUUGAAAUAUUUGUUGCUAGUGAAUCAAAAGAUGUAUAUUUCAGUCAUUGUGAGAAUCUGAGCAGCAGGAGCAGCAGUUGUAGAAUUAGCCUGAAAACCUCUGGAGAUUCCUCUGCUUCCAAAAGCCUCAGGUGUUCCUCGGUCUUUCCUCUCAUCCAGCAAUGAUGUCGGGCGGCCAUUCCCCACUCUUAAUUACUGUAAGCCCCGGCAGCAGAUAAUUCCAGCCCACUACUUCAAGCUUUGGCUCUGCUGUUAUCACUGGCUCCAUAAAACAUUCAGUGUGCCCGCUCGCUCUCCUCGGACCUUGGCAGCGAAGGGUUAUUGUAAUUGCCAGCAGGCCUUAAUUCCUCUGUGAUGGGAGAUUGUAAGACAAAAAUAAUGGGAGCUCCGGACUUUCCCUCUGACCUACACUUUUCACACAGUUGGAAAAGAAUUUGGAGAUGUUGUUUAACAGAUAAGAAAGUAAGUAGGAGUGAAAUUACUUUUCUUAUCUAAUUUUUUGUGCUGCAACUUUAGCAGAAGGCAAAACCGCUCAGGCUGGUGUCACAACUUCCUCUAAACUACGCCGACAUGGCAGGGCAUCUGAACAUCUCACUGUGCUGCUGCAGAUGCUGCUUGUGUGGGAGUUUCUUGAAGUAGCCUUGUGUGACUUCUUACAGGGCCAAAAGCACUAACAAGCAAUUAGCGAACAGGGAGAUGGCUUGGUAUUUCAAGGAAACAAAACCCAAGCCUUAAAAGUCUGGGAUUGCUCUUUCUUUGUUUGUUUUUGACAUGUUUUGCUUGUUUAAGCCACUGCAGUUAUAAAAGUACCCUAAAAUCAUUAAUACUGACAAACAAGAGCUGGAUAUUCACGGGUUUGCAAAGCAGAAAAUAUCCGAACAUGAGAUACGCAUGCCAGUGCAGGGCCUUGAACACCCUAAAGAGAGAUUUGCCGAUUUUUCAUCGAUGAUAAUGCUUUUUUAGAUGCAUCACUAAGUGUUAAUCCAUCCACUUCCCAAGCACAAGUCAGUGAGCUGUUGGCAGGCUGACUUCUGUUUGAAUGGGCAAUAAAAGUCAAACUGUACUCCUGAAGGUACUGCUGUCCUAAUUACAGACCUGCCUGCAGCUGAUAAACAGGAAUGAUGGCCAAAUGAAGGCACCAUGGACUUGACGUCAAUAAUGAAUCACUGCCCUGUUGUCCUGGUCCUUAUGCAGUCCUGCCUGGAUAAUUUGCUGGUCUGUCAUCAGUCAGACACUCGAGUGCAAACUAAAAUUUCUCCACAGAUACUCGACAGAGUUUUGGGUCCUCAAAAGAUGAAUCUCUUGGAUCUUAGGGACACCUCUGGUUCUGAGUGGCCAGGAUGAAUUUUAUUACUUAUUUUCGCUAUUCUGUAAUUGUUAUUUGAAACUAAAUACCUCAAAAUUAAACAUCUUUCAAAGUACCUUGUGUUUGGUAGCUACUACUUAGUAGGGGUGGGAAAAAAAAAACGAUACAGUAUAGUAUCGCGAUAUUUUGUCUGGUGAUAUAUCGCAUUGUCUCAUUUAGCAAGCAUCGAUUUUUCAAAUUAAUUGCUAAUAUGAAGUCAAAUCUAUGAUAAUGGAAAACAUUGAAUCAACUGUUUGUCUAGUGAGGUUGGCAGAGGUGAUAUUGAGUAAGAGAAAGCUAGUACAACAAAUAUAUAGAUAUAAGGUUUGCAAGAUAUGCUACAGGAAAAUAAAAUACAGCGUAAACAAAUAUAAAGGAAAGCCAAAUGCUAAAUUAGCUUAAUAGUUGAAAAAUUUAUAUAAAUCGUAAUAUAUUGUAUCGCAAUACUCACUGUAUAGCAAAAUGUUUAAAAUCCCAACAAUAUUGUUGCAUGACCCAAGUAUCAGGAUAAUAUUGUAUUGUGGGGAUCAUUGCUUUGUGAUAUUUAGAGAUAAGUGUAGGCUUCACCGAUUGGCAAACAUGAUUGAUUCACAAGCUGACUCUGUUUUUUAAGCAAUGUACUUCUGUUUUUGAUUUUUUUGUUUUUUUACAAAAAGUGUCACACCUCAAGAUCGACUCCAUAUCGAAUUACAACUAAACUACGGACCGGAUUACACAACCGUUAGCAUCUGCCUUCCAUUAUCUUGCGCCUGAGGACAUCUUUUGUGUUUUAAAGAUGAUAUGCUGUGUGAAAUUCUUUUAUAAGCACUUAGAAAUCUGUCUCAUGUUCAGCUUUAGCCUCGGGCUUGGCUCAAACAUCGACUCAAUCUCUAUAAACGUACCCUUAAAAAUCAUGUUAUUGUGUAUCUUGAAUCACAUUCGUCUCUCAGGUACUUGUAGAUACUAGUAAAAAUAAUGAAACAGUGCUUUAUUUCUUUCUGCACACACAAUCUUUAUCAUUAUUCUCUGUUAGUAGUAUGAGUCCCUGGGCUUUCCUAGGAAUUGGAGAACUUUGAUCCCUUGCGACCAACACGAGUCCAUUAACCCGAAACCGCCAGUAAAAUUGGAACGCCAGAGCUACCCUCAGUUCAUUUCACAAUGAGCGAUAUCUCUCUGCGGGGGCACUGACAGGAUAUCCAAUUCCUUUCCUUAGCUAUAACAGAAAGGCUGUAAAAAAAAAACUGAAGAAAUUUCUCUUCCCUCUCAAUCAGAAGUUUAAUAAUCACUUCAAUUUGCUAAAAUAGCUUAAAGGGUUUUUCUAAAGCUCAGAGAAAAUUCCUCUUUGCACAGACAACAAUAGCAGAAAAAAAUACCAAGAUAUUCUGCAAAAUGUCCAAAAAUACGUCCAAUAAUGAUCUUUUCAAGUGAGAAACGGACUGUGAUGUGUGAAAGCUGAAGUGGAGCUGCUUUUGAGACCGGCAACUCGACACAAAACUCAAUACUGUGUACACUCUCAACAGAUAAACGCAGGUCCUGACCCUGGAUUCUGAGGAUCAAAUCAGAGGGUAAACAUUAUUUUUCCGCGCCAGGGGAGACACUGCGGCACUAACUGAGACUAUAAACAGGUGGAAGAGUCGGUGUGUGCUACGCCACCCAUCCUGAGCCAAUAUUAUUACGCUCUCUGACAAUCACUGGCUGUUAUUGUUAUUGGAUUCUGUCUAAGGUCUUGGUUUAUUCUGUUGCUUUUGCUAGUGAAGACCUGUUUAUUGCUCCAGGUUUAACCGGGUUCAUCCGUGUGUUUCUUUUAAUUCCCGGAGGUAGUGUAAACUGUAUUUUCUUUUUUAUAUGGUGAGUCGGCUCAAUUUAUGCGUCCUGUCUACUCUGUCUUUUUAAAAGUAAACGUGAGACAAAACGCAGAUAAUGGUAGUAAAUACCAAUGUCCUGCUCAUGGUAGUGCUGGAUGUCUUUUUCCUAUGCAGUUUUUACUGUCCUGUUUUCUGUUGUCUCAAGAGGCAGCAGAGGAAAUUACUUGACUUUGCAAACAUACAGUAUUAUUCCAAGUUGCACAGGAAACAGGAUCAUGAGACACUUUAAAAGGAUAAACAGUACAGGGUUAUUUGAGAGGCAAAACAUCGUCCAAGACAUCUGAAGCCAGGAUGUCUCACUUCUUUCCCUCGGGCUUUACUGUUAGAUGGACUUUGUUGUCCAUCUAAAGCUUCGAACAGAUCCAUGGUCCAGUUUGACAUUCUCAAAGAAGAUCCCUGAAGGUCUGUGUAACUCGUUCCAGGUGAAGGAUUUGACAUUUGAAGGAAAUGCCAGCGAGAAGAGAAAGUGUGCUCCCCUCGAAUUUCUAUCCAAGCCAGCAUGAGAGUUGCGAAACUUCUCGGGGUUCUGCUUUUGCAUUCUGCAGCAGACACAAAGUCGACUUCUGCACAUUUCCCAACAAUGUUUUUCAGCCUCUCUGGCCUCCCUAAGAGCCGGUCUGAGUCGUGUCAGAGCAGGGAGCCCAUCUGAAAUGCUGUUAUUUGACUUGACAGGAACAGGACUGCCGACAGAGUCCAGAGACUACACUGUGUCAGUGGAGCACAAACAGACUGUGGGAUAGAUCCACUGUGUGAGGCAAAUGCCCCCCACCAUCCUCCCCUCCCCACGUUCACACUCUCUGAUGGGCCAUUUGACAGCCCUAUUACAAACAAAGCAGUCAUAGCAGAGGAAAGACAGGUCUGGGUGCACAAAAACCUCAAAUAUAUGGUGAAAGAGAAAUACCUUUGAGCUCUUGUAUUCCUCUGUUCAACCCUUUUAGCCACCACUCUGUGUCAAACAGUGUUUUUCAGCAUCAAGUCCUUGAAAAAUGAGCAACAUUCCAGGAAAAUCUUGUUUUCCAUUUGUAGCUUGACUUCCACUGACUCAAGCUCUAUACACACACACAGCAGUAACUAGCCUUAAUGUAUUUGGGUGUGCAACAAAGUUUAAGCUCCAGUUUAUAUCUUGAAGUAAUCCCUUGAAAUAAAAUGAAAACUAUCAGGGUUUUGUCAACUUCAGCUUAACCAAACACCAUCAGUGAUGCAAGAUACACAAUGAACCCUAAAUAGGAAAAUCAGCUGUUUCACAGGAGUAGAAAAAUAUAAUAUCAUGGUGUACUGAUACCACCUGUAGUCAAAAAUCAAGCCAAUUUAUAAUAGCCAUAAACUGCAGUUCCUCCAGUGUCCACUUGGGGCCAACUCCAAAAACCAAUGACAUUCUGUUAAUUAAAAUGCCAAACUUUACAGCAGAUAAAUAAUCUAUUAGUUGUUACUUGAGGCAAACAGCUGACCACACUCUGCCGUCUUUGUCGCUAGCUUAACUGUUUGAUGUUUGCUCAGAUAAGUGGCGGCUAGCGAGGAUGUGUUACAGGUUAAAUGUGUAAGUCAGUGAGAGACAACUUUUUAAUCUAUUAGGUUGUAUAUCUGUGAUUGAACAGGUAAAGGGGGUGGUAGUUAAGUUUCCAUUUGCUUUGCAUGACGUCAGUCAUGCCUAACUUUAAACCUGUGAAACAAAUCCUCUGACAUUCACAUGUAGAAGUUUUCUAAGACAUGCUAAAAGUAAUUUCAGUGUGUCCUCAUAACACGUUUAUUUAGUGGAUAAGCUAAGAGCUAAAACGGAGAGCAUCGCUAUGCAGGUGAAACUCCACAAACUGUCUCCACGCUCUUUGUCAAUCGGAGGAAGACUACAAGAGCCAAGGUCAUCCCACUUCUUUCCAAUUUUACACAGUUUUCCAGCCCGAUCAAUACUGCCCAACAUGGCCUAAUCAGUGAGGUCUCAUUCCUCAGUCACAGGAUAAUUGGUAGCUUUUAGCAUGGAGGACAGGACAGGAAUAGCAAUUGUCUCAGCGUCUUUUCUGGAGUAGACAGAGGCUGGUAUAGUUUCUUGUGUUCACUGAACUUUACCACUCAUUUUAAUCUCCUGUUAGUUUCUAUUAGGGAAAUCGUUGACUUUUUAGCCCUCGGGGGCCUUAAGGUUGGAAGAAUGUAGGCCUAUUCCUUUGCCAGAACACUUUGCCAAGGUGCAUUAAUUAAAACAAUUUACCCUAAAUGAGGUGCAGUGAACAAUAAAUUGACACCCCGCCAGUAAAACUAUUAGUCCAAUGUUUUUAAGGGCGAUGUAUAACACCAUAAAGCAGCUCUGAGACAAAACCAUAACUAUUUGUAAAACAGGCGUUUAUGGUUAUGCUUUAUAAAGUCGUUAAAACACAAAGCACACAUAGCACCUUUAACAGUCUACAGCGAGGACUUCUUCCUCUUAAUCGUUUUGAGAUCUUAAUCACAUCAAGUCCUAAUUUUUAAUUUUCAGACCUUAAAAUUUGAUUGAAGCAAAACAAACCUUCACUCUGUUUUAGAGCAAACACUGCUCCGGUAAUCAAACUUCCUCAGCAAUUCUUACUAAAAUUAGAAAGAAGAAAGAAAGGCCAACUAGUCAAACCAAAAACAUUGUCAGUUUUUCGCUGUAUUGUUGGAAAACCACGUGUUUGCUUCAGGUACCAAAUUAGAGUAAUUAAGGUGCCGUUCAUUUUUUAAUUUGAAUCGUUUCAAGAGUUUUUAGUGAAAAACCUUGCAGCAAGCGCUCUUGCUCCUUUGCUUUCCUUUUACUUUUAUUUCUGCAUUUUCUUCAAUGUCAUCCUUGAACAUUAAGAGUGAACAUGCUAGAAAUAAAAACAGCACUUAUCUGACCUUGGCACUCCGUUCAAGUGCGGUAAUUAAAAGCACAGAAAAGGCCCUCGUGAGUCCUCCCUUUUGUUUCUAAGUUGACUGAAACAAUACAGUUGUUCAUCUUCAGACAAACUUCCUUAUUAGGAAAAACACUUUUUGUAGAUAAACGUAGAAAUUGGUUACACUGGUGCGAUCCUAUCUUUAAAUUACUCUUCUGAAAGAAUGCGAUUGUGGUGGUGGAGGUAAUUAUGGCCAUGUCGGACGACCUUUGUUCAAACGUCAUCAAGCCUGAGCGUCCUUGCAGUCACUUAGCUCUUCCUACAAUACCAGUGGACUUCAAGUGGGAGUACUGAGUUGAUAUAACAGGAAUAAUAGCUUGUGUUGAAGAGUGUCGAUGCUCUGCGAAAAAAAAAAAAAAAAAAAAAAAGGGCAAAUCGAGUUUAGUAUAGAACAAACAUGCAAGUGAUCGAGUCUACCUUCAGGUCUUUUUUAAGCUGUUCCCUGCCUCUCAGAUUGAGACAUUCACCCCUUGAGAUUGGUGCCAUCAUACAAGUUAAAUGAUGAAAAUGAUUGCUGCAGCCAGAUAGAUUCAUUGAGUCAACCUACUCGCCAGGUAUCACAUUCCAGGAAUUAAUCUAAAGGGAUCUAAAUCCCCAUUCCUCCUCUUGGAGUUAAUUGCAAAUCACAGUGUCACUUUUCAUGGGGCCGCGACUGUCCCUCGAGUGCAGCUCGUCCAAUUAUCUGUGUGCAGAUGAUUUAUUUGGUCACUCCUGUUUCUCCUUGCUUGCAUCCCCUCAUUCACACUCCCUCAUCCCCUAUCCCUUUUCCAUCAUUCACCUCAUCCUAUCUUCCCGCUGUUCCAAUCUUUCCAUCUUCUAUCCCCUGCUCUGUGUACAGUCUCUCGUUUCCAGAGCAGUAAUAGUCUGGUUCGCCAUGCCCGGGCUCCGUAAUGAAGUUGCUGCCCUAGAAAAGCCAUGUUAAUGUUGACUCUGGGAUCAGAUUCUGCUCGAAGACAUAGAGCUGUGACAAAUGAAUGUGCCAGCUUGAGCCAACCAAGUCCAAUAAAAUAGCACAUAUAGAUCCAAGGCGCUGACUGAAAAACUAGGAGCAGGGAUGCUUUACAGACUCUGUAUUGCUGACUCUCUUUAUACCUCUCUAUAUCCAAAAUUCUCUUCCUAGCAUGAGUUUUUCAACCAAUACAUCAAUUUCUGCUCAUAUCCCCCCCCCCAAUUAUCAUAUUUGUCGAACGAGUCUGUUAUUGAUGAAUGACCAUCCAUAAAUAAGUUCUGGUCAUGAUUUGGCGUCUUUGGCUGUCUAUAUCUGAUUUUGUCAACCAGCCUGAUCAUGGUAGGUGGCUGUCUACCUAGUUCACUUUGAGGUUUUUGUCAGACAAAUGCUACUCCAAAUGUAGGGAUGGGUGUGCUUAAGGUUUCUGCCUCACUGAACUGUCUCAACCAGCUUGAUCAUGGCAGAUGGCAGUCCACAGAAAUCCUGGUCAGUGUUGGUUUCUGACAUUCUAUCCCACCUUCUCUUCUUGGCUGUCCAUCACAGAGUCCGGUCUAUAGGCUGUACAUAGAAUGGAAGCUGUCUGCCUCCUCACUGGGUGAAGCCACUCUGAGAACAGCACCCUCUGGUGACGGGCUACAGUAUAAGUAAUAAAUCCCGCCUCCGCCAGCAAAGCUUAUGGGGCUGUGGACAAACUUUAGAAAAUUUAUUCCACAGAACAUGUUGACAUGUAGUUCUUGUAAGACUGGUUUGUGCUCAAGUCCUCUUUUUUCUGUACAGCUCCAUUUUUAAAAGUUAUUAGGGGGUUCAUAUUUUCUAUGAUUGACACUUGAUACAGCCUAUGGGCGUACAAAGAUUAAGUAGCUUACCCGGCGGAUGUGCUGUUUGAGCCGAGCGUCAUCAUAGCGACUCUUGGCAACUCUCCCACUGAAUGCUACUGCGCAAUGUUGGUUUCAGGAAAUCGAAAAAAAAAACCGCGGCAUUACCAAGAGCUUUUUGGCUUCAAAUCCAUAUACUGGCGGAAGGCGGAACCAAUAUGUCCAUAGCAUAUACAGUCUAUGGUUUAGUCUUGUUGGAGGUUUCUGCCUAUUGAGGGGGCACUUUUAGGGCACUUUUUUAGGGUAUAUGUUAGAAAAGAUAUUGUCAAGAGUUCAGAUUUGACACGAUCUCCCUACAGUGUUUUGUCAAGGCCUUCUGUUAGGAUCAAAGACUGAAAAUAAAAAAAUAAAAUAAAAUAAUAGACUUGCUGGUGAAUAUGAUAGAAUAUGACUUAGAGUAUUUUCAUCUGGGAAUUUUCAUAUGUGCCGUUCCUCUGCUCUUGUGAUUGAUUGCUUAUCAGUUAAAGCAUUUUAGGGAAUAUUUAAUAGAGAACUGCACUCUCUCUCACAAAAAAAAAAAGAAACGAAAGUAGACCUGGAGCUCCCUAAAGUAUUGGUUCAUCCAUCUGCUUGUCAACAGCAUUGACAAGCUGUCCGCCUGCUCCCACUCUGCCUCCCUGACCUGCCUUGACCUCCUUGGUUUCGAUCUGACAGCCAGAGAUGUGCUCUCCUCAUGGAAAGGUGUGCGCAUCUGUCUAUGAGCUACUGUGCUUAGCUCCAUCUACAUCUGAGGAUAGAUGCACCAGUGACCCGGGCUGACGUACAUAGGGAGACGAGAAGGAGUUUCCUCCGUCUGCAUUUCCCCACGUUUCUCCUGUCAUUCUAGCUCUGUCUAGAGCCUGCCGAGCAGCCAUGCAUGCCUUCCCUCCAUCACAGAGAUGGACUCUCUCUGCCAUGCCCACUCAUGCUUUCAAAGCUUGAUGUCUAAUCUAUUUACUGCAAAACUAUAUUAGAUCUGUUGGAGGGCUCUCUUGAGGCAAACCCUGAUAUGAAGCUCCAUCAUGUUUGUGUGUGAAAAUAAACUCGAGUUGCCUGCCUAGUCAAAAUAUUAAAUUGCUUUUAAAGAAUCAAGUAUGCAUAAAAUAAAUCAAUUUUGUCUGUGAAGAUACCAAAACUUUCUCUUAAACCCCAAUUCAAAAGAAGUGCUGAGGGAAAUAUUGAUAAAACAGAUUGUGGUGGUUUGCAGAUAUUUUAAACCCCGUAUUUCAUUUGAAAAAAAAUAAAAAGAAUCAACAAAAAAACAAAUAUUUUUCAUUAUAUGUUUUUAACAGUGCUGAAUGGCCAUGGCUUUUGGGCUCUCAAAUGUCACUAUAAUGCAGUGGUUCUCAAGUCCAGUCCUCGAGCCCCCCCUGUCCUGCUUGUUUUGGAUGUUUCCCUGCUCCAACACACCUGAUUCAAAUGAUCAGCUCGUUAUCAAGCUCUGAAAUGGCUUCAUAACGAGCUGAUCAUUUGAAUCAGGUGUGUUGGAGCAGAGAAACAUCCAAAACAUGCAGGACAGUGGGCCUCGAGGACUGGACUUAAGAACCACUGCUAUAAUGCAUGAACUCAAAAUCCUGUGUAAAACACAAUUUGUUGCAGUAUACUCACAUGUAAGUUCAAACUGAACCAUGCAAAGAGGGAAAUGUUAAUGAACAUGAUCCAGAAACACUGGCAGCUUCUCUGUGUCUGAGCAUGUUUAAGAUGGACUGAGGUGAAGUGGAGAAGUGUCCAGUGGUCCAAUAAAUCCAGAUUUUACAUUCAUUCUGGAAAUCAUGGAUGCUGGAUCCUCUCCUGUUGAGCUCAAAAGGCAGCAUUUGUAGAGUAUUUGUUUGCACAAGUGCCCAUGAUGUGGGUAGCUUUGGCAUCUUAAAGAAAUAAUUUUCAUAACCACAUUCUGCAACAUUACAACAUGUUUGGUAGUAGAGUAUAGAAGAAUAAGAUCUGUAUUAUAAUUGCAAGGAGCUAUAUCAUAAGCUACACAGACGGUAAAUGUUGACAAUCUUUAGUUUCAGUGAACAGCGAACCGACUGUACCCCAUGCUUGUACACGAGCCCAAAAAAGGCGUUUGUUUUCCUCUGUGACAGUAUGCAAACAUGUCAGGAAGAACGAGUGGCAAUUAUCUCAUGUUGCAAAUUUGAUGAAACACAUCCCAGAUCAGUUGACACCAUCUGGCCUUAUCCAUUCGACCAAACAGUUGGUGCGUUUCGAUGGCAGCCAUUGCGAUAGUUCUAUACUCAGCCAUAGGGGUUUAUGAUUAGAGCUGUGCAUGCUUGCGAGAGAGAAGAACCGGCAUGCUUCAUAAAUCGACAACCACUGGCUUCAGGUUCCCUGUGUAAUUAAGUCUUAAACAUACAAAUUUCAGCUAAUACACAACAACCUUUAAAAAUUUCCCUCUGCAGCUUUAUUUGAUUACCUCACACAAGAAACCAGCUAUGAAAAUCUAAUUCACUGCAUCUUUGAUUGAGCGCCGAAACUGCAGAACAGCUGGUUAAAUUAGAUUGAACAUAUGGGGCCUGUUCCACAAAAGCAAUUUGAGGGCAGCGCUGACAUGCAGAUUGCAAACACUGAUAACGUCAUGUUUCACGAAUGAUCGUCCUUCGCAAAUUGCAUGAUCAGUUUGUGUGUCCUUCAGGUUACGUGUUUACUCAUCCGUGUCUAUCUGUGUUGGUCUUGUUUGGCGAAUAUUUUCAGAAGGAUCAGGCAUCCAUCUUGGAAAAGAGAUGCGCAAUGUUUGUGGCAGUUGCAGGUUAUUGGCACACGAAAUCAAGAUAUGAGGCGCAGCUCUUUUCCCAGCACCCACAUCAAGGGGAGCUGCAUCAGUCAUGCAAAGAUCAUCCCCACCCUGUCUCCCUGAAGUGAAGGCUCAGAUAUGUUGAAGUAAGACGGCGUUUUCUGAAUGAAAAUGAUUCUGCUGACUUGGGGCUGCUUACUGCAGAAAGCAUCAAACUCCUUCUGUGUGAGGGAUGUGAAAUGUUAUGAGAUCAGGUGUAACGUGGGCAAAGUCAAUCAAUUUACAGUUAGGCCGUGCCUCUCAGUCAUCCAUAACUCUUUUUAGCGUGUAAGUGGCUUUUUAAUCUUUUCGUACAGGAGGUGUGCUUAACCUGUAGACCCUCCAUGAAAAAUGGCGAGGUGUGUAGGAGGAGUUAAUUAACAAGCCAGGUGGAUAAUGUCUCUCUGUGCGGAAAACACUGCUCAUUUAUUUAGAUUUAGUUAAUGCGUACAAAUCAGAGGAGCAUUUGCACUGAUGCCCGGCUCAUCAUUUAGAGUUCAAAACUCUCCGAGAUUUAUGGCAUCCCUUUAUUUGGCCAACUAAAUAAUUAACCACUCAAUCUCUCCAACAACUCAAACUUGGGAGAUCCCGACCUGUCCAUUCCAGACUCCACUCCAGCACAUCUAUCUAACAGUGCUAAGAUCCAGCAUACAGAGCCCAUAUAAUCACAACAACAGUGCGUAAUAAGGUACUAACAAAGUAGCAACAGCCUUGUGGCAGUCCGAAAAAGAUGUUGCAGUUGAGUACAAAAGUUGUCAAGCACAUGUUUGUGACAAUAACUGCACACCCCUAACUCAAACGACUCUUCAGCUGGGGUUGGGAUCAGACUUGAGUGAGAGUUGUAGAAACAAAAGGCUGUUCUAAACAACCUUUUUCAUGACUUUGAGACAAACUGUGAUGGAUAACAUGAGUAGGCAAAACUCGAUUUGGAGUGUUGGUUUAGCAACAGUCCCCAUCAAACUGGUCAUAGGAUUGAUCCUCGGUUGUAACAUAAUUUGGUGCAUAUAAUUUCCAUUGUUGCAUCACAUGUAUUUGACCAAAUCCUGCCAAAACAGGGCAUUUCUACCAACAUUUUAAUACACAAUCAUCUGUUAUAACAAACCCCCCUUUGCAAGUGCAAAAGAGCUUCAUCAAGUUCAUGCAAGCUUGUUAGACAGCCAUUGGGAGUUUGCACAAACUAGCUUGCUGCUGUUUGUACUUGGAAAAAUACCCAUUUCAAUCAAGUGGCAACCAUUAGCGAUGAAAAAUGGAGCCAGUGUGAAAUAGCAAAAACUCAAGUUUCUACCUGAGUAAUUGCUGUAAUAAACUGCUCAGUUUUACUGCAGACAUUAUGUCGUAAUUGUUUGCCAUGAGACAAAAGCCCCACCUCAGCUGUACAUCUUUGUCUUUUUCACCGUAAGUCAGAAUGGAUCAACAUAUCUCAUUUGAUGACUGCAAUCUUUAAGUUUUACAACCAAUAUGGCAAAUUCCCAGAGGGUAUGCCCUGUGCAAUGAAUUAAAACUAUUGAGAAUAAUAUAAAAAUCUCUCCGAAACCUCUGCUUUCAGCGACCUUGAACCCAAUAUUCAAGUUGAUGGGAAGCCGAAACUCUGUCCUCAAAAAUAUCAGCACACAUGUGAAAUGAGCCUGAGACUAUGCCUGUGUUUUAUUACAUCUAUGAUUUUGAUGUACCAGCAUCUUAACGAGCUUCUGACACUGUAAUUGCUAGCAUGUUGUUAAAGGUAGCUUGACACGUGGAACUAGUUUGAUUAGCUGGAGUUAUCGAGCUUUUCCAAGCCUUGAAUUCUUAUGCAGUAUGUUCAAAUGGAGAUUAUUUUACAUCAAUUUCAAUAUUAAAGGAGACCAAGAAGAUGCCUAGUAUGAAAAAACGUGCACCUGAAAUGCUUUUGAACAAAACUGGGUCCAAAUACUCGCCAAUCCAAAACCAGUUACUGACAGUUUACUGGGCCACCUAAAUAAUAAAUCACUCAAUCUUUCUUAUGAAACUCUGGCAACUCUUGCACUAAAGAAAGUGAGAGUCCUGAAAGUUGAGAGGCUGACAUUUAUCUAACUUGAGUUUUUUUUUUUUUUUGGUUUUGGAGGCGAUUUUAGUUUGCGAUGGUCUGUGGGUUGUUUGUCUUUUUCAUUGUUUGGGCUGUUUUGUUGGGGCUGGAUAUUGCAGAGAGAUAGUCACAGAUAGACAGUGAAACAUUACUCAACUCCUGGGAGAUAAGGAGGCCUGCUUUAUCCAAGUAAAAGCUGUCAGUUUGCUUAGUACAGCGAAUGUGAUCGAGAAUGUCUGGUGGCUGCUUACACCACAGUCUUGCCAUCCCACUCGAUGGGGCGAUUGAUUAAGCUGUCCCGACUGGAUUUUCCAUUGGCCCGGUGCCCGUCCCGCGGCCAAAAUACACCUGUGCCGCCUGUCAGCUGCUUAAGUUAUGACAUCAUGAGGCCCCUCAUAAGGCACCUCCAUUGUUUUGAAAUGAAGGCACAUCAAUUUCACGGGCUCCACUGCCCAGCGGAUGAUUUGUGAGUGCUAUUAUCCCCUGAAAUCGCUCCGGAAAAUGGCUGCAGUGUGAAGACGAGGAUUGGUGAUGGGGUUUUGUGGCGGGUGGGGGGUGGGUUAGUUGGUUAGUUGCAUGGAAAUGGUUCAUUGGUUGCGUAUGUAACCAGUGAAAGUAAGAGCAAGGUCAGGCAGAGAGAUAAAUGAAAACAUCGAGUUUCCAUGAAGAGGAUGAGUUUAUUAUUAGAAUUCAGAUUUUCUUCAGGAAGGUGCUUCAUAAACAUCCAGCAGGUGCUGACAGACUUUUGGCAGAUAAGGAGGAAGCAGCAAGAAAAGGGGAAAAGAGUGACCAAUAACCCUGUUACAAAAUCAGUAUGCAGGCACUUCAUCUUCUCUUCUCAUAGCGGCAGCCGGCCCAGGUCUGACUUCCAUCCAUCUGACAGCGGAUGUUUUCAUUUCCAAGCUUGACUAAUUCACUAUAAAGCUAUUUGAGUGCCAGACUCUGCUUUUGUUAUAAACUGAAUCAAAGAAAUAGAAAAGUGCUGACAGUUGGGAAAUUCAAUUCAAACUUGACCACAGUGAUGGUAAACACAAAAUGCAACUUCUCAGGAAGUCACUCCACCGCCCACUUAGCACGAGUGGUUCAAUUUGUCUGAAGCGUCCACCGACUUAGCUGCAAAAUAAGCAGAUUGCUGAUAAGACAUGCUCAUUAAUCUGGUCUGUGCUGCAGCUGAACCCUGCACACCAUCUUAUUUGCUCCUCAAGAGUUUCCUCUCCUUUUUGAAAACCUCAAAGUCGUGCGAGAACAAAAAACCGUGGAUCUGUUUAGAGGAAGAGCAUCGACGCGCUUUUAUAAGGCCAGCUGCCAGAACACAAUACGUGGUCAAAUGUUAAAGCUAUCUGUGGCGUGCAGGAGUGACGGAGCCUCUUCACCGCGUCGCUUUCCACACCUGCGCUGAAGGAUUUCAAUUCACCGGCAAAGCCCUCGGUGACAGCGUCGAGCCAUUCUGCCGGGCUGAGAUAAAACAUAACACAGGGGGAAAAAAAAGUUAAAAUUAUCAAUUCCAAAGAAACGCCUGGGUAUUAAUCUAGAGCAGAGUGCAGCAUGCUACCUCCCCGAGGAUUUCCAGAUGAUUUUCAGGGGGAUUUAAGAGGAUGGUUUUCAGUGUGCGACGACAUUAUACACCACUAUUUUCAAAAUGUACAAUAUCUUAUAAUGUUUGAUGUUGCUCAGAGAGCGUCCACAGCCUUAAGGCUUUUUUUUUCUUUACAAAAAUAGAGUAAAACUAAAUGAAAAUGAGAGACACUGUUGUUUUAUCAUUCGCUGAGUAGAAUCUUCUGCAUCAUAUCAAGCAAUAAAGCUAAUGGCCAUCUAGAGGUAUUAAAAAGCUAACUUCAGGCAUUUUGUUUUUAUUAUGUGGAAAUAAUUUCAUAUUACUGAGUCAUUACCUUUUAACUAACCAAGACAGAUGAGGUAAGGUAUAAUGUAGCAUUUCUGCAUGUAUGUCAAGGCAGAUUCCUGAGCGAAAUUUUAGAAGAGAACAAGUUUCGUAUCAUAGAGAUUUCAAAUUCGAACCCUGGGAGAAAAGUUUAACUGCAGUGAGCCGUUUGCAUUCAUAAUAAUACCAGAGUGUACCGGCGCUGCCUGAUGUAGCUUGCAUAUGAUCCAGCAGAGGGCGCUCAUAUCGUAACCUGGCCCAUCCAUGCACUCUUGACCUCAGUAAACUGUGCUAUUGUUGAAAAGCUGCAUCAAAUGAACGAUCAUGACAUCAAAACACCCAAGAAGCGCUGAGUGGAGGUAAUUUUGGUUCUAAUUGGAACAAUAAAAGAAUAUAAUAUGUGCUGUUAAUUUCCUCAUCUGACACUGACCUGAAUCUUCUUCUUUAUAUUCCCAUCUGAAGCAUUAAUCUCAGACCAUUUCAGUAAUAGCUUGCUUUAAUGUUAGAUGGUAAAACAGAAGUGGAUAGUGCUUUAGCAUUGAGGCACAAAAAUCGACCUUGACACUCAAGUUAUGUAAGAGGUUAGAUGUUUCAUGUCUUUACAGCCACAUCACAAGCAGUUAUAGAUUAUGAAUUCAAGAAUGUAGAUCCUUACUCUUUGGUCUGUUUGACCUUAUAGACAUUAUUUAACAAUCAAACGCUUAAUUUUUCAAACAAAAAACUACUCCAGCUUAAACAAUCAAAGAGAAGCAGACCGGACAGCGAGGGCAAGAAAGCUGCAUCAGCUGAAAGCUAGCUAAGAUAGAGCUUCAGACACAGCUGGCUUUAGCAAAAAUAAAACCUUUUAAUUUAAAGUAAUGUCAUUGAUGAGUCGAUGUCUUGGUAGAGGAUAUUCCAUUUCGUGUAAUGUGAUGGAAAAGCUUUCAAAUCAAUAACUGUUGAUCUUUAAUGAAUACAUGUGGUUGAGUUAGCUUAAGUGACAUAUAGCUUUAAUAUUUAAGUGUAAAUUUCUCUUUAUUUGGGAUGUCAAAUGGUUAUUUUCAAAUCACAAUUGGUUGCUGAAUUUCAGUUGUUAACUGUGAAUAUUUAGUCACGUUCAAACUGUGACCAAAAUUGGAGACAGUUUCCGAGCAUUUUAUCUGCAGGCUUGUGGGGUUUUAAUGCUAAUCUGAUUAACUACACCUGUACACAUGGAAUAAUGUCAUUUUGAAACAAAAGAGCAGACUGCCAUUGACUCUGACUUGUGAACUGAGCCAUCUGAGAGUUGUCAAAGUGAAAUGUGACGUUCAAAAACACAUGAGGAUGCUGUGGCGGCUUAACCACUGUGUGCAUAUAGAGACAAAAUAGCAUCUGAUUUUCAAAAAAGCACAUUAAAGCGUGAAUCUAACUGCGAUUAGCCCAUUAAUGUUGAUUGUGUAUUCAUUUAAAUGCCAAUAUUAACAAAGACAUUAAGAAAACUACAAAUUCGGAGAAUCGCCAAAAUAUUCAAGUUUCUUUAUUGCCCUCUGUAGGCUGUUACCAAACAUCUAUUGCAGUGGUUCUCAAGUCCAGUCCUCGAGGCCCACUGUCCUGCAUGUUUUGGAUGUUUCCCUGCUCCAACACACCUGAUUCAAAUGAUCAGCUCGUUAUUAAGCCAUUACAGAGCUUGAUAACGAGCUGAUCAUUUCAAUCAGGUGUGUUGGAGCAGGGAAACAUCCAAAACAUGCAGGACGGGGGGGCUCGAGGACUGGACUUGAGAACCAUUAAUCUAUUGUGAGUUUUGGGAUGACAUGAACACACUUUACCCCAGCUGUUUCAACUUUUUUUUACUUUAAGACACGUGGAAACACCAUUGAGGUGUUUUAUCCUUUGAAACGCUGCAGUAAUUUGCAGACUGGAUGACAGUGAGGAGCCUAUAAUGUCUCCCUGUAAUUCAUGUCAACUCAGUAAUCCAUUGUCCACACAUUCCACAAAAGAUUGUCAUUUAUUCUUGAAAUUUUUACAAAAGUUUUGAAAAGCCAAGAAAUAUCUGCCAAAGUUAACAUUUACAACCUAUAAGGGAUUUAUAUGAAAUGGUAUGAAAAGCUGGGGAAGUCACGUCAAGUUCACGCUUGCUUAAAAAUAAUUCUCCUAAUCCUUCGAUAGGAUUAAUGGAUCAAGAGGAGUAUAAAUGUAUUUUUCAGCUGUCCAGAAGCUUAUGAAUUUCCCACAAAUUAAUGUCAGUGCAUGUAAGAAGGAGGUCAAAAUCACAAAAGGAAAUGAAACUUACUGAAUUUCCCAGAAAAAGCAAACAACUUAAGUCUGCUUAGCCUGUUUCCCCGUGUGGAGACAUUCCCGCUGUUUGACUUCUAAUACAAAUGAGUCAUAAUUGAAGGAAAUCUCCCUUUUUUAAAUGUUUUCCAUUGUGAGUUCAAUCUGUCCACUCUGAGUAUCAUCCUUUUUCACUUUAGCUCCCGACAAAGCUGCUGCGAGACUUCGUCACUUACACCUCUUGACCGAAUCUUUUCAAUACAGACCCAGGCAUGUCUGAUUAAAAAACCCAGAACAUCGCCUGUGAAAGGUUCAGCCAGCCACCAUCUUACUUUUCAAUCAAAACACAGUGGAAUUUCAUCUCAUCUCCUUCAGAGGAAUUCUUUGGUGCUUCUGAUUGACUGUAAUGUGCAGAGAAAACCUUUAUAAGAGUGUUUAUUCAUAUAUUAUCCUCUUGCUGAGGCUUCACCCUGAACUCUUAACCCAAAUCUUUUUCAUCCCUCUGUGUUUAGAAAAAAAAAAGGAAGAAACUCAGCCUGGCUGAGCAAUUUCCACUGAAGAGAAAUGAACAGAGUGAAAGCAAAUUUCUCAAUAGCAUGUAUUUGAAAAGCGGAUAGAAUAAAUUUCUAUAAAUAUGCAGGUGGUGGUUUUGUCGAAAGGGGCAAAGACUAAAUUGGACUUCUUAUCGUGUAUGCGUGGUGGAUAGACAUCUGAAGUAUGAGCACUUUUCUGGUCCAUUGUAAACCUCGGACUCUGUGCCUUGAUGUUAUUUUUAUUUACUUAUUUUUUUGCUUCAACACUAAAUUUAUUUACCCGAGAAGGUGUACGUUAAAGAUUAAUCUCAAGAAAAAACGUCUCCAUCUGUCGACUUUGAUCUCACAUAUUGCUCAAAGCUUGAAAAGGACAAAUAACAAAGUUGUGUUUUUCACUAUAUUUGUUCCUCAUUUUUUAGGUUAACACAAUGAACGCGCGCUUGUCCGACUUUAAAAAGAAGCAAGAAAUGAAAAAACAACCUGUUGUGAUGCUGUUGGCAGAAACAUCAAACAGACUUCUCAGUACAUUUGAAAGGGCGAAGUUGCAGCCUGGUUGAAAACAACUGUGAAUGCAUUAAAUCUCAAACAUGUUGUGCAGAUAUCAGAACAUAAAGCAUAUUUUGGAUAUAUUGCAGUCUCAUUCAAACAAAUCGAAAAAGGCAGUGAUUCCCAAAUCUGUCUAAAGAUGCAUCAUUAUGAUUGUGAUGUGUACAUGCUCAGUUGUCAAAUCCCUGGACAUGCUGUUCGACUUCCUUGUUGUUACUCUCUGCUACACUCUGAACAUAUAUCUUAAAUCACUUUGAUACUGCCCCCCUCACUUGAAUACACAGAGAAUUUACUACUGCGCCUGUAUCUGUGUGUCAAAUGACAUGACAAAUGACAAAUAACAUGCACGCAAGCCACAAAACUGGUGCAGUCAUGGUAAAAACUUGAUUUGAAGAGAUGAAAUUUGAAAACUGUGUCCUCUUGUAAACAUUCAGGGCUCAAGUGCAUGCUGUUAAACUAACAGGCUUAAAGCAUGUUUACUUUUGGCAUGUACACCUGCUUAAUCAUGUGUUUUUUCAUAUUGCAAUACAUAGUGCUGAAAGGUAUGACAGAGUAUUAAGGCCACAUUAAGAAAAAAAAGAUCUAGAGAUUAUUUUACGAGAAUAAAGUCAUAACCAACGAGAAUAAAGCCGUGAUAAAGUAAUAAUGAGAAUAAUGUCUCAAUAAAAUCAUGACUUAAAAAAGUUGUAGUAAAGUAAUCACUUACAAGAGUGAGUAAACCAAGUUAUAACCAUGUUAUUACCAGGUAAUGUCUCAGGUUAUAACCAGGUUAUUACAUGGUAAUGUCUCAGGUUAUAACCAUGUUAUAACCAGGUAAUGUCUCAGGGUAUAACCAGGUUAUAACCAAGGUAAUUACCAGGUUAUAACCAGGUUAUUAUCAGGUUAUAACCAGGUUAUUACCAGGUUAUAACCAGGUUAUUACCAGGUUAUUAUCUGGUAAUGUCUCAGGUUAUUACCAGGUUAUUACCAGGUAAUGUCUCAGGUUAUAACCAGGUUAUAACCAGGUAAUUUCUCAGGGUAUAACCAGGUUAUAACCAAGGUAAUUACCAGUUUAUAACCAGGUUAUUACCAGGUUAUAACCAGGUUAUUACCAGGAAAUGUCUAAGGUUAUAACCAGGUAAUUACCAGGUAAUGUCUCAGGUUAUUACCAGGUUAUUACCAGGUAAUGUCUCAGGUUAUAACCAGGUUAUAAAUAGGUAAUGUCUCAGGUUAUUUCCAGGUUAUAACCAGGUUAUUACCAAGUAAUGUCUCAAGUUAUAACCAGGAUAUAACCAGGUAAUGUUUUAGGUUAUAACCAGGUAAUGUCUCAGGUUAUAAUCAGGUUAUAACCAGGUUAUAACCAAGGUAAUGUCUCAGGUUAUAACCAGGUGAUGUAUCAGGUUAUUACCAGGUUAUGUCUCAGGUUAUAAUCAGGUUAUAACCAGGUUAUUACCAGGUAAUGUCUCAGGUUAUAACCAGGUUAUUACCAGAUAAUGUCUCAGGUUAUUACCAGGUUAUAACCAGGUAAUAUCUCAGGUUAAAACCAGGUAAUAACCAGGUAAUGUCUCAGGUUAUAUUCUAACCUGUUGUUUAAGAUGACAGUUGUUGAAAUUAGAGCCAUGGAGCAUUUCGUGAAAAUGUACUAAAAAACAGGUUUCUCAAAUGAGGAGGUACUAAAUCUUUUGGUACAUCAACACCACAUUAUCAGAAGUAUCAUAAUGAUUAUAUUACAACUUUAUUCUCAUAAGAAAUGAUUUAAUUACGACUUUUCCUUGUAGCUAAGUAAUUACUUUAUUACGACUUUUUUUUGUAAGUAAUGACUUUAUUCUGACAAAUUAACGACUUUAAUCUCGAAGUCAAUUUUUUUUUUUUUUAAUGUGGCCAUAAUACUCCGUCCUAGAUAGAAGGCAAUGUUUUUGAUUUCUUUUCUUUUUUUAUUUUAUAUUUUCUAUUACCAUUCAGCACUAGUCAUGAGUUUUGGUUAAAAAUGAGAUUGCAGAUCCAAACUGCCAAACUGUGUUACUCCUCAGAGCGGCUGGGCUCACUCUUAAAGAAAGAGUUAAGAGCACAGUUGGGAACUCAGACUACAGCUGAUGCUCCUCUGAUUUGAAAGGAUUUAGUCGGGGUGGUUUGGGCAUCUGAUAUGAAUGUCUCUUGGGUGCCUCUCUUUGGAGGUUUCCAGGGCAUGCCCACCUGAGAGGAAACCCCUGAGUAGACCCAGCUGUCACCGUAACCUGGCCUCAGAUAAGAGGAUGAAAAUAAAAGGUUGGAUGAAUGAAAGUUUGCUGUCCAUAUUGAUGAACAGUCAGUGUGCUUACUAAAGAAAAUCCUGUGAUGUUAACACGUACCAUAAACCAGCACCUCCACACCAGAAUUCAGCUGUAAGCUAAGACUGGGUGGUUUAAGAUGCUGUCUCAUCGCUUCUCGAUUUCUACAAUGAUGAUGAGGGAGAGGCCUUUGCACCAAAGACAAAUACAUUCUGUUGCUGCUGCAAUUAACAGUUCCAGUAUGGUGGAGGUGAGCUAUCUGACUUAGCUAAAGUUAAAGCUCCUGUGGGAAAGUUUCUGUUUGUGUCAGUUUUGGCGCCACCUGUGCCAGUAAUUGCUUUGGAAACUGUGAAAUUGUCAUGCAAAAUACUUAAGCAAGAAAUCUAAUUCAGGAAAAAAAGCAAAAACACAUGGUCGAGAAGACGCAAGGAAAGACGCAGGAGGAAAACAACAAGACUUAUCAAACACAGGUGUAACACAAAACACAGGUGAAACUAAUAAGAGUGAUCAAAAAGGAGGGAAAAUACAGGAAGUAUAAAGAAACAAGAAAGGGGAAGCUAGGGGAAAUGAGAAAAUGAGAAAACUGGAGUCCUCGCAAAAUACAAACUAAACAAACAACCCAACAUGACAAAGAUAAGGCUGUUUAUCUGCUCAUCUUACACCUUUUCCCUUUAGUCACACAAGUUUUAAAAAAUCAGGCUAUUCUGUUGGUCAUUUAGAGCCAUCACUGUUAAUUUCAGCCUGUUUUACGAUCAGUCAAAAACCCUUCACUGUGCCUUUAGAGGCGCUAAUUGAAGUGCAGUACUUGAGUCAUUUUAAUGCAGCUUACACAGUGACUGAGUGAUUGCCACCGGUGACUUGUUACUAAAUUUAAGACUUUGCCGUCACAACGGUAAAACCCCAUUUGUACUCAAAGCCAAAACCUCCCCUGGUGAUUUCUCUUAUUAGAGCCAUUAGCUCUGAAUGACAGCAGCGAGACGUUGGGCGCAGGGAGAGGAUUGAAGGACCGGCAGUGCAAAUACCUGAGUAAACUCUCCACUCUAAUAACAGGAUCCUUCUGUCCUGAGAUUUAGCAGAUCCACUAAGCACUCCCUGUGUUUGGUUUGGGUUUUACAUUUAUCUCUGCAAAAACCUGCUGCAAUGGAAAUGUAUUUGCUGAUUUCUCGGUAGCCCAGGUUGACACAUGCGGCCGCAGUUGCAGGAAACAUCCAUGCGCUGAAAUGAGAGUGAUGCCUGUAAUAGUCAGGAUUGAGAUUUAAUAAUUGUUGGCACUUGUCCAUGCAUGUCUGGCGACUUGUUAUGCGAGUUUCUUGAUCGAUCAGAGCAGGCAGUUAAAUGGAAAACAUUUACCAGCUGACCGUGCAUUCGAAUCCAUCACGCACAAGACCCAGAUACUCCACGGAGAUGCAGAGUCAGUUGAAGAUUGAUGCAUCGGCCUGCAUAAAAGGGCCGACAGCCAGUCUUUCAGACAGUUACAUAAUCAAGGCUUUUUAUCCUGGCUCAUGCCCCCCUGCUGGGAUGCUGACUGAGAGCAGUUAAUAAAGAGCUAGCGUAGAUGUCCACUGAGAUCUAUGGCCAGGUUUAGACUUGGAGAAGAGCCCCCUCCUUCCUCCUUCCCACCAUCAUAAAGCUGAUGGUGCAAUAAAGCAGCAGCCCACACUUGAAGGAGGACUCUGGCAGUUGCAGUCAAGGGACACCAAGUACUAGGAAAUUACAUUAGCAGCAUUCCCAUUGGAGUAUUUAAAAAUGGAAACACUGGAAGGUUCAUUUUAUUGCUUAUGCUUUCGAUGAGCUCUCACCAAAGCGCUUCCGACAGUUUGUAGCAGCGCAAAACAUGAUUUCGUCGUGGGGGGUUAACACAGCACUUUUAGGAGGGAGGGGGGGAUCUCAUGGGGGAGCGGAAGUCAUGUGACAUAAAACAGCAUUUUCACAGAGGGGCUUUGUGAGGUGAAAUCAGGAUGAGUGGAAACGGGAUAUGAACGGUUUCAUCUCCUCGGAUAAAAGCUUCGACUUUACUUUGGCGAGCACGUUCCCCCCAUUUUCCAUAACCCGAAUGGCACAUCCUUUUAUUGUGUAGGUUCUUCUACUUAAUCGAAAUGACUCAAUUGCUAUGCAGUGAUCACCCUCAGUGAACCAUAUUCAUAAUGAAAAGCGAGACGAUUUAAGAUCCUUAGGAAACCUGGAGCUUUAUUCUUUGAGACAGCUGUCUCAGUAUGCAAGACGUAAAGUCCAGCAUCUGGCGCCCACUACUUGCAAAAAUGGUCAGAGAGGGAAAACUUUCUUUAACCAGGAGUUUAAAGUUUGAAGAUAAGUAGUUAAAUGUCAUACAAGACAAUAAAAAUGAUAAAUCCUGGCCUAGCAGUGAGAAGCUUCACCACAUUUUAUACUUAAAGUAAUGAUUUGUUGAACCAACCAAUGAUUUUGAUGAUGGCUAGCAAGGGUAACAAUAUUUUAACCCUUUUAAUUGUCUAUUCAGUUUAAUGAAUAUCAUGAAUAUAUACAUACAUAUCAUAUACAUUUCAUCAGUCCAAAAGAAAUGUUUAAAUUAGUUAAUUUUAAUAGAAAAAAAUAACUGAAUGCCCUUUUUUAUGUCACACAAAUUUAGACAAAGAAAAAACUGAACUGAUUGUUUGGGCGAUAAGGCGCACCGGAUUAUAUGUCACACUGUGAAAUAACGUGUCUAUGUUCACACAUAAGGCGCACCGGAUUGUAAAGCGCAUUAAGCAUCGAUUGGCUUAUUGUUGCUAGCGCGUACUCUGGGCCCGGGUUGCCUUACAUGAAUGCACUUCUAGUUUAGACAUUACAGUCAGGCAGUCUUGUCGACUGCUCAGGGGUCCUGUUAUGGGGCCAAUCACAUAGCGUACCGUAAUGCUCUGAAUAUCCAUUGAGCGGAGCGGCUUCAUCGCUUACCAAAGUCGUACUUACACAUUUCGACGGAUUUCUAAGCACAUUGUACCACAUAAAAUCUCACAAGUAAUCAUAUACAAGACAUGCUGGAUUAUGAGGCGCACUGUACAUUUUUGAGAAAAUUUAAGGAUUCUAAGUGCGCCUUAUAGUCCGAAAAACACGGUAUGUAUUUUUCAAACUAAAUGUGCCCCAGUGAAAACAGGGGCACUGGAUCUCUCUUCCACCAUCUGGGGCAUGUUAAAUUUAAAACAGUACACAGUAUUGAUCAUGUCAAAGGGAUUGAACAUAAUCUUUACCUCUGCAGUUUAUCUGGUUUAGCGGAUGUACCAAAGGUAAUCUUCAUCAAGCCUGUCAAAAAACAUUUCACGCCUUUCUCUUGUGUCAGACAAAUCUCGUCGUCGAGGAAGUAGGUGGGAUGGUCAAGUGACAAGAAAGAUGAAGGGAAAGCCUGAGGGCAUGUGGUGGAUCUGUGGAAAAAAAGCAUCGAAUGGAUGGAAAAUAACAGAGCUUUGGCUGGAAUAGAGGGACAGUGUGACAGAUUGUUUGUUUGACACGAUUCCACUGAUCGACUGUGUCGGCAGUGAGAUUAACUGUCUCCAGUACCAGGCAACGAGCAUAUGAACAGCUUUCAGAUGUCCUUUUAGAAGCAUAUUGGUUAUUUACACAGAUGGGGUGUCCAUAUUUUGAAGUCAUUUUUACUUGCUGAUGCCCAUGAACCGCCGAUUUAAGGAUCCUUUACCCAGCAUAUUUAACACUGCCUACAGGUUACCCAUCGACUGAACGCUCACUGUGAGCAAUCAAAAACAAAAAUCUCAGCAAACGCUGCAUAAAUAUGGGGAAAAGUUUCAACAUCAGGCCAUCCUGGUGUGCGGAAACACAUUUACAAAUUGUGUUUUUAGAAGUGUAAUGAUAUGUUAAUGUGAUUUCGUUGGCAGCCCAGCCGGCUUUGAGCCAUCCAAGUUAAUACGUAUCUUAAGGGUACCUGAUUACAGCUUGGAAAAGAGAGGGAUGGGGGACCAAAUCUGAUUGUCCGCGCAAUAAUUGGGAUAAGUUAGUUAACUUUGGAGAUCUGAGGCACAAAAGUAAAACUUUUUAAGAGUUGAUAAAUGUUGUGAUACUUUUCCAGUGAUGAAAAAUAGUGGAAAAAGUGCAGAGAGAGUAAGGGCGCCCCAACUUGAAGCCUUUAUGCCAACCACCCGACAGUCAUCCUCCGAAGUUCAAUCCUGUGUCUUUACAGCGGCUUAGACACGUCCAGGUCCGGCCGGUGUCAGAGGAGUAAUGUGAGGGCGCUGUACAGGUUGGUCACUUUAUCUAAUGAGAGUCCCCUUCUCUCCAGAGGCUGAGGUAAUUCUUAGGAGAUUGCAGUGAUAGAGUCAGGAUAAAGACAGCCUGCUGGGAGAAGUACACUGUUCCUCUAACCCUGAUGAACAUUUUCACUGUUGUGCACUCUGCGAAGUAAAGAAACAGGUUACGCCGACCUACAGCCAGUCACUGCAGUAAAUCUCAUCCACGUAUGUUAAGCCUUACCACGCACUUUCUCCGAAGGCUCAUGAGGGAAUUUACCGCCCGCUCGCGUGGGAGAUUGCAAUCUACGUCCAAGGCUGCCUAUUAGACAUUUUAAACCCUUAUCAUAAUCUGACAAUUUAUGAAUAAUUUUCAUCAUCUUAUAAUGCCUCAGGAUUGCUUGGAGGCUUGCAACAUGAUUACAGCACAUUGAAGUACACUUAUGUUUAUGCAAUGUCUGAUCGGACUGACAGCUUUUCCUAUUAGCAUAAUAAAUGAAUUAGAGCACCAGAGACAACGAUCAUUAGGCAGAUUUACACCAUGGGGAAAUCAUUUGGACAAUGUGUUGUCUAAUAACGUGAUACUUCACACAUGCCUCAACAUGUUGAAGAACAGCCAGCUUCUUCGCUCACUGAAAUAACCUUCAUUCCUCGCUGCUGUGAUUAGUCAUAACACUGAAUGGCAUGCUGCAGACAAGCAAGGCUCAGCGCGUGCAUGCUAAGUUCUUAUCAUGACACUACAUCUCCUCACAAACACAGACUGACUUAGUGUACUAAACACUGCAGCCUCGAGGUUUAUCCCUUUAUCAGCUUCUCCCGUCUUUCCCUCAACUCCUCCAGCUCGUGUUAUCCCUCUGCCUGCUCGCAGUUCCAAAGCAGGUGUGACAUUGUUUCGUUCUUGCUCUCCUUAUGCUAACGACAUAAACAGCGGCUUGUUAAGAGUUUUUUUUUUUUUUUUUUUUUUUUUUAAACAAGCAUGCAAGGCUCCGGAAAAGAGAUUUCUAAACCGCCAUGGCUCCUGCAAGGUGCUCCGGUAGAAAUUUGCAUUUAAACAUGAAGUGUGCCUGUUAGAGGCUUCAUCUGGAAGUAUAAGUGGGAGAGCUGCAGCACUCUGGGAUAAUGGUCUCAGAGGACUGUGACUUCCAUACAGGGUGUGCACAUAUAGUGAACUCAGGCCACAAUCAUUUACAUCAAAGGCGGUCUGAGCCACCAUCAUUUUCCGUGAUUGCUGUGCAGGAUGUCUACAUUAUGUAUAUUGGGGGUUACAGGUCCACAGGGAAUAAGGGCGGUAUGAUUUACACAGUGGGGACAGGAACUUAAAUCCCAGACCACCUCUGCGUAGCUGAUCAACCAUUUCAUCUACAUGCUUGGCCUCUAAUCCUGAAGGACCAGAAUCCCUCAGGAAACACUCAGUGGUGGAUAAUUCAACAUUUGGUCGUCGUUUGAUGGCAGGGAUGGAAAUGAUGUGCUCCUAAAAGUCGCCCUGAAAUUAAAGAUUCAUUUCCCAUCGCUAAUCUCAUGUCCUUUUUUUCAUUAGCCCCUCCGCUACAUGCAAAAUUUGUCAAAGUGAAAUGUCUAUCUGUGAACUGAGGAGUGACAUUUAAGACUUUUUAUCCAAUCAGAUGUGAGCGAUGAUGACUAAGUAACACCCCAGUCAUAUCCAAACCUAUCUGUUAGCUUGUGAUGGGUUAUCUUCAAGGUUUUCCUUUUUCUUAUCCAACAAAGCUGUUAAGAGAGGUGUGGGCUGAUUUAACAGUUACACAGUCCACCAGGUGGACCGAUGAUUCAUUUAUUUAAUCUGGAAAAAAAAACAAGAUCAAACACAAUCAAAAGCAAAAUAAAUGACUUGCAUAAUCAACUCUGAGCAGCAUGGACCUAGGUCGUUUUUCAAAACAAGAACUCAGUCGAUGACACCGACCAAGGUAUGAAGUAUUUGGAAUCUUUUAUUUUGAAAAGACUCAUGAAGAAAUGCGAUGAAGUCAUGGCCGUGCAAGCGCUGCCUCUGAUUGGGUUUAAGGGUUCAAAUUGGAGCAUGACUUGCGAGGAAUGAUGAUUGGUGAGGCGGGUCAUAAUGUGGGGUCAGGCAACUGUUAACUGUAGACCUUCACCUCAAAGAAGCCAACAUGCAACAGAGGACAAGGUCUAUAGGGUGGGAACCCCUCUUGUGUAAUGUUGUGUAAUGUUAACUUCCCCAUGACCACAUCUGGUCUCAGAAACACAGACAAUCCUUUUUUUCUGUCUCUUUGUGAUUUUAAUUUUGAAUUUAAAUAGAAAAUCAAGUCAAAUUUGAAAUUUUGUCAAGCCUUUGCAGAGAAAAAGGCUUUGUGAUUCAAUUUUAAUUUCAUAUUCUGACUCAGAAACUUUGUUUUCUUUUGUUGUAAUACCUGUUUCUGAGAGCAAAACCCUAUAAUUGCUAAAGCUGGAUGAUUGGAUUAAAUUUUAAGAUAUCAUUUGCUUAUUGACUUUGCCCUGAAAUACCUUGUGAUACAUUAAGAUGAAAAAGAAAACUUACUGAUCAACAAACUCUGGUUACAGCCUUGCUAAAGGGUUAGCUUAAAAACAGCUUCUUAAGAUAAUCAUCUUCUUCCUCUUCUUACAGCCCUAAUAAAAGAGGGAAAUAAUGAAAACGGUACAAUACAGUUAAAUAAGGAGACAUGACCUUGAUUUGGAAAAGAAUAAAACCACAAACUUGAUGCUUGUGUCUGAUUUUUACCAAAUGAUCAAAUCUCUUGAAAAUAAAAUUCACCUCCAGAAAUGAUCUCUAAAUUUGGGAAAUGUGGGACAGCCAACAUAUCAAAAGUAAUAAGGAGCGCCUGACCUUCAAAUUGUCACACAAUACGGAUAUGAACGGUAAGGGUGGACUUAACAGAGUGAAGAGAGGACUAUCUGAUCUGAAGUCCUCUGGGUUGACCACUGCCCAUCAUACGCUCGUUUUCUACUGAGCUAGUUAGCAGCUUGACGGGCAACAUCCUCCCCCUUGUCCUUCUCAUUAUCUAACAAGGCUGGUGAGGGAUAAGUGGGUGGAAAUAACAGUUACACUGCGCACUAUGUAGACUGAUGAUUAAUUUCUGGAUUUGGAAAAAACAAAAUCAUUAAAACAUCAUUAACAGAAACACAAGGUGUAUGACUAAUACACUGUACACACGUAGUUUUUGGUAUGGACGGAUGUCGGAGAUAUAAUGUGUUGAUGAUUCAGCUCCGGAGACACUUGUAGGCGGAUUUCAUUAGAUAUGGAUAUGGCUUCAUUGGCAGUUUUCUCUUGUUUCCAGUCUUAAUAUAAAGCUGCUGGCUCUAGCUUUUAUAUUUAUCAGACUCUUUGUCAUGAGAGUGCUAUUGAUCGUCUAAUCUAAUUUCUGGCAAAAACACAGAAAAGCCUGUUUCUCAAAAACUAAUAAUGUGAUCUAAUUUUAACCUCAGAGUCACAGCACUGACCAUAACUUGCAGCAAUAUUUGGGAAAUCCAUUUAAAAAGAACUCCAAGGCAGUAUUGUUUUACUUUCCCAGUGCUUAUUUUCCUCCAUUUCUCUUAUUUUUUUUUUAACAGUGGCCAUGGCUACACACCAUGAAGCUGGAGCCAGACACGCCCAACGCUUCUUCCUGUCAAGAAAAAGCCUCUGUGGUGCUACAUUGAACACAAGCUCUCCGAAUAUGCCAUCCAAGUGCGAGAAAGCCCAACGGACUGCUUAACACCCGCUGUAAGUACCGACACACUCAAAGUCUUGAGUGUUUGCUCGUGAAACUCAACCAAAGUCAAACUCUGACGUGCAAAAUUCACACUGCUGUCCUGAUUUCUUAAUAAGCUGUUUUAAAUAUGCUCUCAUUGUUUAAAUAGCACAAGAGUUUGUCCUUAUAGGUGACACACUAUACCUCCCUCAGUCCUGUCUGAUUCGAUCAUGUUUGUCUGCUUUCAUAUAGGAUCUGGUCUUCUGUUCGUCACUGCUUGCAGAGAAUUCAAAGUAAUCUAAAAACCCUGUUAGACAAGAAUUAUUUACACCCAAAUUACAUGUUUACAAAUUGAAUACCUCCUCCAAGGCUGAAUAACUUAAGUGAACCUGGCAGGCAGCAUCCCUAAUUUAUUCAUCUUACUUCUGAAAUGAUGUGCCUAAUGCAGCACACUGCCAGGUACAUCUGAUCCUCUACACAGAAGAAGAGGAUUUUGUGCACUAUAGUCCUGCACUGGCUAAUGGCUCUAUCCUUGGGCCAUUGUCACAACAUGUGUGACAUUUUUCUCCCCCGGUCAAUGGCUUGUGAAGAGCCUGAUUACACUGAUGGAUACAAAGGAGCUCUUGACCAUGAAGAUGAAGAGUGGACUUAUGAAUCACUACAGUCAAACUGAGGCCUUUAAAAUGCAUCUUUGUCAAGUUAGAGACUUUAUUAGUGUAAAAAAAAAGCAUAUAACUUUGACAUCUUGGUGGCUUACAUCUGUAUAUCCCAUCCCAAGAGGGUGAGUCUACAUCAUAGACCGUAUAUAAAAUGGAUGUUGUCUGCCUCUGCGAGAACAGCACCCUCUGGUGACGGGCUGCAGUAUAGGUCAUAAACCCCGCCUCCUCCAGCAAACUUAAUGGGCAAACUUUAGAAACUGAUUACACAGAGUAUACAUUUUUCUCCCUCCCUGGUUGGGAUGUGGACAUGUAGUUAAUGUAAGACUGGUUUGUGCUCAAGUCCUCUUUUUUUAAAGUUAUUUGAUUGACACUUGAUACAGCCUAUGGGCGUACCAAGAUUGCGUAGAUCAUUUGGGGGAUACGCUGUUUGAGCAGAGCAUCAUCACAGCUACCCUCCUGCACAUUUCGGACACUACUGCACAUGUGGUGGUUCCAGGAAGUGGAGAAUAUUUGUAUAAUGACAGAGGGCGGAGCCAAUCUGUCCAUAGUUUAUACAAUCUAUAGUCUCCACCUAAGUUGGUACACUUUGGAGCAAAUAUAGCAGGAACGAACAGUCUCUACAUUAGAGAUAAAUGAGAAUAUUAUUUCUGUGGUCAUGAAGGGACUAUGUAAAAGACAAAAAGCGAGUGUGUUUAUGAUUUGAGUGGGUGCGCAUUGGUUUUGACGCCUUUUUUGGCCUAAGAGUUGAAGUUUAGUGUCAGAGCAGUAAAUCUUCCCUCUCUGCUGAUCUUGUCCUGCGUUUAGAACAAGAACAUCCUUGUUCUGCAGUUGUGUUUUCUGGUGAUAAAUCUCAUCCUGCUUCUUUUAUAAGUCAAGCAUAUUAGUCACUGAGGAUCUUUGCGGCGGAAAAUGUAAACAAAGGCUGUUCUGCAGCUCGCUGUCACCGACUUUGUCUGACACCUACCCAGUGGCAGCAGUUUUGGGAAUUAAAAAUAACUGGAUGCAAAUUUUCUCAAGUCUAAUUCUGUCUUAUGACUGAUGGUCUUGUUUGCUGUCAUGGAUCAUAUUUUGGCAUCUUUAUUAAUUUCAGUCUGGUUCAUAACCAGCUUGAAACUCCCCACAGGAACUUUCAUCUAAGCAUUGAUGUGCUUUGAUUUAGCAUUUAGCCGAAAACUCUUUAAAUGUUUCUUUUGAUGUCCAUCUACUUCUGAGAAAUCUUGACCUUUGACGGCUUGAUUCCAGAUAUUACUUUAUUCAAUUUGUGACUGAGAAUUCAACGUAGACGAAUUUGUUUCAUAGUCAGACGCCUUGGUUGUGAAAUCCUCACUUUUAGCCCUCCGGUUCCCAAAUUUAACUGGACAGCACUAUCCUCCUAAGGCCCUGAAUCCCAUUCAGAGGCUUUCAGGACCCAUCAGAUCAGAUGUCACUCUGCCAUGCCAAACAAUAUCUGCUCUCCAAAAUGGAUGUCAUGUUUAGCAACGUGCGAGCACUUGAUAUCAACAACCUCCCUCCCCUCCGCUGGAGUGCGUGCCAGCAUUAUCAGUGGACACGGCAUCGGCACGUACGCACACUUACACACACACUCUCACACCACUUUUUGAUGCUGUUCCACAAGCGAGACCGUCAAGAGCUCACCCUCUUCAUCAUCCGAACGCUGUCCUGACCCAUAUCUCAAACAGAGUCGCUCCACUUUCAUGUCAGUGAGAUUGAAAUGCGAGUGUGUGUGUGUAAUUUGCAUUAGAGUUAGCGCAUCUUUGUGUGUUUUUCCUUGAGUAUACUCAUCUGUCUGCUUUUUUUUUUUUUUUUCUUGGUGUGUUUGCGCGCACCAACACCCCCAAAGGACUUUCAGGUCAGCUCCGUGUCAGACCGGCCAAAUCGCUGGCACAGAUUAACAGGAGAGGCCAGCGCCAGCCUUUGAGGGCGAGCGUAGUGGGAGCAGUCGCACCAAUUAGAAACCCAACCACCCAGCCCUGCGCUCACACUGGCUGGCUGGAGAUAACAGAGCAGCCACACACAUGCUCAGACAGAUAGGCAUACAGGGAGGAAGCGCUCGCCGCAUACCCGCUCAUAACUUGCAAGCUAAUACAUAUGCAACACCCGGCCGAGCAUCAUCCAUUAGCUGCGAGAGGGGGCCUGAGCGCUGCUGGAGGUGUCAAAUAUGCAUGAGGGAGUGGAGGUCUGUGUCUCAUAAUCCUCGGGGCAAUUAAUACAAUCGUUUCCAGGGCCAAGGACCUGGAUGCACAUUUGAAACCACUCCCCUGGGCUUGUUGAAUUUUUCAGGUGGACUAAUUUACAGGUAGGUUAGCCAGAGGCUGGCUUUUAUGGAUUGGAGCCGUCUGGGAAGCGACGGGAGGCCAUACAUUGAGAAUUGCUUGAUGUGAUGUAUGGGGCUGAGGGAACGACAUAGUCAGUGGAAAACAAUAGAGGUUUCCCUUCAGCUAACUGGACUGCAAAACACUGUUAGCUGACACAGAGUUUUUUGAUUUGCUAACUCAAUACACAGAAAGGACUCUUUUUUUUAUGACACUUUGAUCAAUAUUUUUCCAGACCCCUGCAGGAUGUUGCUGCAGAUGUAAUAAGAGCUAUAACACACUUUUGCUUUUUCCACUUUAAUCCAAAAAAGUGAGUGGUCUCAAAAACAGAGAGAAACUUGAGUGUAUUUUCAUUUCACUGUCCAAUAAUUGGCAUUUCAAGCUUUUACAUAGAAUAUAAAUAAAAUAACAGCCAAAACGAACAAAAAAAAGCUUUGAAAUCAAGCGAACAGCAAUCUCCUGAAAGCCGACGAUUCAGAAUGAAGCCAGACUAUCAAAUUUCUUGAUCAAAUACUUCUUCAAAAAAAUCGAUCUAUAUUUUUUCCUCCAGAUGAAAAACACAAAAAGUACUUCAGUGAAUAAUAUCAGGUUUUCAAAAUCAAAGAGCAGUGACUCAAACUUUCACAACAUUUGUUGAGUAGAGAGUAGUUUCUUGCUUCUUUGGUCAGACCAAACCACUCACCAAUUCCAAUAAAACAGCAUCCAGAAUUAGGAUUUAGCCGUGUACCAACCAUCACCAUUACAAUCAAGGUGCUAAAUGUGUCCUAUAAGAUACAGACUGCCUUCAAAACACACUAAAUAUAAAGCUUAAGCUUAAGAGAGAAUGGGAAUGUGGGAAGUAGAGAGUGGCAAAGACAUACAACUCGACCAUCAACACCUCUGCCUGAUAUGUUUUGACCAGUUAUUCAUGUACCGUUAUAAGUUCUGACUGUUUUAUGCACAUAUUAGGGAACGCCUUUGGAUGUCAGGGUUGGCUUUAUGAAGAAACAAAGAGGGAGAUUGCAGAAGAUGAAAUAUUUUCCUGUAUCCUAAUGUUGUUAAGUUAUUAGCAUAGCUUGUCUGCAGCCUAAUCCUAACUCUAACCCUAAUCUCAACUCUUCCUAAUGGAAGUUCACCACUUGUCUUUACAAAUAAAAAGCUUAAACCUAAUGAUUGUCUUGGACCCAAUUUCAAAAUAAAAGCAUUGUGUGAAAACAAGAGAGUCCUUCCACUGAAGAAACAGAUGGGUCUUUUGCUUUGUUAAGCUUUUUGGAAGUACCAUCCACUAAGUUUUUCAUGCUUGUAGGAUAAACAUGGCUGAUAUAGAGCCAGUACAGCUCUCAGCUUUAUGGCGUCCUGAGUAUUUUGGCGGGCUGCGUAAUUGGCUGUGUGGCCUGCAAAAGAAAUCUGGUGAGAUGGGCUGCUUAUGCACAACAGCCUGCGUGGUCUUAUCUGUUGAAAUGCAUGCCAAAUAAAAAUGAAGCUGAAAAAUAUCAUGCAGACGACACUUCCUGGCGUAAAGAGGUAGGGUACAGUUGGAUAUGGAAACACAUGCAAGAUCAAGGCUUACUGUACCAAAGUGGACUGAAUACAACAAUAUUUCAACCAGAAGGUGGCGCCCAAGUCCUGGGCCCAUGGUCUAUAUAGCCACUUUUAGCCUUCUAUAUGGCCAAGUUUAGGGGGUUAACGGGGCUCACUGAACCUCCUGGUGGCUCAUGGAUGAGUUGAUCCUGGAAAAGUGUAUCGUCAGGUGCACGUGUGCUGCUGUACUGAUGGCGCCAUUGACUUAACUAUAGGCCUAAAACUCAAUUGAAAGUCAGCCAUGCUUUUCAUGGUAUUUAGAGGAUGCAUCAGUUAGGCAGUUUACAGAUAUGCACAACAGGAAGGAGGAAAUAUCAGUGUAUUUACUUAUACAUCCAAACUGAGCUGUUUCUGUCUAACAGGACACAGGGCUUGGAGGCGGCGACUUUCUCUCUUGUCUCCUGACACUAUGUCACUGCUGGCAACACGAGGCCAAAGGAGAAGGACAGCCUCACCUCUGUUUCCUCACACGUCUGCUUCACUUAGAUCCAGUAUGGGUCAAAAACCUGAAUCCUGAGUCUGACACUGAACUGUCCAUCACUUGGAGCACGAUCACUCUGAUGUCACUUUAACACACUCAAAAACAGACACAAGUGCUCAAUGAAGAAAGUGAAUGAGACAUUAGUUCAUGUUUGAUCCUCUCAGAUAGCAUGGACCUAACUAUGGACUUAAACAUGGAAACAUGGCAGUUAAAGUUCCUGUGAGGAGUUUUUAUUUAAAGGGUUACGAACCAAACUGGAAUCAUUUAUGAUGCGUCUCUGUGAUGUUUAAAAGCAAAUGAGACCAUCAAUGUCAAAUUUGGCAUUUUCUCAGUCUUAAUUUUGACUGUUUGUAUGUGCAGUCAGGUUGUAGGAACACUGGAUAAAUGAACUUCGGUACUUUUCCUGCUGCAAAUAUUCAUAGUCAGUGAUGAAUUCAACUUAAAGGGGCAGCAGAAGGGGGCUUUUUGUCAAUUAAUACCAUUUUAUUGGGACUAGAUGGAAUUAGAAACAAUAUAAUCCUCAGUUUUCAUCGAACCUGGAAAGGCUCCGAUCCGGAACAGCGGCGAUUUUUGCUGUCCACCAAUUCCUACGGGAUCCGUUGGUGAGGCGAAUUUCGUGGUGGAUUACGGACAGUAAUCACGAGAACUCACAAGAACCCAUGGACUCACAUGCAUAAUCGUGCAACAUUGAGUUGUCUCUAUAAAGACAGCCACAUAGCCAUAUAAGCAGUAGAUUGUGACCUCCCAGAGGAGGAAAUCCACUUCCAGACUUUUAGAAUCAACAUCUCCUCAUCCAUCGGGUCAUCGCGGUGAAAUGCUGUCUAAAAACCUUUCACUUGUUCGUCCCGCCGUUUGCAUGGUGUGAAGUACAAUCCACCUGAAACACGGAGUGUUUUAUUUUGAAAGGAAGCCGGAUGUUUUAUUUUGUGUCUGUGCCUGACUUCCUUUCCAGCACAGGUUAAUCUGUGCAGAAUUUAUCCAGUGUCCGCAAAAAAAAUAGAACUCUUGCGAUCAACUGCAGAAUCCGGCGAUCUGCAGUGGAAUGGAAAGAAGCUGGUGGAAACUGACACAUUAAUUUGAAUGGUUGCGAUCAGUUUUGAUCGGCAAAUACAGCCUUUUCGUAGCUGAUCCGGAUAAAGUGGAAAGUGGGGGUAAGGGUUGCGCUACCAAUUUGUCCUCAGAUGACACCAAAAUCAACAAAGACAGAAAGCUCCUUACAGGGAAUUUUAAAAAGACUCUUUUCUACAGAUUUGAACUUUUUCAAAGUAACUGCAGUUCCAGGGUAUAACAGUAUCAGCAGGGUUAACGUGCACAUCAAGUUAGCGUCUGUUUUAGAUCUAGAGAAUUCGAUUUCUUCUUUCUGUCAGCAGCUUCCAUCACAUUGCUGUUCCUGCAGAGUGUUGAAGCAGUCAUUUUCAGUAUAGAGCAGAGCAUUGAAUUCUGCCUCCUCUUUUUUUUGUUGUUGAUUCUGCAGAUGUUUUUAGCCUCUAGUCAGAUAUUGAUUGAAGUGUUCAGCCUAGUGUGAGGAGAAGAAAAGGUGGGGGCCGGCAUUCGGAGGCACUGGGUUGGUGGAGAAGCAGUAUUGAUUGCACUUAAAGUGACAAGAUUGAGGAGGCCCACUUUGACACGUUAUCCCUAUUGCCGCCAACAGACAAAGUGCGCGGCCCGAGGAGCAGUGCCGAUUGAUUUCUGUGAUCAUAGACGUUCUCGGACCUAUGAAUCUGGGGCUGGAAAAAUAAGUCAACAAUUUUUCAUCAUACCGCUGUAAUGUAAGGACUGACAGGUUGUUUGAUUUAAGAGGACAAGUAAAUGCUUCGGUAAUGAAUCGACCACAUGCUCAUUCUGACAAGCUUCAAAGUCCUCACAGCUCCGGUAAUAAUAACGCGGCGUGUAAAGUGCAUGGACUGAUAGUAUAUUCCAGAAGGCAGGUAUUGUGGUUGAGCCGGGAUUUUGUUCGUGCAUAAUUCACCGCCGAGGCACGCCGCUGAUAUAGCCUCUCUUUCUCUUAUGACCAUCAAUCAGGUAAAAUUGCUUUCUUCUAACAUUAGGCUGUCAACGAGAAAUAACAAAUGUAGCCAUGCAGAGAAACACAUGAUUACAGGGUAAUAAUGCCCCGAGGUCAGAUGAAUGUGACCUCAUUCAGGGCGCCUUUUGGAAAGGAGCAAGUGCAAGAUUACCCUCUGAAGACGACGAGUCACAAGAGAGCCGCUCAUCUUCAUCUUGAGGUGGCUGCUGUCAGGUUGUCCUGCACUGCUGCAAAGUCUUUUUUAAUCAAUGUAGCAGCAUGUUAGAUAUAAUUGAACCAAGGGAAGAAAAAAAAAAUCAAAAAAGAUUAACCUGUAAGCUCAAAAGGAGGGUUAAAAAAAAAGCACAGGUGGGGAGCGUGAUUGGAAAUAUCCUUCCAGCUUUCGAUGGGCUCUGCUUAAAAAGAUAGAGGAAGAAAAAAAAACACCCCUCUCGUCCGAUUGAGCUAUUUGGAGCCCCACAUUCGCUCUGAUUGAUAUUGUGUAAAUCCAUCACUAAUCUUCCAGGAAAUUGCACCAGCGUUUUCAGAGGUCUAAUCGAGAUGUGUGUGCACUCGCAGACUGAGUAGGAGUAAGAACCAGGAGGGAAAAUUAAAGAAGAGGGAAGACAGAUGGAGGAAAAGACCUGUGCAGCUCGAGAGGGAUAUUUUUAAAUCUGGAAAUUUAUAUUAAAAAAAGAAAACUAGAAAAAAAAGGGGCAAAAAAUUAAUAAGCAUGCUCGAAAAAGAGGAGAUGUAUCAUGAGGGAAAGGUUUUUUUUUUUCCUUUUCUCUCCUAUGCCUGAGUGAUCUCGGUUUCCUCAAUCCCAGUGCUCCUCUUCCCUCUGUGUCGCCUGCAGGUCUCGGGUUCCAUGUGCUGCAUUGCCAAUUACCCAUGAAAAUAAGGGAGAGAGCGCCGGUUGCAAGAGACUAAUGCGCAACAAAAAAAAAAAAAAAAAACAAGCAGCUUUUAAAUUCUAUGCAUGCACAUGCAAAGUAGAAUGUGGUGCAAUAUGUUGCAAAAGAGUUAAAGCAAUGGAGUGAAGUGCAUCUGUUGUAUUGGAGCUGUACUGUAUUAUUAGAUGUUGUAUUGGAGCAUUAAUCAAACCCCCACAAUCCUGCCCUCACCUAAUAUUGCCUUAAGUGGAAAAAAAAACAAAAAAAAAAACAAGCCCAACAAUAGAAACAGGAGACCACUUUAUGAGGUUUUGAUUUUCUCUGCUCAUAACAUACAUUGAGUGCUGUAAAAGGAGGUUUUUUUUCUUGCACGAGCAAACCCCAGCAUGGCAUAUCAGCACAGCAGGUGUUUAAGCAUGUGAUUGUUGGCAGGGAAGAAAGGUGGGGGUUGGGAGUCGGGGAGGUGAGAGUAACUGAAUUGUUGGGUCUAAAAGGUAUUGUUCUUCGCAGGGGAGGACUCUGAGGACAUUUUAAUGAAUGGAGCUUGGGGAAUGCAGUUGGAUUGGCUGUCAUAGCAGCAGGAGGAGGAGGAGGGUUAUACUGUUACCGAUGUAGAUGCUGAAUUAUUGAAAAGGCUGUUUCAGUAUGGUUAAUUACAGUUAUUUCGAGCCUUAAACAGAAUGUUAGCGGUCUGUUUUUGAGGAAUUCAAUACUCGACUAAGGAAAAGGGUCAAAUAAGUACAAAUAGGCAAUUGAUUCACAGAGGGAUUGUACUUCAAUUUAAUCCACAGAGUGCACACAAAGGCUUAAAUGCAUCUCAGUUUGUGCUGUAAAGUGAGUGUUUUCCAUAUUCAGGUGCUGUCUGGGUUUAUUUAAAUGAGCAAUUGUGCAAUAAUUUGGAGCAGAAAUUGCACCUUUCUUUGCACAUAAACUUAAAUGCAUACAAAACAUCUAUGUCACGAUGUAGUUAAUAGAUAUGACGGAUUUAAUGGGGAAAAAAAUCAGUCUAAAACCCUGACUCAGCAUUUGUGGAGCUGUAACACACAACCACUAACCAAAAAAACAUUCCCAGUUAUUUCUUCUUGACUAAAAUAUUAAAGAGUUCACUGCAUGUCCAGGAGAAACCCGAACUAGAACAUUGUGAGAUCCUUAAAAAAAGAAAAAAAUGGCCAGGUUAUUAAAAUACUCGUGAAAAAAUCGCUCUAUUUCUUAAAAUGUUUACCUGGUUCGAUCCAAUGCCCCCCUCUUGUAUGCCUAUCCUUCUUUUAACAUUAAAUGUGUUUUAUUUUGAUUCAAAGCCCAAUUUUAUAGUUUUAAUUUCAUGGUUAUAAAGUUUUACUAUCCUAUGUUUUGUCAUUAAAGUUCCUCUUCCCUGCCUAAGUUGAAAAAAUGUUGAAUUUUCCACCACAUCUGUCAUAAAUCCACUUCACCAUACACCGGUAGGAACAUUGUCAUCCCCGCUCAGCACAUCAUUUAAAUCUGGACAGAUUUGAGCUCAGUCAGGAGAAGCACACACACUGCUGAAUUUUGGUCCCGGACGAGUACACAAAACCAGUCCUUGGGUCUGGUAAGAGUUCUGCUUGCUCCCACUUGAAAACUUAUAUAGCAUUUACAGCAGUCUCUGCUAACUCAGAGUGUUUGUGCUUGUGAACAAAUAGUGCAAUCAUGUGCAAAUGUAUUCUAAUAACAGCUUUGUUCUACUUAAAAUUCCAUCUCUGAUUCGCUUUAUUUGUUACCUACAUUUUCUCUCACUGCUCCUAAUCAAAUCACAGGAGGGCAAUGGGGAAUUUAUGUGCAUACAUACAUUUUAAAUAUCCCCUCUAUGAAGUUCUCUGCUGUGGUAAUAUAUUUUAAUUAUCUAAGGAUUUCAGUGAUUCAAAUGAGCAGGUCUUUCCAGACGGGUGGAUUAGCGCUUCUCGACGACAUGUGAGCAGAAACCAUAUGUGUGAUUAUGUCUGCUUUGUUUGUAACCACCUUCAUGUCGCAAGUGUCUGACCCAUACGUGCAUCAUUUCCCUUCUUGGUUUAAAUUAGAUUGUAAAUGUCAGCAUAUGAACUAUUCUCUUCCGCCAUGUAAAGCACGUGUCCGCCGUUCGCUGUUUGCCGGACGGGAGACUGCAGUUGAUCUCUGUCACAUGUUGACAUGUCCGACAAUUAGAGAAUGACUCAAAGGCAGGGCCAGGAAUAGCUGCCUGUAGCAUCUCUUACUUCCUGACCUCCAUUCCCCGUGAUGUGCAUCACAACAAAAGCAGAGUUUCAAGUAGAGGCAACCACCAAUUAAGGCCACAUAUCCUUCACAUGAACUCUACUGCUUAAUCAAAGCUGGGAGAAUAAUGAGCCAAAGUAAACAGUAAUUACUGGAACCAGUUCAUUGAUUACUGUUGCAUCUCUGACUGGCCCCGAGGGACCCUCCAGGCAAGGGAACGUCUCCAGAUAUGCGCUUGAUAGCAACAUGUGACCUUAUGCCUCGGAAUAAAAAAAAAUCCAUUCAUCUUGUUGAAUCAGUAUUAUUCAAACUGCGUUAAAGAGCACACAUGUUGCCAUUUUCAUCUGCGGUCAGACAUGGAGAUUGAUCAUGACGCCUCCCUGCUCAGUGCAUAUUCAAACUCCACCGUUUAUUUGGCGUGUGAUGAUAAAUCUAUCCAUGGUGUCCUGUGCCAGCGGUGUGAAUAAUGCAUGUCCUAUGGAUUUGCCCUCUCUAUGAAGAAGUGGGGAAAGACAUGACUGUGCAAAGUGUCGUCACAUUAGGGGGAGUUAAAGCCAGGGAGAUUGCUGACUUGUUGAAGUCAGUCCAAUUACAGAUAUAAUUCCGCUGUAUUCCCUGAGAGAGGGUCAGGAAUUGGGUUAACCAUACUGGUUACCACCAUAGAAACUCAUUGUCAUUCUCUCAUAGCAUGACACAACAUAGCUUUAAAAAAAAAAAAAGCUAAGAUCCACACCUAAACAACUGUGCGAUAUGUGUUGUUUGUGGUCUACCUAUGUGUUUCUUAUGCUGUUAUACACAGCAUUUUCAACUGCAUCCAGAAUGGCUACGGAAAGGCUGUAUCCGCCAAUCGCAGCUGAUCGUAACCAUUCAAGUUAAUGUGUCAAUUUCUACCGGCUUCUUCCCGUUCCACUUCGGAUCGCAAGAGUUUAUUUUAUCCCGUUACUGGUGCUCAUUUGAAUGCAGUUGAGCAAAUGCAACAGCUGAGUAUUGUGGUAUUGUAUCAUGUUGUAUCAUAUGCAAUAUAUGCUGCAGUGCCAGGGUACAAUUAGCUAUGGGUACCCAACGAUCAGGGUCUACCGUGCCAGUAUCUACCAAACCAGACAGGACUGCUUGAUGGAAAUGCACUGUUAGUCCACUCACUUGUUGCAAUCAUAGACUGUAUAUAGAAUGGACGUCGUCUGCCUCCUCGCUGGGUGAAGCCACUUCGGGGACAGCACCCUCUGGUGAGAGGCUGCAGUAUAAGUCAUAAAUCCCGCCUCCGCCAGCAGAGCUUAUGGGGCUGUGGACAAACUUUCAAAAUUUAUUGCGCAGAAUAUAAUUUUUUUCCCCAGUUUGUGAAGUUGACAUGUAGUUGUUGUAAGACUGGUUUGUGCUCAAGUCCUUUUUUUCUGUGCAGCUCUGUUUGUAAAAGUUAUAAGGAGGUUCAUGUGUUCUAUGAUUGACACUUCAUACAGUCUGUGGGUGUAUGAAGAUUGCGUAGCCGAGCGUCAUCACAGCGACUCUCCCGCUGAAUGUACACAAUGCUACCGCGCUACCUGCACUACUGUGCAAUGUUGGUUUCAGGAAAUGGAGAGAAAACGCGGAAAUACCGAGAGCUUUUUGGCUUCAAAUCCAUAUACUGGCGGAAGGCGGAACCAAGUUGUCCAUAGUAUAUACAGUCUAUGGUUGCAAUCAAUUCCCAAGAGAGUCUAGCAGACACAGCAUACCAUUGGGAUCCUGUCUUGGGGAUUCAGCAGUGGUCACAGUAAGGGACUCUAACACAACGCCAUCUAAAAGCUGCUAAUUUAACUGCACUGCAACCCAAGUCAGUUUAUUGUCUUUGGGGGGAGGUGAUGCUAAAGAAACCAGGGAGGGACAUUAGUGUUGUGUCAAUCCAAACAGCACUCUUGAUGUACUGUAAUGAUCUGACUACACUCAGCAGGGAGGUUAAAGGUCUCCAAAGAGGCGGCUGGUCAUUUGACCGACUAGUGGGAACUCUCUAGAUCACUACUAUUCACUGAUGCUAAUGUCACCUGAGGAGAUACUCAUAAAAUUUGCAUAUGAUUUCACUGUGAACACCUAUAUUAUACUGCUUGUUGUCCUCCAUUACAUGCCAUAUUACUUCUCCACUAAAUCGAUGGCAGAGGGAUUCUCAGGUGGCAAUAUUUGCAUACAUGUUGGAGCCAGUCAGUGUGUAGGCAACAUGAAAAAUGCAAUUUUCUGCGUGACUUCUCUCUGCUCGAGAUGGCAGCUGCGCAAAGAGCGAGUCCAUGCCACCUGUAAUUGCACCGCUGCUGACAUCUCUCAUGAUUCUGCCUGCUGGUGCAAAAGGUUUAGUUUUUUUUUUUCAUGGAAAAGGGUCGUGCCUCUGUCGAAGAAAUACCUCACCAUAAAGUUCUGGUAUCAGUCAUCCCUCAUAGCCUGGAGUGUUGGAUAUAAAAGUGCUCCCAGUAAUCAUAAAAAAAGGAAAAAAAAAUGUGGCCUCUGUAAGCAGCAGUUUCAAGAAGGAGGGAGAUAACUGUAGACCUGGUUUUACGACCGCGAAAGAAAUGUGAACUGUUCAUAAAACAACAUAUUCUUGGUUCCAUGCCGGGGUUUGCCCUGUAUUUCCAGGAGUUGUGUUCAUAUUGAACUGCGCUAUUCCCUUGAUUUACACCCAAUACAAACAUAAAACGCCACCUCAGGAAAUAGUGUACCCAGUGUGGAACGGUAUUCGAAGCUUUUGGUCAGCAUUGUAAGUGAUAAUAGAUCAAGGAGUGGAAGCUUUUUGUAUGAUUUCACAUCCCGGUUUUUAGAGGUUUUGCCAGUCCAAAUAAGCUUGAUUACAAAACUGCAAGAUCCUCUUCUCUCUGUAAACUAGUUUAGGAAUGUGUUCCAGGGUCACAUCUGGAUUCCUGCUUUUUUGUCUCCAGAUAAUCACCCAUCUGGAAAAUACAAGCCCCUCCCCAAAGGAGUUUCGUAAUCCACCACAAGAGUCAGAAGAGGUAAAGUACUCUCCAUGGCUGAGUCGAACACAUCAAUGGCAGACUUUUUUCCAGUUUUUGCUCCACACAGGCAAACCUUUGACUUAGAUUAAUGAUCUGACAUGAAUAUAGCCCCGUGGAGAGUAUCAGCCAACCACAGUGUCCAAGGUGUUCGAUUGAUGACAACCCUCGUUCCUGUAAGGGUUUUCGAUUCAGCACAUCAAUAGCACUCAGUAAUUUCUAAACAGAACGAGUGAGUGGUCAGUGGGGGAUGUAAAAGAGGAAAAAAAAGAGAAAAGGAGCUCUGCCGCGAGAAGCUCUUUCUGCUCGUCCUCCAGCGUUUUUCAGUGACAGCAUUGUUCCCGACGCAGUAAAUGUAGUAGUCGCUCUGACUUCUCUCUGCAAAGGGGGGGUUGGACUCUGAGAGCACUCCAACAACACAUUUGUGAGAGUCAAACUAAUGAAGUGACUAGAGAUACGAGUGGCAAUGAGCCUCUGCACACUCUAUGCGCUUUACAAGUACAAUGGAUUUUAUGGUCCGAUACCAAUGUGAUGCACACAAAUUUUAAACAAUAUUAUAUCAAAUAUAUUCUCAAACAGAUGUCAUGAUGCGACACGGAAACUUUGUUUCUCCUCCUUUUUCGACCAUAUACAGUAGCAUGUAUAGUGCCCGUUUCUAGGUACCCAUUGUCUCUCUUCCACAAACCAACAAGUUUCUUUGUCAAGGUACAAUUUGACUCUGAUGUCAAGUACCCUUUGGCUUUCAUGUUGGUGACCCUCUGACUUUUAUAUCAAGAACUGUUUCACUUUCAUUUCAGGAGACUCUUUGGCUGUAGUUUCAAGGUACCCUCAGGUGUCGAUAUAGCCUUUGGUGUUCAUGGCAAGAUACCUUUUGAAUUUAUGGCAAGAUACCCUUUAAUUUCCAUGCUAAGGUAUCCUCUGGCUUUCUUUACAAUACCCUCAGGUUUCUGAGUCAAGGCACCCAUCGGCUUUCAUGGCAAGGUAGCCUUUGACUUUUGUGUCAAGAUACCCUCAAAUUUGACAAAUGUGCACUUUUUUCGUGUCAGAUUCUGCCAGGUUUCAAUAUUGAGUACUCUUUGACUUUUUAGUCAAGGUACGCCAAUGAUUUCAAGUUAAGGUAACCUUUGGCUUUAUGUCAAGUAACCCUUUUGCUGUCAUAUUCAGUCCGUCUUUCAUAUCGGGUACAUUUUGGUCAUCUUUUUCCCUUUCACCCAUUGAUUUCAUGUCAAGGAACUCUUUGAAUUCAGGGUACCCUCAGAUCUUAGAUCUAAUCUAAUGUACGUUAACUUUACAGCACACCUCACAGUUUUGUCGAAUAAUAACUUGAUGCUGACUUUAUGUGAUACCCUUCAAUACCCUUUGAUUUGAUCACCUAACUUCCAUCUACGGGCAGAUUUUAAUGUUUUUUCACUAUUUGGCCAUCUUGUUUACAACUCCAAACUUAUGUGGGACUACAUAGGUUAGGAAUAAAAGAAAGUGCAAAACAUUUUGGUAAAUCCACAACAGUAAGUGGGGACAGUCUGUUUUUCAAUAUGUCUCCAGCACAAUACUGCACCUGUCUGAUAUUGGCACACAGCACCAAAUGGGUUUUAAAUCUGCAGGCAGAGAGCCUCAACAGGACAAUGACUAGAUUUGGGCAGGGAGAAAAGGGUGCACAUCUCAGCCCUGAAAGCGAGGUGUCUGCAUUUGAUUAAUGUCUGACACCAUUAUGUGUUUUGACGGAUUAACUGGGGAAUGCCACAGAUACACGGCCACAUUCCUUCAAGAUUGGUCUAAUUUUGGUUCCUUGGAUGAAGGUAACAGAAAAUAGAGACUUCAAUUUGGACAAUGAAGAGCUUGUGUGUGUGUGUGUGUGUAGACCCACUGCAACAAGAUGGCCUUGACUUUCCAUUUAAUGACACGGCUUGGGCACUGGUUAAAGGAUAAAGGUGCAGCUUUCGGUGCACAAAUUGCAUUCUUAGCAAGUCAGCCAAACGAUAAGAUGCCAGGCACUGAACCACAUGUGUGCUCAUGUAAGUGGCAACCUAGUGUGCAGUGAGGCCUCAAAGGUGCCACAUGGGCAUGUCAAUGAUUAAUGACUUUGUUUGUGUGGCUUAAAACAUCAGUUGCUUUAACAUUUAGACUCUAAAAUCAAUUUCUCUUCAGUCUAGCGUGUCUACAGGUUAAACUGAGAUGUCUUUGUGGAGGAGAAUUUUGAAAAGUAUCAAACAAAAGGCAUGAGCUGUGUAAAAAUCUCAGCAGUAUAGAUUUAAACGGAAAAAAAAAAACAGGUUUGAAAAAUGAAAAUGUGAAAGUUUCUUGUAAACACAUUUGUCCUUGAAGAACUGCUUUCUCAGGGCUGUCAACUCAGACAUAUGGGUCAACUUAAUCACAGCUGUCGAUUGUAUCGUAUUCAUAUAACCUAAUCAAUACUUUAGAUGGAUGAUGAUUAGGACAGCCAGAGCAAAUGCCCCAGUGAUCAAUUACAAGUAGGCUGGGUUCAAACAGAUAAAGCAUGCAGGAGCCAGAUGUGUCCUAAAUUACUUUUCAGUUCUUAAUUCACCGGCUUUCCAAUCAUGCAUCGCCUGGGGAACAUUUUCAAGAAUCAUUACGAGAAUUCUCUUUUCCUACCAUUAGAAUAACUGACAAGAAUAACGUCUGAAGGGUCUCAUUUUCACAUGCAGGCUCCACACAUUACAGCCACAGAAAAUUUACCCCCCGAGAGGACAUUACGUUCACUUUCAUUUACCCAAAGGGCAUGCCUGUUAGGAAGAUUUACCAUACUUUCCAGUUGCCUGCAAUUGAUUUGAGGUGGAUCCCAUUGGAGACAAGUAAAUGAAAUGUCAACAUCAUGUGACAUGUGAUGAAAAUUAAUGGUAUCCCACAUGGGAGGAGAGACAGUAAGGGGGUAAAAGUAAGAGUCUGGUUGAAUGUCAUGUUUGUUGUGGCAGAGGCUGUUGUCUUUAGAUCGUCUCGACUUGAAGUUAAGAUUCAUAUCAACAAGUAAAGUGGAUUUAUCCACAUCACCGUCCUCGUGACCAAAACCUCCUCCAUUUAGCUUGCUUCACUUCAAAGAUUGUAAAACUCUAAUGUUGUUCAUAGAUUCUCAUUAGAAUUUGGAAAAUCAGUUUUUAAAAGUGCUUAAUCAUCUCUCAGAGGACGGCUACAGCUAUCUCACAAGCAGCUGUAUGUGACAACCUGCAUUAAAGGGAUAUUCUGAUGUAAAAUUAAGUUAGGGUCAAACACACCGUAACACCGAGUUCAGACACCCCGUUGAGAGAUGAAUGUUGCCGACCACUUGCUUCUCUAGUUAUACCAACUUUAGAAAAGACCGCAGAUAGCACUACUUCAUCAACAGUACAUAAAGGGUCCCAGCCAUAGCACUAGCGACCAAACAUCUUUUUAACUUUGCCUAAUUUCUUUAGCAAAGACACUCAACCACUCUUCUCCAGCAGCAGCUUGUUUGUACGGAGACCUUCGGGCCAGCCCAUUAUGGACUGCAGCGGGGUGUCGCAGCUCAAGGAAGAACAUUUAUGGUAAUUUCUUUAUGAAAAUGCAAUCAGACCGAGAUGCUAAGGCAGAAUAACUAGUGCGUCUGCAGUGCAAAAUGAUUAGAACAUGAUAAAGAACUGUUGUUAAUUGCUGUUCUGAACAUUAUUUGUGGCUAUAAAGUGGCUUUUUGGUUGAGCGCAUGGCUCUCUGUAUUACUAUCUGCGGUCGCUCUUAAGUUGGUUUAAAUAAAGAAGCAAGUGGUCGGCAACAUUCAUCUCUUGAGGGGGUGUCUAACUCGGUGUUACGGUGUGUUUCACCCUAACUUAGUUUUACGCCAGGAUAUCCCUUUAAAGGACCACUGCUAUGGGCUAACAUUAUUAUUGUACACUUAUUUCUUGCACAAGAUCCAUAUUUAACAACCCUAAACCCCCAAAAAACAUGCACAUUAACUAAGGGUUGCCAGUUUAUAAAAAAAUAACUGUUUACAUGGCCUGUUUAGAACAUAUAAAAAGCAUCCAACAUUGUGAAAACUCGUCUAUCCAAUUAAAGCAACACUGUUCUUGUAAACCCAGUGAGUCACUUCUAAGCUGGGGGAGGGCAUAUUUCGUAUGGCUCGCUGGAGUUCACCUUUUCUAAUCUCUGUCAUACACCUUCCUCAUCUUCCCGCUGUAAUUAUGGGCUACAUUCUCCACGGUUGAUUUGGCCGCCUUGGUAAAUCGUAUUAAGUAAUCCCACUACUGAAUGGUAGCAACAGCACAUUGUUCAGGAACUUUUUUUCUAAAAUGCCUCAGCUGGCAACGUGCCAGACAUGACUCUAUUCCAGCGCUCUAAUUUCCACACUUUCUCGAUACUGAAUGUCACUUCACCUUGAUGUGGUUUGAAGGUGCUGUCAGUUUGAAUCACAGUUUGUAGCUUUUAUAGGAGCUGUGUUGUAAAAAGGACAAAUCCACCAAAAAUACAAUUCAGCAGCAGUUAUUUUUCCAUGAAAGCCGGUGUGUUUCUGAGCCAGCGAUGGCUGUUUAUCCGUCAUUUUUCAGCUCAUUGCCAAAUGUCAUAUGGGUCGUGGUAAGUUAUUGAUAUAAGGGCUCUUUCCAAGUACAAAAAUCUCUCAUAUUCCCUUUGAAUGUUGAGAAAAUAAGAGCAAAAAUUAACAAUAUUGGAAAAGCCAAAGAGAAAGACCCCUUGGACCUGAGGUAUAUUCAUUAUAUGCAGGCACAUGAAGAUGGGAGAUAGGAAAAACUCCCUCAGGACUCCGGAUGCUGAUGUUGGUGGAAGAGAGCCAAUAUAGGCAGAACCACACAGCUGAAUCUCCUGGAACAAUCUGUAGGUUGUGGAGGGAGUGGGCGAUGGGGGAUCAGCAAUAAAAAGCCUGGAAGGCAGACUUCCAGUUGCCGCAUCUGAUGAUUGGCACAAUAAGAUGACAUAGGAAUGAGUGAAUGUGAAGAACAGCACUGCCAUAUGGGAAAUGACCUUCACCACUGGAGCAGAGUUAUGUGCACUCUUCACGAGGGUCAGGUCAAAAGUCAGCCUGUUCUGAUGAAAAUGAAGUAGCUCUGUUCGGUUUGCAGUUAAGAAUUUUGACUUUUUUUCCCAAAAUGGACAUGUGCAUUUUUUUUUCUACAAUUUGAUGUUGUGCAAACAUGUAAAGGUCUGACUUAGGUAAAGAAGCUUAAUGCAGAAUACCGGCCCCAAUUAUUGGCCAAGGUUAAUAAUUUGUCCAUCUCAAGUAUUUUGGCAAUCCCUGAUGUCAGUUGUUCUUUGAGUCAUUUAUGAUCAUUUCUUCAUGGAAAUGCAAUCAGAGCGAGACGCUAAGGCAGAGGAACUACUGCAAAACGAUUAAUAUGAUGAUUAUUACUUCAAGGAAAUGAUAAAGUAAUGACCAUAAAUGUUCUUCCUUGAGCUGUGUCACCCCAUUGUAGUCCAUAAUGGAGUUGUCUGAGGUCUCUGUACAAACAAGCGGCUGCUGGAGGAGAGUGGGUGAGUUGGGUUUAGUCUUUUUGGUAAAGAAAUCAGGCAAAGUUAAAAAGAUGUUUGGUGGCUAGUACUGUGGCUGGGACUCUAUAUUGACUGUUGAUAAAGUUAGGUGCUGUUCUGAGCAUUAUUUGUGGCUAUAGAGUGGCUUUUUGGUUGAGGUUUGUUUAUGGCUCUUGAGACCGCUGUGUAUUGCUAUCGUGUGGUCGUUACUAAAGUUGGGAAAACUAGAGAAGCAAGCGGUCGGCACUACUCAUCUCUCGUCAGGGUGUCUAACUCGGUGUUAUACUGUGUUUGACCCUAACUUAAUUUUACGUUGUAAUAUCCCUUGAAGUAAAAAUAGUUUUUUUUAUUGCAGUAGACUACGUAGACUAUAAUGUUGAGCUGAACUACUCCAAAGCUUUUGCUCUCAGUAAUGACGCUGAUUAUGGAAAUUACACAAUAAAGAAAAUCCUGUUAGGUCAAGAGCUUACAUCGUCUUGAAUCUUGAUGAUUUUAUGGCUUGGAGAACUUUUGUGGUACGUCCAGUGAAGCCCAGACAGAGCUGGCUGGCUGCGCCGAGCACCCUGAAUUAAUCAGCUGUAAUCAACAUUACCCACUUCGGUCAUUUCUCAAUGCCCCCCUUCCUUUCACUUGGACUGUGGUAUAAUAGGAAAUCACUGGGUUUCACUACCCAUUACCUCACAGCCCUAUCCAUCUCAGCCAAUCAGAGGCCCAGCAGAGAGGAAAAUCCUCUGUCUGAUCAAUACUCUGAGGAGGACACAAGGUAAAACCAGAUACACAAUUCAGACAAGCAAUCCUUUAGUGUUUGAUUGUCACUUUCAGAAGCAAUUAUUGCUCACUUCAGAAUUAAUUGCUCAGGUUUUUAGAUCAUUAAACACUGGAACAUUAUGUUGGAAGUGAUUCAGAUGUGAGCAAGAAGUGUGGCCUCUUUAAUUACUCCUUAAACUUUCAGUCCAGCUAAGUUUAUAACACCCUCCAUAAAUCCAGGCUAAUAGUUUGGUUGUACUUUUCUCAACAGGCCAAGACUGCAGUGUGUUCUCCAUCAAUACAUGCCACCAAUAGCUCAGACACUGCAUGGUUCACUGUCAACCAUCUAUGAUGUUUUCAUAUAGAUGUAAAACUUUUGAUGUACUGGAGCUGUCUCUGCAGUGAAUAAUCCACUGACAGCCUGAUUGGUGACUUUAAUUAUUCUUCCAGUGUCAAAUGAGAAUCUGAGGCCACAGAUGGACUAAUGGGAUCAUAACCGCCACAUAAUGAUGAAAUAUAGUUCUGAAUGGGACUGUAAAAUUGCCUUCUGUCUUUUACAAAAGGGUGCCAAAUAGAAAUAAAAUUAUAAGUGAUAAAUCAUCAUGGCUGCAAGUUUUCACCUGUAUUAUAGAACAAUCCAUGUUGUCAUUAUAUUAGGGUUCAUACAUUUUGAAUAUAGAUGGUUAAACAUAUACAUUCAACUUCCUGUGUGUGGGUUUGUCUUUUACUGAUAAGAGAUCCAGUUUUAAAGACAUGCAAAAUUUAGGGGAGCAAACAAAGAGGGACCUAAAUGCAGAGUACACCAGCAAGUAAAACAGUCCAAAACAUGUAUUAUUUCUGUGUGUUUGUCCACAAAUAGUUUGUUAAAAUGAAAUUUAAAAUAGAAGAUUCAGUUGUCAAGAAUGAAACGCAGGAGCACAAACAUAAGGACCCAAAUGCAGACUGUGUCAGCUGAUUAUAUGAGACAUUCUUGUUCAAGUCAUGGCUAUGCUGAUGUUCAUGAAACUGAAACGCUUGUUAUUUAGUCUUAUUUAGUGCUUUUCGAACUGGCUUCAAAAUCAGGGAGUCUCAACAUUCAGGAAUAUUAAAAUUCAGUAUAAAAAGAGGCAUACAGAAAUUUAACAUAAAGAACCAAAUGCAGACUCGCACAGCAAAUUAUACAAAACAUAACAGUCAGUAAUAUUGCCACACCAAUCAUCGUCAACGGGACUGAACUACCUGUAGUUUGUCUAGCGUUAAAAUUAAAGCUUCAGCUGAAGAAUUUAGGCCCAAUCAAAAGAGUAAAAGACACUACAGAAAGGAUCCAAAUACAGACAGCAUCAGUGGAUGAUUUAAUCAAUCUAGUCCAAAACAUGAACAGCAUAAAGAAACUGAAAUGUUGGACAGAUUUGUUGAAGUUAUUGUUUUGUUGGGAACUGUUAAAUUCAUCGUAAACAAAGGAGAAAAGGACCCAAAUGCAGAUUACAUCAGCGGAUAAUACAGAACAUUCCUGUACAUGGCAUAUUCAGGCUGAUGUUCUUUAAAUGAACUAAAGUGAAUGAAAUUUGUUUUCAUCAAACUGAAGAUUCAGGGUCUGUUAUAAUGAGUGUAAACAAAUGAAUGUGGGGACUUAAAUGCAGACUACAGGUGGAUAAACAAAAGGAGAAGAGUAGGUGAAAGACUUCUUUGAAGACGGGGGAAAAAGUCAAGGUUACAGUCAAGUAAAAAAAGGUAAAAAAAAUUGUAAGACAUGAAAAAAAUUCAGAGAGAAAAUGCACAAAUGAAAAAGAGUAAGGUGAAAGGGAGACAAGGACAGCUGAGUGAAAAAUAAAAAUGUAACAACAACUAGGACAAAACAUGACAGUAACCAGAUACUUCAAAAUCAAUGUGUCUGUAGUUUUUCCUGCACGUCCUGUGUUGUAUUUCAGACUGACCUUAUUGUGCAAGGGAAUUCAAUCCUUUAACAAAUCAAGCUACAAUCUUUAGUAUCAAAUAUCAGUUUAAAAAAUUGCCUAAAAUGCAGAACGUUUUACUCUAGUUUGAUCGGAUGGAUAUUCAGCUAUCUAAAAAUAAUAUUUUACUGCCAUCUCAAAGAAUUUUAAUGGUUUCAAAAAACUCAUUUCCUCUGACUUUAUCUUAUGCCAUCAGCAGAAUCAUCAAACAAAAAUUGCAAUACCAAUUUGCCUCAGCUCUGAGCAACUUCCAAAACAUGCACUUCUGAACUUCCGGCAAUUACUUCAGUGAAAUCUAUAGUGAGAAAGAAAAAAAAAAGCUCCUCGAAUGACGGAAGCUGGCAGAGGGAAAAGCUUCAAGGAGCUCUCAGCUAAGAGUGUGCAGUGACCCAUUACUCACGUCUGGCCUCUUCUGACUGUUCGCUACAGCCUCCCUGGUCUCUUAUGAGCAAAGCUGCGGUUUUUAUUACUGCAGGGGUCAUUGAUAAUGCUCCUUUCAUGACUGUUUCUGUGAGCAGAGAGCCUCACCAGUGUUCAGCGGCGGUUCAUUUCAAUGCACACAGAGCAGGGUGUCCAAAUGCAUGAUGAAGUUUUCACACGUUGAAAUCUCAACCUGGAAGUUUGCACAAGACCUUCUUCAAGAGGAUGACAACCAGCCAGCCUGUGAUGCAGCUGCUAAUCUGGAGCAAUAAAUCAAAUCAACAAAGCCCCUCCCUCUCCGCCUCGGCCACAUAAAGACUCUGUAUCUGAGUGUAGCAUACUGAUGCCAGCCCCUGGAGUCAGGCUGCGGCCGUCCAGCUGGACCGGUGCCUGGCAGAGCAUCUCGCUUCCUGCUAUUGCAGGCACACGGCGCUUAGUGGUGGUUUAUCAAACCCACUGUGCCAUGAAAGUAUGACAGCAUGAAGCCUGUAGAUUAAAACCACACAUUGCAAGGAGGGAGGCACAACACUCUUUAACAAAAGAUUUGACAAGAGUCAUCGCACUGGGUCAGCGCCAGGAGGAAUUUUUGUUUCCUUUUCAUUUUUCGCUCCCCAAACAUUGACGGCUCAUCCAAAUUUGCUGAGUUUGGUCCCGACUGUUUGAUCUCGCAGUCCCUGUCUAAACAAUGAUCGACUGGCAAAAGCGGCGUAGAUUCAGACAGUUCUUUGCAUGCUUUUCUGUUUAUGUGUAACACAAGACGAAUUCAAUUAACUUUCCUGAAUGCAGGUGAAAUGUUUGAAAUAGGAUUUUGAAGGCAAAACAAAAGCAGUAUUCAAACGUUUUCUUUCCUUUAUAGUACGCAAGGUGAGCUUUUCCUGAAAGAACACACUUAUGUUUUCUGAAUGAGAUGACAGCAUAGCAUAAAGACAUAAUAUAAAAGACAGUAAAGCCAAAGCAUAUUUGUAUGCCCUGUCCUUUAAACCUGCUCAACACCAAUAAAAAGACACGACUGAGGAACGAACUUGAAGUCUUGCUGCUUUGAAGGAGAAUGGCAAUAAGAAAAUAACCUUUGUUAGGCUGAGGUGACUCCGUAUACACUACAUGAUGAUACAUAGCUCAUGUUAAUAAUGGUACUGUUGGAUGCCAGUCAAUCGUAAACUGAAAUCAUGGAUCAGCAUUUUUAAACUCCAUGUAAGCAGGUCUGAAAAUAUGCAUCUAAUAGACCAGCAAGCAUGGCGCAGGAAACUUUUCAGAUGUGGAGAAUUAAGUUAUUUUGAGUGAAGUGGAAUUUGGAAAAAGAGAUUCAGUUUUUUCCGUCAGUGGCUCUGUGACAGUCAGAGGCGCUGCAUGGGCUUCAUUUUCAGCCAGCUCCUGUGGUGUGGUGGCGGGUCAGUGGGGUCGUAAUCUACGGCGCUUGUGGGUAACCUCUGUUUCUCAUUCAUAAAUGGUUAGGCCUCUACAUAAAACACACACGAAGCUCUCAAUUGCCAGUUUGUUUUUGAGCAUGUACAAAACACAUGUUAAAUUGUUCUAAUCGUCCAUUCACUAAUUUAGCUAUAUGUGCACUUAACCUGUUUUUCUCGUGUUUUAAUUCUUAGGCAACUGAACAAAACAGAUCACAUAAAUACUCGUCAAUGAAGGAGACCCAUUAUCAAUAAAACUGAGUGGACCCUCCACCUUUCUUUUUCACUCUGAAUAAAUUACUCAAGUACUUUUUUCUCUCUCUCUCUCAUUAAAGCUUCCUCAGUUCAAGAUCGUGCUUCUUCAGCCAAUUAACUUCAGUUCACACUCCCCUUAUUCAUGUCAUUAGCGCCACCCUGAGGUGGUCAUGGGGUAAUGGAGCAUUGAGUCAAACUGGCAGGGAAAAUCGAUUCACAGCACCAUAAAUUCAAUUAGGAUAUUGAUAUUCAGCUCUUGCAUUUUGAUAACUCCACUUAUGUCAGGGUUAGGGUCACAGUGUAUUGCUGUUUCAAGAUUUCGUCCCAUGAAGUUGUGUUGUGUGAAAUCAAUAAAGCGUAUGCCGUAACAGGCACUAAACAUCAGAAUAGUUUCCUGCCUUUUAACUAAUCAACUAACCCAUAAUUAAGAGGAACAUAACAUGGUAUUUUUGCGCAGAUUUACCCUUUACGUUCAUUUGUUUUUGCUCAGAGUGAACAUGCGUUCCCUCAACAGCCCAUUAUUCCUUUUCCAAACCAGAAGGCAGCAGAAGAAAUGAAGUCGUUACGCAACCCAGCAGCUCUUUUAGCUCCUGUGUGGUGGCUAACUCCUACGAGUCCUGCCGGCUCAUAUGGGAGUAAACAGAUCAAUAGGCCCACCUGAGAGAUGGAUGCUCACCUCCUCCGAGCAGCAGACUCUACAAAGCCUCUCUUUCAGCGGCAGCCUAAUGACGCUAAUGGGCAGCCAUGCUCUCUGAAACCCUUUAUUACACUGAUUAGACCAACAACCUGAAAUAUAAUGCCCUAAUCUGAUUAUGAGAUGGACACAGCUGAGCUUGAGAGGGACAGAAUGGACCAUGAGGGAACGGGCUAAUGAAGAUCUUUGUUGUCCAUGUGUCCAGAGGCUGACUCACAAAGAACUGGCUUAUGUUGAUGUAAACCAAAAUGUCAUGUAUAAGAGGUUUACUGUCAUGCGAAGUGUUCUUAAAAAUUAAGCCUUUCCCGGACGCGCUUCUGAGACCGACGAGAAACUGUUUCCAACUGAUAGGAAAACCCGCUGAAGCCAGAUUUCCCCGAGGCGCCAUGGAUUGAAUUGUUUCCAAAUUUAGGUCACUGUGACAGCAUAUUUGCCUGUUUUUAGCUCAAGUUAGUGAAGACCUUUAAAGAUAGCCUGAGGAUUUGUUUUACCUUCAGCUCCUCACCAUAAGCCUUGUUUGUGUACAUCCUAAAAUAUGCAUUAACGGAAUUUUAAUAAUGCAUUGUUUACACCCUUGUUUGCCAGCUUGUAGCAUUUUUUUGCAGUCUUCUUUGCAACCCCUUGCUGUCAGGAGUGCCCUAAUUUUGAGAUCAGUAAAAAAGCAGGCCAGUCUUCAGUAGGUGUAGCACUUAAAAUAAUGACCCAAGCAUUUAACAGUGCAGCAAUGGCUGAAAACCCGACAAUGAUUAUUUAAUUUAGCCAAAAAAAAAAAAAAAAAAACAUAUCCCUUUAAUACCUGAAACAAAUACAUAUAUUGAUUUUGUUUGAUACAUUAGAUGUGUUUGGAAACUGAUUAACCAUAAGAGGACAUUUUAGUCAUUUAUCGGACUGUAUUCAGAUGUUUUUUAGUAAUUUGUUGAUCAUAUUGAUUUGAUAGAAGUAUCAUAAAAGAAUGUAUCAAAUAUGAUACAAAAGGCAUUAAAGGGAUGUGCAGUGUGAAAAGUGCAUUGUAAUGUUCCUAUAAAUCUGAAUGGUCAUGUUCGAUAGAGUUGAAUUACCACAAGCAAUGUCAUCAGGGUUGUUUGGUAAAUUUCCUGUCCUGUGUUUACCGUUACUGUUAGAGUCGAAUGUCAUAAUGCUAUUGAGUUGCAUUAUGGGAGUUGAAGGGUCAAGCCCUCUUGACCUGUUAUCUACUGUAUGCUUAGCACAAAAGACAGAGGUGUGUCCAGAAGAGCUUGGCCCUACAGCUCCUUAAAAUGCAUGGGAUUUUGGUUCGUCAUGAGAACCUGAAUUUGUUUGAACUUUACCCCCUGUAUGGUGCCCCUGCUCACUGUGAAUACUUGCAAAUAUUGAAGGGAGCUGUUUCUUUGGCAUUUCAUAUAUGUCGCAUCAAUUGACACACAACCCCAGCAGCAGUUCAGGCGUUAAAUUCCUGCAUAGACAUGGUCGAUUUUGUUGUUGAUAGAGCUGUUUGUUUUUUUAUGGUCAUAAAAAGCAAUCGUUGUGAUUUCAGUCUGUUUCAUAACCAGCUAAAAACUCCUCACAGGGUCUUUACAGUUUAGAAAAUACGCCUCACACUUUUAUCUAAUUUGGACGUACAUCAUCAUCCUCAAUCAGAUGUUCUUGUAGGCACGGCUUUAGUGAGUAGAAAACAGAGGAGCCAAUCAGUGAAGACAAAAUUAGCAAACUUUUUGGUGAAUAUUUUCAACUGUUACCUGUAAAAUAAAGGGUCGGUAAAGAUAAUUGUCCAAAUGUGAGUAUCUAGUCAGAUUAUCAGUCGACCCCUGGAUUACAUAUAUGGCAAAUACAUGUCACUGCUACUUAUUGGCACAUAGCUUCAAAGUCAGUUCAAUUCAAAAAGCUGACUAGGAACCUGCCAGUAUUGAGCUAUUGAGACAAUAAAACAAACAACAGAGGGUUAUCAAGUCUGCUUUUCCUAUGCUAGUUGAAGACAGCAUUGGCAAACACAGUAUUGAAAUCCAUUGGUGUCUCUGUUUGAGGCUGUUUAGCAACAAGAAGUCAUCAAGUAGAAACCCUGCAUGGUUCCAACCAGAUUAUGGAUUGCUUAGUUUCUCAAAAAAGACGUCAAGUCUUCUGCUUCUUUAAAAAACUCUUAAAGACAAAAUAAUACAUCCUGGUGAUGACAUCCAUCACAUCAUCCAGGCCAACCUAAAAUCAAUCAUUGCCCCGGGGAUGAAACCUGCAGUGAUAGAUACCACCCUCCAGCUCGCUGUGAGACAAAAGUGCCACUUUGUACGUGUGUGUGUGUGUGUGUGUGUGUGUGUUUGUGCGCGUGUGUUUGUGCAUGUGUAGACUACACUUCAUUUAGCAGUGCUCCACAGGGGAGCCAGGGGAAAUCACACGCAGACACGGAGAGAGAAUAAACAAACAAAUCAAAAGCAUUAAACCAAGCAAACACAACAUAGGAGGCUUUUUUUUUUAAAGAGGCCGUUAAAACCUCUAUUAUCCACCUCAAAUUAAACGUCUUCUUUGGUAGACUUCUUUCUUUCUUCAGGGAGGUACCAACAUGGAGAGUACAGGUUGCAGUAAGGAAUAAACAAGCUGGCUGCCAAUAGAUGUGGCUUAAACCAGAUAAAAGGGAUAUUAAGCGUAAUCUUAUCUCAUCACACUUCGUCUUAUUUCACAUUAAGACAGAAAUCCUCGAAUCCUGAGUACAGAAGCUCCUCUGAAUUUGCUUUGUAAAUGCCUUUGACAUUUUUAUAAGCAAAAAGGAAUAAAUAGAGCGCAAAUGUUCCCACUUUAAAUCUUCCUUGCUGUGUGAAUGCGUCUGUAUGUGUGCUAACUCAUGCAGUCUAUAUUUGUAUGACCCCACCCACCAUCUUACAGCUGCAGGCACUCACUCGUUAAAUAAGCCAAUAAGAUUAUAAAAGCUACCUACAGGGCUCAGAGAAAGGUGAAAAUCUGCAAGAUCUGCCCGUGUGAAAGACGGAUAUCUCAUUUAGUGAAGCAGCUGAUCAAAUGUCAGGUGUACAGACUGCAAAUACAUGAAUAUGUAAACUCAAACAUCCAUAAGGAAAGAAAAAUAACAUGGAAAUUCAGGACAAAAGUCCAUUUUAAUACAGAGAGACAAGAUAUGACUGAUUUGAAUGAAUGGUGUUCAUUUUUUUUGUUUCAAACAGGGGAAUAAAUUGAUACAACUCUGAUGUAAGCUUAGUAAAAGUAGGGUUCAACCUGAGAAUGGUUUGUGCAAAACCAAGAAAUCUGCUAAAAAAAUCACAUUUGAUAACAUUUCACAGGACACUUGGAUGUCAGUUCUGCCUGUGGUUGCUCAGUAAGAAGCUAGUUUAUGUCCAAGUAAUGAGGAGAACCUUUUCUUUUACAUACUGAUUCUGUGGAGCUGUAACUUUCUCUGCUUUUGUAUUGGUUGUUUUUAAGUGUUUGAGUCAUUUUAGGUAACAUAGCGUCUUUAAAGUCCCACUUUGAUCGUAUCUUUUUUUACUACUUACUGUGUUGCCAGUGGUCUUUUAAUUUUGCUUUUUUAGCCAAAGUUUUUAGCCAAAAUUACGAUACUUAUGUCGUUUUCAAGGGCUUUUCUUCUGCAGAGCUCCAGCAGAUCAUUAGCAAUUCACCUCUGAGUCGUGAGCAAAAACAGCACUGACCUGCAUGCUCCUCUUUAUGCUAGCUUGUAGCUUAACAUUGCCGGUGCAGCAGAAGUGGCAGGUAACAUAGGAGCUAUUGAGCUUUUGGACACUAAUGUUUUUGGAGACAACAUUUAAGCUAAUAUCAUAAUUCGCUUUCUUACAAGCAUUGCCACCCACCUACGGACAUGCUUGUUCCGCGAUCGUCCUCUAUUCUUCUCGGAGUCUGGCCUGCAGAGUGGGACACAGGCGUGGAGCUUGGAGUUGUGACGUGGGAAAUCUUACUGUGCCUGAACCUUUCUUUUGGUUCUGCCAGAGGUUCACAGCAAUUUGAAUUUGAAUAUGAACAUGUAGACAACAAGAAAAACAGGGUUUUCAUUGGAGUGGGUCUUUACAUUCUUUCAACAAGGAAUCUGCUCUUGGAUAGCGUCAAAUAUCUGCUGAGCCGACGAGUGUAGGAGGGCAGAUGUGCUGCAAAGAAAACAAAUAAGUUAUCAUUUGGUUUACUUCUUGUGCUGUGAGGAGUACAAAUUAAUCAAAAUAAUGUCCUACAAUUGUAUAUAUACAGUCCACCUCUGUUUAAAUACCACAGUGAUUGAAUAUAGUUAGUGCACUUCUGAACUCUGUCGCUUGUAUAAUCUAAUCGGUUCACCUAAUGACUGAGUGUGUUCAGCUGUAGUGAUGGGUGGAGUCCCAGAUGAUGGAUUUCCCACACUGAAGAGACCUCAAGGCGUGGGUCACAAUACUGUUAGCAUCUGUUAAGAAUAACACAGACCGUUUCUUCUGUUUAGUUCAACAGAAAACCAAUCACAAAGACGCUUCUUGCUGUCUUUUUCUAGCUCCAGGAUUCUUCUGUAUUACUCCACGAGAGAUCCUUAUCCGUCCAACACAAGCUCCUCUGAAACAGGGUUUAUCCUGUCUCUUGCAUUUUGGUGCUCAAUCGGGAAAUCUCAGAGAACAGAUACUAUAGAUUCAAUGUUCCAGGUUGACAUUUCAGUUGAAUGGAUUGAGGAGAGCUAUAGAAAUCGGAAGGUUACGGUCUAAAAAUAGGCAAGAAAAACCCUCAGUGCUGGUGUAUGGACAACCCAUGAGCCGGAAUACAAAUAUGAAUUCAAGAAGGCAUUAAUAAGGAAAUGAACAGAGUUUUUUAGUCCAAAUAUUCUCAUUAUCAUCAGGAAAAUUAAAGGGAAAAAAGCAAUUUAUUAAUUUAUAUGUCACCUGUGGCCCUACAGGUAUUUGCCCUCCCUGCUUGAUGUAUUCCCAGAGGCUGCUGCCUCAUUUUAGUCAAACAUCCACACACUACAUCGAACCAAAGCUAUGAAAUUAACGUGUCAGUGAAUGCAUUAAUUUCCUCAAUUAAAAAAAAAAAGACAGACAUUUAAUUCAGUCCACGUUAUUGAAGUUAUUCACGACAUGUUGUUGACCUUAGCUCUCUCCCUGCAGGCAUUAGCUGUGCCAAUCGUAAUUCACGUUGAUGCUUUGACGGGACAAUGGCAUUGUAAGAAUUAACAUAAUAUCCUUUAGAGCGGUGUUCUUUGGUUUUAUAUCUAAAAAAAAAGAGGCGGGGAAUGCUUUGGUUGAACAGAAACAGGAACAAAUGCUGAUUAAAAUGUCUUUACACACUCGAAAAAGGUAGAAAGUGCCAAGUCUUCUGUUGCUAAAGCUAUCGGUAUGAUUUUAGAUCGCCCCUGAGGUCAAGUAAAAGUCCAAAUCGCAACUUUUAGGGAUUCCAUGUAAAAGCAAAGAUUAAAAAAAGGAGAAAAGUGAUAAUCCAUUGCUCUGAAAGAUACAAUAGAACCAAAUAAUGGCUGACCAAACUCAAUGCAGUGCAAUCCUCCCUUUCCUGCAGUUUCAUCAUUUCUUUUGCAGCAAAAAUAACUUUAUUCCUUUUAAACCAAACACAGAAAUGAUUGCUAAUAGCCUUUGAAUGAAAAAGCCUGCCAUGCUGACAUUAUUACUUUGCAGCACACUGUCUAAAGCCCUCGCUUUCUCGUGGCUUAUUGGUAGUCUCUACGCAGAUUUUGCAAUUAAAUGAGGGGAUGUAUGUGUGAACAUGGAGUAAAUUAAAACGAAACAAGAUUAAAAGAGCGAGUCGUACCGAAAUGGGAGAUCUUCAUCCUGAUCAGCAUAGAGAGGAGGCUGCGUUCUCGUAAACAAAUGCAUAAAACUGGAUUUUCAGUGAAGCUGCUCACUUUUCUUUCUUAUCAUCACACUGCCGCUGUCUGCUCUCUCUCUCUCUCUCUCUCUCUCUCUCCCUACUUUCACCUUUUUCUGUUUGACUGGCACCAUGAUUGCAGCUGAGGCAGAUUUGAAUCUGUUCCCCCCAGAGACAAGGAUGUUCUCGCCCUCUUUUCACUCGGGUCAAUUAUCCUUUUGUGUGUAACCGGUAGUCAUCUGAAUCAUAUUAUAACAAAAGGGGAUCAGAAUCGGCCUGUAAAUUACAGACCAUGACAAAGUUGGAAGCAGAAAUGUGGGAAGAAUUCAUUGGAAUUAAUCUGAAUCUGUCAUCGUCACUGUCACAUUUGCGUAGGCACUUUAACACUCGAAAAGCUGUGCUCAAUCUCUGUAAGACGCUAAGUUUGAAGAGGCUCCCUUUGGAUUUAUUGAGGUCAGAUUUAGCCCAUUAGGCUGAGAAUGGAGGAGAGCUUUAUGCUAUUUGUAAAAAGAAUCACUUAGAACAAAACUCCCCUUUUACAUCUAUUAUUGAUGCAGAGGUUCCUGAUCCCAGUUUUCUAUAAAUGCAUCACUUCUGUUUUAGAAUAUUUCUUCCAUACAAGUUUUUGCAGCUAUGUUUGGUGGCGAGACGAACCAGGAGCCUCAAGUCCCGGCUUUGAUUAAUAAAGAACGAUAUCUGCUCAUAGCUUUUCUUCUCUUUUUAAAGAGACUCCAAUGAAUGUACCAGUUAGUCUGGCAGCUAGCAACAAUUAAGUUUACAGCCAUCUCCCAUCGUCUGCCAUGUUUAAGACUCGAACUUGCAUGAACUGUAGCUGUUGGUGAAUAGAAUUUGGUGGUAUGUUAAAAAGAGAAAAAAAAAUGAUGUUAGUCUGACUGAAAAUUUCUGAAUUUCUUAACUCAACUCAAACUUUAUUUAUAGAGCACACUUAAAACAACUGGGGUUGACCAAAGUGCUUUACAGAUUAAAAGCAGCAGGGGUGAUCAAAGUGCAAGUACAGCAAUUACAAUAGAUUAAAUGAAUACUAAAAUACAUAAACAUAAAACACAGUGCUAUACAAUGGAAUAAGAUUUUUUUUUUAAUUAAAAUUAGGUUAAAAUUUUACCAGAAGUCCACUGAAACUCAAUUAAAAGCUAGGGAGAAAAGGGGAGAUUUAGGGAGGAUUUGAAACCUCAAUUGAUCCCAUAAAGCGGAUGUGCGAGGGCAGGUCAUUCCAUAGCCUAGGGGCCGCCACCACAAAGGCUUGGUCACCUUUGGACUCAAGCCUCGUUAUGGGGGUGACCAGUAGCAGCCAAUUAGAAGACGUCAAUGUUCUGGCAGUUCUUAUAGUUGGACAACUCUAGGUAAUGCAUUUGGGCAUCAAUUUUUCUCUUGCAUGUACUUACCUAACUCAGACCCAAGUGUUCUGCUCAUGCUCUACAUGCUCUACAGUUUGCACGCCAAGCCUAAACCCAACAGUAAAACAGCAUGAAAUAGCCGAAAGAAGCCAGUCAACUACCAAAACAAAAAAAGGAAGCUGUCACAAAAGUUACAGAGCUGUAAAACUUUAAAGAUUCACUGUUUGACAUACAACCAGCCAACCACUUGAUUACUUGUUUGUUGAUUGUUUUGGUGUGUGACAUAAUAGGUCAUCUACAUGGUCCAAUAGCUAUGUUACAAGCAACAGGGGGGCAUAUCGCCACCUUACCAUACCCAGUAUACUUAAUUUCAUCAGAUGCAACUGUCUGGAGCUUAUAUACUGGGACAAGGGUUGUAGUCUAAUAAAUAUGCCUCAUUGAGCUUUGACUUAUGUGUGCAUGUUAAUGCCCUGAGAAUACAGUGGACUUUGUUGGCCAUAUUGUUGCAUUAUAAGAACAAAACUGUGAAAUCUGUCAUUAUUUAUCGUCACAUAUUCAACAUUUGUCAAAAUUUAAAAGAAAACCAAAGUUUUUUUCCGGGGGGUGUUCAUGCAUGAGGCCCCUUGAGAAUGAAAACAUUCUAGGUGACCUGACAUCACACUACAGUUCCUGCAGUGAAUACACUUACUGUGACUUGAGUGUCAAAGAUCAGCUGUAAGUCGUGGUGGCAUGAGUGUCCUCGCUGAUUUAUCACUAAGUCUUGCAUGUCUGUGGUCAUUGUCUCUCUAUUUGUGCCUGACCCAAUGACUGUUACCUGUCGGUUGAUUAAAGCAAUGUUUGUGUCUCUGGAUGUCGGGAAAUAAUCCCUCCAAUAAAUCCUAACUACCUUCAUUAACUCCAGCCUUCCCAAUCAAGAUAAGGAGGGAAUUACACUGAGGACACAAAACAGUGCAAACAAACCAAAGGAGCACAGCAAACAAAGCCCUUGUUCCUGCAAUUCAGUUAUCAGUGAGUCAACUCAUCAUAUACUAAUUAAGCUUUUAUGACUCAGAGCAGCUUUGGCAUCGAGGAAAUCUCCUGUUUAAUAAAAAUAAGAAGGAAUGUGGAAAUCUAUUAUCAUUAAUCUGUCUGACUUGGUAGAUGCCCAAUUUCCAAAUGUCCAUAAAAAAAUCGAGUUUUGCAUGCCGUUUGUUGUGACUGCUUUGAGUGAAUGUGGGUGUAACAGCAAUCAUGGAAAUCAAGUGAAAAAUAAGGGCAGCAAAUCCAAAUCUGGCAGCCGUGGCUCUGUGCACAUCAACAUUGCGUUUUCUAAAACUGAACGGGCUGAUUUCCCAGUGCGCUUGUCCACUGCCUGUGGUGCAGAUGACGUAACGUCAGUCACAGCUGGGAUAAUGCGUGAAUAUGUGUAAGAGGUAGACAGCUCAUCGGGAUGAGUGACUUCUGCCGGGGCAGAUUCAUUGCAUUUUGCAUCAAUGUCACGUAAACUCAUCAAUAAGACUGAGCCUCUCCAAACCCAGGAGCUUUAAAACCAGGACUGGGUGAAUCACGUCAAGUAAUGUGCCAUAAUCUUGUUUCAGAGCACUGUUGCCAAAAAUUAAUUUGCUGAGUGCUAAAAGGCACUGCGACACACAGUGACACAUUAACUUGGCUUAUUAACAUAAUUUAGUUGAGUGUGGGCGUAAUUCUCUAAAUUACUAGCAGGUCUUGGUCAUUCACUGUGUUAACAUGCCCUGGCUUCAGCUGAUUUAUUGGUUUUCACAACUCAUCAGAGUCAGCCAAGGGUUAAGUCCUGGGGAUUGGGUUAAUGUGGCCCUGAUGAGAUGAGCGCUUGUUUGAUUAGUUUGAAUAAAUGAACAUGAAAUCACUGUUUUUAAAGCUCCAGUGAGGAGUUUUUGGUCCAUUACAAAACAGACUGAAAUUAACAUUGAUGUCUAUUUAUGAACAACAGUGGCAAACAAGACUAUCAGAGACAAGACUGACCAUUAUUAUAUUGUAAUUUUUGAUUUAUAAAAAUACCUCCAGGUGUAGGUGUCAAAUGAAGUGAUUAACAGCACUGACUUAUUUUGAUAUUUUGUGUAUUAAAAAUCCUCUAAGUGAGUAAAAAAGCAAACUGGAGCUUUAAGACAAAUCUGGGAAGAUUGAGCCUUAAAUUAUCUGGACUUUUGAGAUAAUUUCAAAAAGUCCCUACAUUAUGGCUCCAGGUUAACAACUUAUUUGGGCACUUUACAGUACAGGGAUUCAUCUGUAAAGAUGUGAUAACCAUAUUUACAUGAAGAAGGCAACCCUUGUAUAAAUGGUAUCUCAACUCAACUUUAUUUAUACAGCACUUUAAAUACAACCAAAGCUGGCACAAAGUGCUGUACAUAAUAACAUAAAAACAUAAAACAAUAAUAAAUAGUUGUUUUAAAAUAUAAUAAAAAGCAAUAAAACAAAUGCCAUCUCAUGCUGGGUCAAGAGCCAAGGAAUAAAAGUUGUUUUUUAGACGUUUCUCUUUGGCAGUAUGAUCUCUUUCAUAAGUACUGUUUUUGACCAAAAUUCAAAUUUGUGUGUUUUUGCAGCAGUAAAUAUAAAAAAAAGACCAAUUUUUUUUCUUUUCAGUCUUUUAAUCUCUUCAUUGAAAAACCUCCCCAACAGCUUUGGUUUGAAACAUCGAAAAUAGCUUCAUAGAAAUAGCUGACCUUCAUACUGCUGUCUUGUUCACUGUUGUAGCUCAUACUACUGCAUCAGUAUUGACUGAAGUCUACCUAUAACAGCUGAAAACUUCUCACAGCAGCACUUAAUAAGUACAUAACUUAUAAAAACUAUUUAUCAUUCUUAAAUGAAAACAGAUGAGUCCCAAGACAGGUUCCCUGAGGUACCCCUAAAGUGAUUUUGUUAUAUAAACUCUCAAAAGAAAUUAACUUUUAGAGAUUGGUUUGUUUUCACAGUGCCCGUGUAUGGUCAAAUGCUCAAAAUUUGUAACAUCUACAAAAGUAAGACUUAAUCUAUUUAAGUAAGGGCAAUUUACGGCCCCUGUGAGCACCUGCUUUUUUGGUUUACUCUAGCCAGCUAACAGUCAAUUACAUAAAUAGGUAUCAUACUCGAGACAUGGUAGCCGUACUCUUGGGAAAUGAGCAGACAAGAGCAUAAGUGUCCACGCACACACUGAUGAAUAUCCAUAUAGGGGUUGAUGGGAAUAUGCUGCCAGAAUGCAUUAAACAUUCAGAAGAUAAAUUGAUUCAAAGGGAUUCUUGGAAAAUGAAAAAACCUAAUUCAAUUGAGUGGCUGGAAAGUGUUGUUUUAGAUGUUUGGGGAAAUGCUCUAUCUUAUUUAACAUCAGUUUUCUAAUUUAGUUUAGUCCUCAGAGUCUGUUAAGAUAGUGGAAAUAUCAAAGUGUAAUACAUUGUUAUCUGUGACAGUGGGUCAGAGAUUGGCCUUUUACAAUAGAUUGUAGCUACAGGCAACAUUUUGUCAAACAACUAACAAAUCUGAAAUGACAGCAUGUUUCCUUGGGCUGAUUUCUCUUCCCUUGCCUAAUGUCAUCAAAAUAGCCGUCAUCAGUGUCAGGUCUGCUAAUGAAUGUGCGGCAUGAAGGAUGUGAUUGGCUGUAGGCACAAUAUUGUGAUGAGAUGUUGGGGUUAGGUGCACCGCUGUAGCUCCAGCAAAUGUGAAACACCAAUUAGCCAUGUUUCGAUGAUGGAGAAUGGCUUUGGAGCACACAAGUCCAGUGGCAUGCUUUCCCUUCGCCCCUUGUAAUAUAAAGCUGUCAGUCAGAGCACAAGGGAAUGAGAUAGUGAAAGCAAGGGGAGGACAGACCAAGAAAGGCUAAUUACAUAGCUGACACCUUUUGCCUUAGAACAUCCUUUGGCAGGGCAUUUUUUCCACAUCCCCAUAGUAAUUUCACAAUGACGAGCGGCUUUGUUUGAGUGUGCAUUGCUGUGCAAACAUGUGUUUUACUCUGUUAUUUUUGGACACUGCCUUGUGAGAUGGACAAAAAAUGAUGGGAUGUGAGCAAACCACAAUAUUGACAGUUUGUUAUUCCCAUUUCAUUACCCAGAAAAUCGCACAUGUCCAUGUUGUCAAUUUCACACAUCAGAAACCUACAAAGAAAACAGAUGGCUUAAAUAAAUCAAGUUCAAUGCAGGGGCACGUGUCUUUCGGAAAAGCUUCCUGAAUACUCAGAAUCAAAAAGUCUUUCGCAGUGAGCCGGCAGCUCUUCCUGUGCAGUCCUGCUUUUCAGAAAAUUAAACCUUGUGAUCAUUAUUUAUCUUUUAAAACCUCUCAAACAUCCUUUUCUACUAAGCGGUAACCAUUACAGAUGGUUAUUCCAGGCGGGGCGGCCUCUUGGGGCAAUGCAAAUAAGUGGAGUGAAGAUAGAGGAGCUGGAGUAUUUAAUAUACAACAUGUAUAAUUGAUGACAACAGCUUUGAAUUAUAGUGUGGAUCUGAGGAGUGGGAGCUUAUCACUGUUUCAUGCUUAAAAAGAGCUAAAAAGUGGCCUUGGACUGCUUCUUUUUGAGUUUUGUUCAAAUUGAUAGCUCUAAAACCAGCAGAUUAAAAGUUUUGUGAGGACUGUCAAAAGCAUUGUAAAUCCCCUCUUAAAGGGGCAUUGAGGUGAAAUAAAAGGUAUCACAUUACUUCACUGCUAAUCUCGUCAUCGGAGGAUAAACCGAAUGCAAUGACAAGGUAAUAAAACAGAGAAAGCCACAGAAGUAGGCCCUGUCAGAACUGCCUGUCAGAGCGACACCGAAGCCCGACAGGCCGUCAGGUUUGGGCACUUUAAGUUUUGGCCGUGGUACAUCUGUUCUCUGGAUCACAGUUUGACUUUCAUGGAUUAGCAUCUGUCAGAUUUAUUUACAGCGACACCACUUGGCUCUAGAGCGCAGAUUACUGCCAAGGAUGCUGAUGGCCACUUGUGACCGGCUGUGGCACAUUGUGUCCCAGUCUUAUCAGACUUAGCUGAAGUUUUCCUCUCUGUAAGUAUGAGAAAGAAUCCUGAGUCCAUCUGAGAGGGAACAACCACAGAGAGCCUUAAAAAGUGAGUGGCUUUUGGACCGCAAGUCCUACUACACUUUGCUGAAAGACAGUGUUACAUAUACUGCCUCCAUGUACACAUUUACAUGGUCCAUGAACACGGACUCUGUUUUUUUCAUUUAGGAUGGUGUUGGUCAUGUAUCAACAUGAAGAGGAUGAUUUUGAAGAGAGUGAGGAUGAUGUGUGAGAGUGAGGGCUUUGGUAUAUCAUACACAUGUCAAAGUGUCCUUGGGCAAGACAUUGAACCCCAAAUUUCCCCUUGCGUACAGCCAGCAAUGUGUCAAUGCACGUGAACUGUUCAAACAAGUCUUCACAAGUACUCUCCUUUUAACCCUAACCCAUUUUUGUUUUUAAAUGCUUAAAAGAUCCACUUAAAUUAGCUUUUUUGCAUCAAGACUUUUUGACUUUGUCAGUAACCUCUAUUUCAACAAAAUAUAAUAUAAAUGCUCUUAUUAAAAUUAUGGCACCUGUCAUGUUAGGGUCGCUGUUGACCCGGUUAGAUCAAUAUCUAAUAAUCAGAGCAAAAACUGAAAUCAUAAGUGCAAUGUCAGGCAUCACACUGACAUUUAGAUCAUCUUCCAAUCAUGUGAGAUUUAGGAAAUUCUCAUUUUUCUUGGUUUUUCCCUGCACAAAAAACAUCAUCAGGCAUGUCCAGACAUGUGAGAUCAAUUCAGUUUAGAUGUCUGUGUGAGGGGUAUACUGGCAAAGAAAGGUCCAGAGGCCCACAACAAUAGAUAUUAUAAUGGAUCAUGGAUAAUGAAGCCUAACAAGUUAACCUAGAGAUGAGAACCAAAUUGGAUGAUAGAGAACUGUUUUUAGUGUAAUUUACAGCUGAAUUAAGACACGGGUCGAAACCAAACCUUAAUAAGGUUUAUAAGAUUGCAAAUUACCUAUGGGCCAAAAACUGGUGGGCAAUAACAGAAAAACACCUCAUACCAGAAAGCCGACUUUGCCACUCCACGGUUUCUUUCCAUUACUUUCCAUUUACCUGUUCCAAUCCACUUGUUUUCACUAACCAGUUUCCAUUCGCCAUUAUGUCUUGAUAUCAACUCCAGUUCAACAGCUCGGCAUGUACCGUUGCUUUUCUAAGCUUGUUGGAGUUGACGCCACUUGAAUGUCAGACUGGUCUCCGGGCUCUUUGUUUGGUCGUUGCUUUCAAAGAAUUCAGCAGAGUCGAAUUUAGAGAUAAGAGAAUUUCCCAAGACUAGCAAAUGCUUUGAAGCUUAUUUAGCACGUUACUCCAAUCAAAGCCUCACAAUAUCCUCGCUGAAUGCUGCCUCACAUAAAUGUAUAUUGUGAUGGAAAUCAUUGUCUGGCUUACAGUCACGAAAGCGAGAGCAGAUACUGUAAAUAUAGCAACCUGUCCAAGGGCAACAUGGCUCUGCUUUUUAUCACUAAACUCUGAAUCACAGGAGACACUGUGUUCAGGGGGAGCAGCGAAAUACAGAAACAAUGAAGUGGAACGAAUCCAACAGGCACCCGCUUUAUCUCGUUCCCUUCGCCUUCCCCUGUCUUUUUUCCAUUUUUGCUAUCUUUGUCUAUCUUAAUGAGCAGCACAGCUUUCUAUCGAGGGAUGGUGCCAGUGUGAUACAUCACAGGCAGGACACAUGCAGGGGGAAUGAGGACAGGACAGUCGCAGGGUGACGCUGACACUGGCAGAGCGAUUAAGAGUGCUUAGGCAGGCAUGCUGAUUCAGGGUGUUAGCAAAAGACGGCAUCAUGAUCUGGGAAAAGUAAGACGCAUGCAUCAUGUCCUCAAAUGGAGAAUGUAAAGAAGUCCCAAGUUUGUGACGACAAAUCUAAGAGAAAUUGUCAUUUUAAACCGUCUGUUUUGGUCUGCUGUCACCCUUUUUCCAUCUGAAUGUUGCAAACAGACCCUUUUGUUCUCCUCCCCUGCAGACUGGAUCCUGGAAUCACUUGCAGACGAUUUGCAGUCAUGGGCUGAUUUUGAUCAGACAGAAAAUGAAGGGUUUGAAGGCAAAUUCAAUAGGAGCUUAUAAUUACUUCCCUGGCUAGAUGUGUCCCUUUAAUUGUCUUUUUUUAGGCAUGUAAUUCUGAGAGUUGUCAUUUUUUUGUAUUGUUCUAUUGUUUUUGUGUCCUUGUUUGCUGCAUAGAAACCCUUCACUAAUGCGGACUCGGCCAAUACUCCCUUUAUAAGUGUGAUAAUUUCAGCUCAGUGUGGUUCUCCUGAUUGAAUAAAGGUGUACUUAGACAUUCAUACUCAAAAAAUGUCAUUUUCCUUUGAAGAUGCAAAGAUUUGUGGGUUGUGUCAAGGUCCACCUCACCAUGUCUGACAUCUAAUUGGACAUAUCCCCACUCACUACCAUCCUUCUUAUUGUCUUACUACCAAUGACAGCGACAAGAUUAUUGGUUCAGAGACAACUGUAUUAAAAAAAAAAAAAACUUAUUGUCACAGCUAAAAAAUGAAAAACUGCUUCUCCAUAGUUAGUAACGCUUCCAUGGCAACGGAUUCCAGUCAGCCUACAUGUGGGACAAGGUCACACUCAGCUGAACAUUUCCAUCAGAUGUAACGUUUGAAAAAGUGAAUGGCACUGCAGGGAUAAUCACAGCUUUUAACACUUAUGCUAUCAUUAUGAAGUCUCAUGCAGUUUAUUUUAUGUUGUUGUCUCUGGUUUCUUAGAAAUACUGCAGAUGUUGCACAGAUUGCAGGACAGGAUCUAAUGUGAAAGUAUCCUCGAUGUGGUUUUAUCUAUCAAUUAAGAACAUCAACUUUUUUAGCCACAGCAUCAACAAGCAGUGGUAAAACAGGCUGGACUCCAUCCUUGAUUUUGACCAAUCACUGUAUUUUGUGACUUUACUAUGACUUUAAGUCCCAUGAUUUAAAGACUUUUCACCCUCAUGGUAUGACUUAAUUACGACUUUUUAUUUUCAUAAUAUCAUGACUUCUGUGAUUUUUUAAUCAUAAAUAAUUUAAUGUACUAUGACAUCAUUGUGACUUUUUAUAUGAUGUUAUGACUUUACUACGAUUUAUAUUCCUAUGAUUAUAUAAGUUACAAAUAUGUAUACUCAUGACAUUAUGACUUUUCACGACUUUAACAUGACUUUAUCGCACACCUUUGUUCUCAUAUGACAACUGUACUUCAACUUUAAAUACUUUGACUUCUGUACGACCGCGCUCAUAAAAUUUUUCACUUUUUGUCACAUUACGGCCUUUUUUAAUGACCAUGUUUUCAUCACAACAAUAUGAAUUCUCUGAGACUUUCCCUCGACUACAACUUUUUCUCAUAACUCUUCUACAACUUUUCAUAACAUUUUGACUUUUCAGCAACUUGAAAACAAGUCAAGGCACUUUCUAAAUUAAAAAGGGAGUUUAGAUUUAUUCAGCUGUUUGAAUAUUUUGUUGGGCAUUCUGCAUUGUAUCAAUCUAAUUAUGUAGAGGAAAGCUGAGGCUGUGAUAUAUAAUUAAGAAUCAUGUUGAUGCAUUUUGAUUUGUUAUUUUGUUCAAAUGCCGAAUUUGAGUUAUGGCCUUCUGAGAAGUGGAAAAGUUUCACUUAUAUAUCUCCUUCUCCAUCGGCUGAUCCAACAAGCUUAUCCAAAGAUAAACUGACAUUUAAAAAAAGAGUAAUUAAUUGGGAGGAAAAUUUGAGUCAACUUCCAGCAUCGGAUGAAUCACAAGAGCGUUUUUGAGACAAGGUUCAAGACCCUAAUGAGUCUGGAGUACUACAUCCUGGGUGUGUGUGUGUGUGAUAUCACGACUUUACUUGACAGAUCCUCAUCUGCUGCACUCUAACUGUGUGCUCGACACCUUUUGGAGAAGCAGUUGAACCCUGGGGAGUGUCACAUCCAGAAUGACAUUAACAGGCUUAUGUUCUUCACACUUAGCACUCUCUAUUUGAGGGUUCGCUCUAAUAGCUCAUCGGGCCUGAGUUAAAAUGUCUGGUCAUAAAGUCAGUCCACACUGAGUGGCACCAUCAGGAGCACUCACUGUACGAAGUCUGAGAGCCCACUCACAAAACAUGAUCUCAUUAUUCAAAGGCAGCACAUUAAUAGAAGGUGACCUUUCCAUUUGUUUGCAGCAGACGCUGCCUCGUUUUUAUUUUCCCUCCUCUUAGUCCUGCUGUCUCAAACUCUUCGACAGAUUCAAACUGAAGCGUAUCCUCACCCUUCCCCCCAACAUUUCCAUACUGUGACAGUGCACAUGUGUUCAACAGUGGCAGCUAAGUACAGGUUAAACAAACAAACAAAGCCUGGAAGAGGAUGGCCCAGAGCAGCACCAGCGGGGCUCUGCUUCACCUGCGUGAGGCGAUUACUGAGCCCCCUUAUACAUGCCCGGCAGAGGGUGCAUGCAUGUCGAUGCCCUAUGUGAAAUCAGUAAUGAGCGAGCAACAGCCAGGGAAGACUUGCAGGCCAGCUCAUUGCCAUGCAGUGUGAAGAGGCAGGGACAGCGGGGGAGUCCCAGGAGCAAUAUGGAGAAGGAAACAGGCUAUAUUUUUAUUCUAAUGCCAGUGCACAUAACAUAAGAUGAUCCUAACUGAUAGCAAGAAUAGAGCAGGACGCCACACUCCCGCUACAUGUCGAGUGGGAUAUGACGGCAUCCCCUGGCCUCCAAAGCUUAGCGCUUAAGUGGCUCCAUUUCCUUGGAUUUAUUUGAAUCAGAGCCUGAAGAGCCAGCAGCAGGUCGGUUGAGGAUGAGCUGCGAAGGAAGGCAUUCAGUGUAUCCUGCAACAACGAUCAUCGAUGUUCUAUUCCUGCCCACAUGAGACACAGAUUAGAUAAUCAGAAAUGGGUGUAUUUUUAUGGGAGAAGAAAUGGAAAUGUCGAUACACUUACACAAGCUAAAAGGGUCCCUGCAUGCUGAGUGUUGGAUCAGUACGCUUAUUUAUGUUAUUCCAUGCACAGCGUUUAGCCCCACACAAAUAUGCAGGCUGUCUGUUGCUGGCAGUGUCCUGCAGCAUUUCACCGGGAAAGGACUCGCCUGCCAGCUGUUGCUUAAUACGUCCGUCUGUCUGAUUAGAGCUGGUUUCAGUGCUGCAGCAGAGAAUGUCCUUGCUGCCCAGUGAAAAAAUAUUUGUCAUGUAUCCGUUAACAGAGACACCUGGGAUGAUUUCCAUGAGGACGACAUGAGAGAAUCUGUGUCUCUUACAAACCGGUUUGUAUUUCGAGGGCCUGCAUUCACAAAAAUGUUCAGAAUCCUCACAGAGAGCUCAUAAUUUAGCUUAAAAAAGUUAUAACAAGGAGUCUUAUCCUUGGAGUCUUUGGGAAUGAUAUAAGAGUAGCUCUGAGGAGCGGAAUAUGGCUACAGCCUUGGAGCGUUUUAUCUCAUGCCUGGGCAGCACAACAGUAAGCUUACAGGAUCAAACACACAUAUAAACACAAGUAUAGCACAAAGUGAAAUCCUAUUCAUGUUUCAAAAAGUGGGUUCUUUCUUUCUGUCUUAGUUUAUGCUCCUUGUUUGCAUUUGUUAUACUCCCCUCUUUAGCCAGCUCACUUCCUGAUUAGCUAAUAAGUCAUUCAACCUGACAGUGGACAGCUUGCGUGAUCAGCCGUCCUCAGGGUUCCUCUCACAUAUAUGGUUCCCUGAUCAGGAUUUUACACAUGUUAAAUAUUUCAUUUCCAAGUCAGGGUGACAAUGAUUGUGAUUCCUGUAGGUCAGAGGAAAGAAAAGUUGAACCAAUACACAACCUUCGCUAACUUUUGUCUAAAUGAAGGACUUUGGCCUUACCCCUGUAAGGCUGGCAAACUAGCCAUAUCGGUAAUGCAUAUAUAUCAUGCAUACCAAACUGAGUUCAUGUCGGACAAAAAGUACCUGAAAUCCAAGUUUCCACAUGGCCGGGAAACAGAAGUGGACCACUAAUAAAGCAGGGCAAGCAGGAGCUUAAGGAUCCCCACUGAUAUUAAAGUCUCCUUAAUAUCAGUGGGGAUCCAUUGGGGCUCUUCUUGUGGGCGGCAGCAGCUCAGGAGGUAGAGCAGUCGGCCUAUAACUGUAAGGUUGGCGGUUUCGAACCCCGCCCUAUCCCUAGUCUACCUGUUGUGUCCUUGGGCAAGACACUUAACCCACCUUGCUCCCAGUGUGUGUCCUCCACAGGUGUAUAAAUGUGAGUUUUGUGUGGUGGUGGUCAGAGAGGCUGUAGGCGCAAACUGGCAGGCAGUAAUGAUAAAGAAGCCGCUACUGAAACUGUUAUAUAUUCCCAUUUCUAAGUAUUUUGAAAUCACUCCCCUUGGAGGUGAUACUGUUUUGUUGUGUUGGCUUGAAGAUGUAACUGUUAUUAUCAUGACUGCUGCCUAAUCUAAUGGAUGGCAUUCAUUCACUCUCUGUCAUUCAUCGUUUGGAGUGUCAUGUAUCCUGCUUUGUGAAUAACUUCUAUCAUUACAAAGAUCUGCCCUUAAAUUUUUUAUAAGAAGUUUUUGGAAAGUUCUUCUUAGGCUUUAUAAGUAAGGUCUGAGACCUGCAUCAGGUUCAGGGCUUCUUUCUUACUUCAGAGUACACCGUGUUGAUGUUAUUUCAAGGUUGAGGUUUCUGUUAAUAGCUGGUUCUCAUGCAGAAAUUAGACUUACAGUUGAUGUUAAACCAUAACAACACAAACGGUCCAUUGAGACCCCCACUAAUGAAAUUGUACUAGUUAGGGUAGCAGCUCUUACCGCUGUUUCCACUCUUGAGAAGCAAUUAUGAUUAGAAAAAUGGAAAUCUGCUAAUUAAAGCCAAAUCAACUGAGGAUACACGGUGCUGCGUUUUUCAGUCGCGGGGAAAUUAUUUGUUCGAAAUGAAUCGUUUAGUGUGAAGUGAGAGGCGAGAUAGCGAGCGUUUUGUGUGGGAAGCGUGACGGUGUUUGUCAAGUCGUUGCUGCUGCGGCGUCGGUAUGACAGGAGAAAAUUGACUCGUCUUCUUUACCUUCCCAUCCCGCUCCGGGACUGUUUUCAUUCAGUCAUUACUGGCUGAGCUCCAGCGUUCUUGCAUCCCAGAAGGCUUGUGAUAUUUCGAGACGCUGCGGCUUCCUAACUGUCGGCUACACUUAGAAGCGUAUCUGAUCUUUCCAUUGACCUGCAUCUGUUCAAAAUAUGCUGAAUUGGCUCUCGUGUGCUAUUUCGAUCCAGGCUCAGCAGGAGGCUUAAAUGUGCCUCCUGUGGUUUGGUCCUGAGAAUAGCCAUUUAACAGAUUUCUUUGGUUGACUAUAACGGCUUUAAGAGAACCAUAGUCGAUGGCUCGGCUGGUUGGCUGAAAGGUAGAGGUCAUAUCUAACUGUGUUGGUUUUCACAGAUGGUGUGGAGGCUUCCAUUGCUAGGUAGCUUGAAUAUCAAUAGGCUGAUCUCUUAGUGCUCUUCUAAGAGGCAAGGAGUGGGGGGUAUCUUGAUAGAGGGCACCUUAAAAUGACAUUCCUGCAAUGCUGAAGAUAAUUUUCAGUAAAUCAUUGCAAGAACAGUUUUUACGAAGCGGCAUCUAAAGGUCGCAGUGAGAGAAAUACGAGCCUCUAGCUGUCAAGACUCAAAGACAUUUCAUCAAGAGAAAUAAAGAGGGAGUGGAGCAGUCACUUGGUCUUGAUUUGGUUGACUGCAUUUGGAUCGCAGCAGUAGAAGAUGGAUAAGAGUCUGCAUUUAUACCCUCUCUCGCUGUGUUCUCAACAAAAAAAGAGAAAGAAUCUGCACACACACAAAGACAGCCAAAUUCUCCAGUGUACAUUUUGAUCUCAUUCCCCUCACUUGGCGCACACUGACACAUGGCCACCCACAGUUUCUCGGGGGACUCUCUGGGUAGUUGACUGUUUGCAGAUUAUCACAGCUUGUUUUUCCACCCGCCUGAAUGCCAUUUCCUGCUCGUUAGCUCUCCAUUAAUGUCUCUUGCUUCGUGUCCACUCAACACAAGCACUGUCAGAGAGGUCUGGCUAUGAGAGGCUUUGUCACACCUGCACAGAAGUGCUUUUCCUCUAAUUAUAUCCUCUCAUGUAUUGGGCUAUUGUGGAACUUCUUAAUGACAGGCCAUUGUCAAGUUUCAUGAGGGUUUUGUAAUCCACCUGGUAAUCGCAGAGUAAUCAUGUUGGAGUGUUUCUGUCAACCCAGAUUAAUGAUGGGGUCCCCAAAUGAGUAGGGAUGUUCCAAAGACCCUUGUGGGGAUGCCGGAUUAGUUUAACAGCUUAAGUGUGAGCCCCAGGUACAGAGGCCACGGUUCUCAAAGUAGCAGAGAUGGGCCAAAGUCCAAGUCGUGUCUUAAAAGGAUAUUCCGGCGUAAAAUUGAUUUAGGGUCAAACACACCGCAACACUGAGUGAGACACCCCCUCAAGAGAUGAAUUUUGCUGACUGCUUGCUUCUCUAGUAAUACCAACUUUGGUAAAGACCGCAGGAUAGCAAUACACAUCAUUUCUUUUUCAUUUCCUUAACGUAAUAAUCACCAUAUAAAUAAUUUUGCACUGCAGACACAGUAGUUCUUCUGCCUUAGCAUCUCGGUCUGAUUCCAUUUCCAUGAAGAAAUGAUCAUAAAUGUUCUUCCUUGAGCUGCGUCACGCCCUGUAGUCCAUAAUGGACUGGCCUGAGGUCUCGCUACAAACAAGCGCCUGCUGGAAGAGAGUGGGUGAGUUGUGUUUAGUCUCUUUGCUAAAUAAAUUAGGCAAAGUUAAAAAGAUGUUUGGUGGCUAGGACCCUAUAUGUACUGUUGAUGAAGUUAGGUGCUGUUCUGAGCAUUAUUUGUGGCUAUAGAGUGGCGUUUUGGCUGAGGUUUGUUUAUGGCUCCUCAGACCGCUGUGUAUUGCUAUCGUGUGGUCAUUACUAAAGUUGGUAUAACUUGAGAAGCAAGCGGUUGGCUACAUUCAUCUCUCGAGGGGGUGUCUAACUUGGUGUUACUCGGUGGUGUUUGACCCUAAAUGAAUUUUAUGUAGGAAUAUCCCUUCAAGUGUUUGGUCUCGAGUUCAAGUCUAGUCUCAAGUCUCUGAGGGCAGCAGCAAGUCCCAAUCAAGUCUCACAGGGUCUUUACAGAACAACAAAAUUUGAAAUUUCAUAGUCACAAUACAAGGAGCUGCUUUGAUUGAACAUGUAUAUUACCCUGUUUAUUUUGCAUAACGCUAUAUAUUUAAAAAGAAAAUUAUGAUAAAACUUGGCAUAAAAAAAGCAUAUACUAAAAGUUGAUUGUAGUUUUCCUUGAAGCUGGCCGCCACGUCAUAAAAUGGGGAAGAGAUGAGGAAGAAGCAGCAGUUGCUAGAAAGCUAGCUUUAGCUUUAGCAGCCCUCAGAGAUUACUGGACAUUUUUUUUAUUGUGACACAACUGGUAUUUUCAUUUAUGAUCUAAGUAGCAGAUGCUUCAACAUAAAAGCAUAUUUUUUCGGUGCUGGAAAUAGUCAUGUGAACUCCUGAUGGAUAAAAUAUCAAAAUAAAAGAAUGACAAACAAUUGUUAUAUAGUGCAAUAUCUCCUCAGAAGUGACCAAAAAGCUAGUGUCUUUUUUCAGGGGUUGUCUGAGUUCACCUGUAAGAAACUGCAGUUACAGACUCCCAAAGAGAGAUGGAAGAACCCCUGCUCUUUUUUUAUUUUUGUAUUUUUAACCUGAACCCCGCCUGGUGGGUAUUCCCCGUAGUGGUGUCCUCUUGGGUCUCUUCCAGGAUGAUAUUUUUAAUAAUUUGCUGGAGGAAUUGCAUCACUUUUCUGGACAGGUAACCCCUCGGGAUUAUCCAGGUGGAGCUAGAGGUCGUGGCUGGGGGAAGGGGGUUUCUUGCCUUCUUGGUUUGUUGUUUAACCCACUUCCACAAAGAUCCAGUCCCCUAGUGAACUGCUUCAUAUGCGCGUGGAUAAAUAGCUGGUGUAAACCCCUGCACAAAUAUUAACCCUGAAUCUCUUCAGGCAGCUGUUGACCUCCUUACCUACCAGUCUGAUUCCCCUGAGACGGUGAGGAGAUCUCGAGGAAAUGAAUGCAAAUUUGUAAUUAUAUUUCACCAGCUCAAGAUUCAGAUCAUUUCGUUGCAGUGUUUCAUCAGAACUCUGAGACAGUGUGUUGGUCUGAUGUUAUCGCAACCUUUUUCAUUUCCUGGUGGUGCACAUUUUUCCAAAUAUUUUGUGUGCGUGUGUGUCUGUGUGUGUGCUUCAGUGAUUUGUCUGUGUUCCCUUCUGAAAUGACAACCCUGCUGGACUGUGAAAGAGGACUGAAGUGAGCCAGCAUUUUACCCAGUAGAAACUUAAACUGAGAGAAUCCAGAAAGAUUGAGAGAGACUCUACCAACUCUACCUGACACCUCUGUUGACCAGUUUUAGUAAAUUAUUAAAGUUCAGCAGCUUUUCAGGCCAUCAUAUGACACUUCAAACAUGUCAAAAAAACUGUCCCUUGUGUUUUUUUUAAUCCACAACCACAACCCCAAUGUUGAUUACUAGAUUUGAUAGAUUGCAAAUCAUUUCAACAUGACAUUAGAGUGAAAAAAGUGCAAAGACAGCAUUUCAAACGUCAAGUCUGAAAAAGUUUGCUUGGGUUCACGUUCAGUUUUAAUCUUUCAGUGUAGUUCAAGUGAUAAAUUCUGUUCACAAGCAACAGUUUUGAAUGUGAUUUUAAGCCCAUGAAGUGCUGUCCACUACAGAGUCAUGUGUUUUUAAAAGUUCUGCCUCAGGGCUCUGAGAUCAUGGUCUUUUGGUACAGAGAUUUCUGAUCUUUUAAUCAUAUUAUGUACUGCAGAUGAUAACAACCCCCAAAGUCCUUGUAACAUUACCCUGAGGAACCCCAUUCCCAAGCUGCUGAAUUAUUGGCUUGCACAGUCUCCGACAAAGUGGAGAAACGUCCUUCAGUUUAUACUCCAGGGUGCAUCGGCCUCUCUGAAACGCCCUUUACUUCUCUGAUCUGUAACUAACCUGUUGCUGGAUGUUGCUCCACAUAUAUUUGUUGCGUUAUACAAGUUUGUCAGUGUUUUCUUGUUCCAUUUUCUCAUUAAAUUACAUUUAUUCAGCUCCGACAUUUGAUUUGGAGUAAAGUUCGAAUGAUUUGCAAACCCUCAAAGUUUGUUUUUAUCAACAUUUUGCACAGCAUCCCAACUUUUUUUGGAAUCAACAGACGCCUCAAGCUUUGGAUGAACAAGAGCAGGAGUGGAUUUGUUAAAGUUACUUAUAUCCAUUAAGUGUUACACCAUUGAGGGGAGUGCUGAACAGAUCUGAGCCCCCUGUGGAGCAGCUCUACUGCAGCAAUGACAGCUUUUGCAUUCCAGUCAUGCCUCUCUGAAAGCAGCAAGUAAACCAAGGCCUAACCCUGCAUGCUCCUGUGGAGAGAGCCAGCAAUGAGAAUGCAUGUAAUCAUUGAAAGCAGGGGGCAGGUGCCCUGGGCUUUACCUUGGAUCAGUGCUCAGAGAUGGGGAAUGGGAAUAUGGGCACUGGGGAGGCAGCCAAAUGCAUCGGUGUAAGUGUGACUACAGCUGCAUCAUUUGAAAACAUUUUUUUUUCCAGUUUUUCCAAAAGCAUAAAGCCACACCUGUUGUUACCUGUCCCUGUCAGAACUGCUGAUCUGUGUAAGUGGUUAUUUAGCUUUGAAUAAAAAAUGGAAAGCGUCCAUUCUCAUUUUACGCAACUAAAGGCCAUUAUGUUUUCUCAUGGUUCAGGUCAGUUUUAUAUUUUUACUCAGCAGUGGGCUGACCAUCCUUGAGUCCACAACAAAAGACACAGAGGACAAAAGUUGUGGAGAAAGGGCGAGGUUUCUGUCUCCCAAAGGGCAUAAGCAAUUUUCAGCUCUAGUGAGCCAGCUCCUGGAAUACCUAAAUCUGAACACAGAACAAUACUCAGACUCAUUUAUUCACAUCCUCCCAUGGUAGCAUCUAACUCGUCUUUGGAUAGUUUUUUUCGAAUACACAAAACAAAAAAGGUCAAAUUAUUGGAUUUCAGUAAUGAUUGAUGAGCAACAGGCCCAAUGCAGGAGUGUAAGAACGGUAAAGAUGACUCAAACUGUCUUAUAUUUUCCUUUAAGUGUAGUCCCUAUGUUAAUCCACUAAGUAGAGUGGUAUGAUAAGCUUGCAAAUAUGAAUAUUAAUCUCUCUUACGACAAAGAUAUGUCACUCACUUUCAGAUCGGGCUCUGCUAAACGCCCGGGUGCUGCCUGCAGUAGUGCUGAGACUUGCAUGUAAGCUCUAUGAUUGAUAGCUAUGCCAGGGGUGGUGCUGCUGCUGCUCUCCCCAGGCGAUGGCAACUUCACUCCUGCUCAGCGGGCAGAGAUGCCAGCUUUCUAUCAGUCAACUCUGCAGCAAAGAUGUUUUCUUUCAGUGCAGAACGACUUCCCCACCAUCACUUGCUGUGCAUUAUGACGAUGAGAUGAAGACAUUUAUGCAGUUAUCCUUUAGGCAAAGGUGUUAAACUCCAUAUUGAUGUGUGAAAUAAAACACCGCGCUGGCUUCCUGGAAAGAGGUGUGUGUGUGUGUGUGUUCCCAGUAGGGUUUGUGUGAACAUGACUCACUGCAAUAUGUGACUUAAAGCUUUACAACCUAGUCCAGGCUCCCUUGAGACAGUUCAGCUUGUCCACAAUGGGCCCAAAAGGAUUUGUGCAACUUCACUUGAUACAAGCAUGGGCAGAUUUUCAGGUGGAGAGUGAGGCUUACAGCAGCCGGAGGUCGACAAAGAGCAGCUAUGGGAGUUGACUGCCUGUACUGUGCUAUGACCAUAUACACUGAUCCACUUAACUUGGCUAAUCCACUUGUCUCAAGCAAGCCACAAGUGUGUCCCAUUUGUAUUGUUGGUGUUUUUUUGAAUAUAAAUCAGUGGUCUUAAACAUUUUAUGGGGAUUAAGCCAGCUUAGCUCCAUGGCUAAUGCAAUGAUUAGGGAUUUCUGGCACCGAAGAUAAGUGAAUGUUCACCAGUUACUCGGCAACUGUGCUCAACUGUUAAAGACUUAAAGCCCAAAUGGCGAAGUCUUGGUCAAGACAGCUCUUAAGCCAUUGGCGGUGUGUCAUCCUUAACACUUUAUUAACCUUGGUUACACUGUGACACAUCUGUGUCACUUUGUUUUAUGUUGUCAGAUGGUUGGUGACCAAUCUGUUGACACCACACAAAUCAAAUCGAGUCCUGUGAAGAUAGAUCGUUUGAAUGUAUUUAAAAGAAGGGAAGACACCGCAAAAUAAGCUGUUUCUAUGUUGUUCAGUUAUCUGUAUAAGUGUUGGCAGUUCACAUACAUUACAAGCUUCCACAUUGGGUGUUGUAUGGACAGUUGGGGGAAAAAAAGGUGGUAUUCCAAAUUCUUCUGGAUUUGUAUUCAAGCUGGAAUGAGAAACUUUUAGUUAAACAAGAAUCAACUUGUUGGUCAAACAAGAAUCAGUGCCUUUGAAAGUGAAAGAAAAGAUUGCUCUGACAUCUUGCAACCUCAUCUUACACCUACCCUCCUCCCAUUGGUUUUAAACAUCAACAAAUAUACAUAGAAUUUGUCGCCUUUGAAUGCCAAUGGUUUUGUUUAUAAAGAGGCAUAAAUUAAAUGAGUUUUAUAACCAAUGAAAAAGAAAUCUUCAGAGGAGCUUUAACCAAAAUUACCACUAUUUUUACUUCCCAACACUGAUUUCAACUCUAGAACUUAAGUACAGACAGUAAACCCCAUAAAGUGCUGUAAUAGAAAAGCAUGCUGGUCUUCAUUAAAAAGUUGAAGGCCCUCUUAUUUACCCUGUUUGAUGUUUCUGUCACUGCACUUUGAAACAAGCUACGCCAACUUUGUGGUAGCCUCAGUCUCUGCCUCCUCUGGGGUCACAGCGCUGAAUCGUGCGAAAAGGAAACCAGAGUGUUAGAUAAGUUUCGAAAACCUUAACUUUCAUUUAAAAAAAAACAUAACUCUGAAAAUGUGCGGCAGGGGAACAUUGGUUGUUGACAUUUUUCUACAUUUGUUAGCAUUACACUCUGAGCUAGCAGCACACUGUUCUUUCUUGGUGCCAGAAAACAUUUCGUUUAUUUUGGCAGCCACCUUUUUCAAUACUGCCUAUAGCUGUUGUUUUUGGAGAAGUAUUUCCUUGGAGUCUAAUGAGUUACAGCACUGGAUCCAGGCAUUGGCUGACACCGGAUAUGCAGUUUUGGCCGUGUUGUUGGCAUCUCUGAUUCCAGUGCAGGGACAACUAAAAUGUUGCUACAAUGGUUUAGCUAAUUGAUUCCUUGGAGUCAUUGGCUAAUUAUUUAAAAUCCUCAGAUUUACAAACUUGGAACGGGGCUGAAUAAAGUUAGAUUAGUUCUCCUGUCAAAAAUAAAACCUAGAGAGGAAGUUGAGGCACUUCUCUUGGUUCCUGGUGGAAUUUAUAUCAAACUGAUCAGUGCCAAGUUGUCAAGUGUGCUAUAAAAAUCUGACCUAUAGCUCCUGCAAGUGUUCCAAUAGUUGUGGUUGACAGAGAGCAGACAAACUACAUUUCUCAUACUAUCAAAGGACUGUGAAAUGCAGAACUGAGCGGUGAAUAAAUCAAAGCAAGGUCUACAACACACAGGCGAGUGUUUAAGGUUAAAAGCGAGAACUGGUGGCUCACUUGGGGAUCAAAAGAAUUUUAAAGUGCAGUAUGAAGUGAAUUCUUAAGUACCAGUUGGAAAUGGACCUUUGAAGAUAAAGUGUCUGUGUCGAUUUUGUCAAUAAUUCCUUUUAAAGUUUUUAUUGAACGCCUGGUUAAAUGGACUGGGUCUGUAUGUGUGUGUGGUGUAUCAUUCAUCUUUUCCCUCACCUUUUAGGAGGUGUUCGUGCUAACAUUUCACAAAACCUAUCUGCUCAGUCGAGACAGGCACUAUUUGAAUAAACCCAUUAGCCAGAAAAGUGGGUUGGACUGGAUUGAGUCGACAAAACGAACAAGCCAUUAUUAAAAUGUAGUCAAGGGGGAUAUUUGUGGUAGAAGAUUAAUCCGAUGAAGUUGAAUCGCAGACAAAAGCCUUGAUAAAGUGACAUUUUAAAAAAGAAAAAUAAGGGAGAACUUUAUCCAAGACCCACAAUUUCUGAGAAUUUGUUUUUCUAAAUCAGGUAUGUGUUACUUAGAUGGAUAUAUCUGUUGACAGUCACAUUUUAGAAACCACAAGGAUGUGUCAUUGAAUAUUUAACAUUGGAUAUUACUUUCUGUUGAGGUCUUUGUGGUAUAUGAACAUAUAUCUGCCUUUGAAAGCCCCAAUAGGAUGCAAAUUUUGUGCAAAUUAGUCUGGUUAAGUUUUGACUACCAAAUGAUAAGUUAUGAGACCAUAUGUAUAUAAAUGUGUUUGUCUCUGCUCUGCUCUGCUCUCCAUCACACCUGAAGCUCUAACAGCAACGACUCAUAUUUAAAUCCACAGGUUGUUCUAUAAGUCUACUUUGCAUCUCAAGUUACAAAUGUGUCUAUUGCAUUCAAACAAGAGUAUAGAAGAGACAGGAGUGUCGUAUAGGAUAUGUAGGUUUCUCAUCACCCUUGCUAGCUGGCACCAUAAUGGCACUCAUCAUGGGUUAAAGCUUUGUAAAGGCUGUGUCUGUUUAAACUGGCAUACAACAAGCUUGAACAAUGUAACCAGCACAGACAUGAAGGUUCACUUGCAAGUGAUGUGUACUGUAUGGUUUAGUCAAUGCAAUUACCCAGCCCUAGGAUCUAUAAGGACUUGUAUGGUCACUGAUAUUUUUCUCAUGAAUCACAGCUACACUUAAGAAACCACAAACUUGGUCUAUAUGUGACUUUGAACAACCUCUUUCUUCCUCCUGAUUAGUUUCAAAUUGUAUUUGUUUCUGAACUUUGUAACACCACUCUAAGGCCGUUGUUGUUGUCAUAUCCACAUUUGACUGGAUGCCUUACAUCCACACGUCAUUUUCAUCAGCCAGUUUUGUGUAGUUGGACUAUUCAGUCUCUUUUAAUUUUUUUCAUAAUAAAGCAGGUGUCUAAUGGGGGAGAUGUUAUUUACUCAGUGAUUAUGAAAAAUAUCAGUGCCAGAUAUCUGGGCUUGUAAUUACCAAUCUAAUUGGUGUACUGCCCAAAAUUGUCGCUGUUAUCUGAUGAAUUGCUUUUGGACCAGCUGAAAGGCUGAUGUAACGGAGGAAAGGUCACAUUGCUACUCAGAUGGUCUAGAAAUGCUUGUAUUUAUAUUUUCUAAUGCGGCCCUGGAUCAUAAUUGAUAUCAUCUCACACCAUUAUAUAUUAGGAGACAGAAGCAGCUCUUUUGUGUAAUAUUGAAAAUUCUGUGCUGAAUGUGGAUGAACUAAUGCAAGUUGAAGUACAGCUGAUGGCCUGCAGUAAUUUGGUAUUUCUAUUUAGAUCAUUAUGUUUUCUGUGCUUGCUCAAAGGGAAAUGAUGGGAGCUCUUUCUGAGUUGAAAGAGAAGUGUCAUAUUCCUGAAUCAGUAAAACUGCACAACUGUGCUUUACUGAUGACUCCAUUGUAUACAUGUGAAAGCUGAAUCUUUGCACCUCAUUACAAAUCUCCUUUUCUCUCUCUGUUCUCUUUUGUAGGUUCCAUCUGAGUAGGAGGUGGCAACAAAAGACCAAAUGCCAUGGAUGUAUUCAAUUUCACCUACUGGAAUGCCUCCGAAGGCAAUGACACAGAAGUUGUGGAAAAGAGCGAGAGCGCCUACAAGACUGUGGAGGUGGUGUUCAUCGUGUUGGUGGCCGGUUCCCUCAGCUUGGUCACAGUUAUUGGAAAUAUCCUUGUUAUGCUUUCCAUCAAAGUUAAUAGGAACUUACAGACUGUCAACAACUAUUUUUUAUUCAGCCUUGCAUGUGCUGACCUAAUUAUCGGACUGUGCUCCAUGAACUUGUACACAGUCUACAUAGUAAUAGGGUACUGGCCCCUGGGGCCGGUGGUAUGCGACUUGUGGUUAGCCCUGGACUAUGUCGUCAGUAAUGCGUCUGUCAUGAAUCUUCUCAUCAUCAGCUUUGACAGAUAUUUCUGUGUCACCAAGCCCCUCAGCUACCCUGUCAAAAGGACCACCAAGAUGGCAGGGAUGAUGAUCGCUGCAGCCUGGGUUCUCUCUUUCAUCCUUUGGGCGCCAGCCAUCCUUUUCUGGCAGUUCAUCGUAGGUGGGCGGACAGUGCCGGAGCGGGAGUGCUACAUCCAGUUCUUCUCUAAUGCCGCAGUCACUUUUGGCACCGCCAUCGCCGCCUUUUACCUGCCUGUCAUCAUCAUGAUUCAGCUCUACUGGCAGAUCUCAAGAGCAAGCAAGAGCCGUGUGAAGAAGGACAACCGCAAGCCUUCGGGACCCAAUCCAGAGCCGCUGUCACCUGACCAGCGGAGGAACAAUACGCCCAAACCCAACAAUAACAACGUGCCAGGAGAAGACACAGGGCGUUCUCCAAGCCAGCAUGCCGUGGAUGGAGCUAACCAUAAUGAUGGAAAGCUGCAAAAUGGCAAAGGACCUUCCUCCACAACUGCUGAUGGAGAAACCGAAGGUGAAGAUGCCACAAGAGAGACCCUUGCUACUGGGGAAGAAAAGGAGAGCUCAAAUGAUUCAACAUCUGGCAGUGUGGCUGCGUCCAAUCUGAAGGAUGAUGAGGCAGUCCCCUCGACUGCAAACUCUUGCGCAGAGACGAGCCAACCGCCCCCACGUCAACGAGCCAAGGCAGGGGGCUCCAAGCUGACCUGUAUCAAGAUCAAGACAAAAUCUCCUAAGGGUGACUGCUACACACCAUCCAACGCCACCGUUGAGAUCGUCCCAGCAACAGAGCGGCAGAAUCACGUGGCGAGGAAGAUCGUGAAAAUGACAAAGCAACCGCCCAACAAGAAGAAGAAAGCAGCGCCGUCACGGGAGAAAAAAGUGACCCGAACCAUCAUGGCCAUCCUGGUAGCUUUCGUAGCCACCUGGACUCCUUAUAACGUGAUGGUGCUCAUUAACACCUUCUGCUCCAGCUGCAUCCCCAACACAGUGUGGACUAUUGGCUACUGGCUGUGCUACAUCAACAGCACUAUCAACCCGGCCUGCUACGCCCUGUGCAACGUCACAUUUAAAAAGACAUUCAAACAUCUUCUCCUCUGCCAGUAUAAAAACAUCAGGUCAGCCAGAUAAAUACGGGCCACCCAGGAGGAAAAGCUGAAGUAUGAGUUGUCUGUGUGUGCGUGUGUGUGAUCCAUGUAUAUUUCUUGGUGUGUUUGUAAAAGGUAUGUGUGCAUGUGAAGUCUGCAAGGGUGCAUUUGGAAUUACUUUCAUUUGAUCUUGUUUUCCUUCAAUUUCUCUCUCAAUAACAGGUUGUAGCACUUUACACAAAUUCAACUGAUGCCAGUUGUGUUAAGAUGUGUCGUGCAGAGGCAGCGUAGAUAAAGAAAGUCGUGAAAACAUUCGCUUAUCAGAGGUGUAGGCUCACAGUGAGAGUGUUUAAAGCUGGGAAAACUUAGGAGUGACAGUGAGCUGAUAUGAAAAGAAAACAAUAAAAAAGUCGAGGAAGAUCUGCGCUGUGCGGAAACACAAGAAAACUUCAAAAUGGGAAAAUAGGGCUGACUGAAUUUAUAAACCUCAGAAGUUUGAAGUUCAGUGAAGAUACCUGUAGAUAACUGUACAUAUCAGUGUAAAAUCAAUAUUUAUGUGGGUGCACAUGUGGGUGUGUGCAGUUUCAGAGUAUCCGUGUACACCCAUCUGUGCCCUACUGCCUGCCUUCCUUCUAUCCGUCUGUGAUCCUCAUCGUGCCACUUAACAACCAGCAACAUGUAGAAUAAACUGGGGCAGCUUGAGUAGAUUGACACCGAUAUGGUCACAUCAGGGCUGGAAGCUUUCACUUCUACCAUUGAGCCUCUAUGGGACUAAGCUGCCAUCAAUACAUAAUAGAUAAACUGUAUAAAUAUAUCAACACUGCAUUUGUUGACACUGCAUGCUGGAGGGCCAAACUGGUGGCAAGGAAUAAUCUGAAAAUCAAAAUCUGUUGAGCUAGAAUACAUAUCAGUUUCUCAGUAACAAUGAAGUAGGUGAAGUUUUUAUUUCUCUUGGUUAGGUAUUGGAAUAUAGAACCUCCAAACAUGACCUCCAACAGAGACAGUGGAGAUGAAUGCAGCGUUCACCACAUUAAAACUUAACAAAAAUUCUCAGCAGCAUGUCUUUCAAGAAGCAAUAUCCUGGUUAGAAGUAGUUAACUUAUCACUGAAAACAUUUUCAUCAGUUUUACUUAUUAAAUAAAGAUAUCUAAGUUGACAGUGUGAGGGUCUUUUUGUACUAUUUCUAAAAAUUUGACCCUUUAGCUCGGCCCACUUGGUGCCAAAAAAGGAUCAAUGUUUGGUUUGUCAGUGCCCUAUUUUGACAAUUUCGAUAAACUUUGAGAACAAACCUGCAGUUUAAUAUGAUUAAAAAACAAUUGAAGCUAAAAGACAUUAGCUUCGAAACCGCUAAUUUAACUAUCUAGUCAAGAUAUGUAGGUCUCACCUUAACAGAUCUAAGAGCUUGGUCUGUUGUCCUACGCCUCAAAAAUAUGACAAUCUAGGAACUAAAUCGGCGCCAGUCGGACAUUUCCAUUACCCCUCUGUCAAUUUAGUGAUAAAAUCAAACACAACAUCAUAUGAAAUAAUCUCAGUGACAAACCAGGCACCGAUGUUUAAUGCUGGUGACUAAAUGCUCCAUUUAAGACAUGCUAACAAAUGUGCAUCAUGCAACCAAUGAGACUAAAGAGUUAGCAUCUAAAUUAACUUAGAUUUAGCAGUAAGUUUAACAAUUUAACAUUGUUUUAAUGAAGCUUCAAUGAUCCUCAAGGUAAUUAUAUUCAGUUUUGACUGGUUACCGAGUGCUUUCCAACCUUGGACUAUAGUCUAAUAGUCGAAAAUUGAACUUUAGUUAAAAUUUGAUGCCAAGUCAGCACUCCUUGAAACAAAUGCUGAACUGGCCUCCAUCCAUGUUCUGUCCAAUAUUUGCUUUUGUGCCAAAUACUGCAUAUUUUAUGUACAACUUUGAUGCCAACAUCUAGAAACUUGUUUUUUUAGGUUUCCUAGAACUUUACAAUUUGAAGUAUUGUGCCACUGAAACUGCCAUAUUUAACAACUUCUAUGUGAGAAGAAAUAUUCCCUUACAUAACCAAAACCGGUUUGUAGAACCUGUCUUUCAUCAUUAUAGAAAAUAGUACAACAAACACCAACAUAUGACCGAACAGGAACAAAAAGGUGUCAUGAGAUUGUUCUGUCCUUGUCUUUGAUUUGCCUGCGUGUUACAUCACAUCACGUCAGCUUUUACAGCCGCUGACAGGAUGUUUGAUGUAUUUUUCAUGGUCUUUACGUUUGCUGUCAAGUUGCUCUAAAGUGCGAGGAAACAGGUGGCUGUAGCUCAGAGCUGAGGCUUAAUACUGUAUGUGGGAAGGCGCUGUGUGGGGCUGUCUUGUUUUCUCCGAGUUGUUUUUGGUGUGUGUGGAUGAGUGGGAGACGUCAUUUGAUCUCGCUGAUUAGUGGAUUGAUGUCUCAGCGUGUACUGUACUCUACUGUACUGAUUAUGAUUGUGGGGAUCUGUUUGCGUGAGUGUGUGGGUUCUCCUAUGUGAGUCCCGUGGAGGCAGUUUAAACGCUGUUGUGUGUUCGCUCCAAGAGUGGAGUUUACUUCGGAUCACAGGAUCAAACCUUGUGAUUCUCAUAAGGGCUAUUUCUGCGUCUUUACCGUGCGUGUUUGUAUCACAUCCUCAGUUUAAUUUCUAAAAUCAACACUCAUUUAACUCUCUGUGAAUCAUUUUAUUAUGAAAUUAAAGUAAUGGAUAGGUUUGCUUAUUUUAAUGAUAAAAGAAAUGAGAAAAUUUCCAUUUACAGUAAGUCAUGUUCUGUGUUAUUCAUGCGUGUCAUCCAUCAUUUCAGCCUAUUAGACAAUUCUCAGUUACAUUAAUGUAUGCUCACCAGUCAAGGCGUUGAAUAUUCAUGAUGUUUGCCAUCAGGAGGUUACCGCAGCGGCUGGUAGGGGGGCUCUGCAAAGGAAGAAUUACGCCUGCACCAAAUAGCUCCUCAAGGCCUGUCUCCUUUUUUUACAGAGAGAUCUGGGACACAUCCUAUAAUGAAAACUCACCAUGAGGCUGAUCAGAUUACGGGACGAUGUGGAACACCUACAUUUGAGAUUAAAGAUUGCCCAUUACAUGCUCAGCUUGUGCUUGUGUGCUCCAUGCCCAUGCCCCACUUAGUGCUCCACUCAGCCCUGAUCCUGUUAUAGUCUCUACCUCAGAUAUAUGAGGUCAUGAAUGUAAUGUAAAUAUCACAUGUGCAUUCGUUAGAUCGUGUUUGUAUUAAUUCGUUUUCUUUUCCUCCUGAGUUCAUUCUAGCCUUCCUCUCUGCCAUAUUAAACUGUAAAGCUGCUAUAUAUGUACUGUGCUACUGUAAAGUGAACACCCAUGCAUAAUUUCACUGAGCAACAGAAGCACGCUGACAUUUACUUUCCUUUGCUGGCGACCUAAAUCUGAAGGGUAAAUGCUGCAUUGAAAUACUAGAAAUCCAGAAGCUUAGGAUGUAGCUGUGCAUCAAUGACGUACGCAGAAAACUUUUAACGCAAACUACAUCCAAUUUUUCCUUUAUCACAGUGUGGAUGUGAUAAUUUAACAUGCUUUAUCGUCACCCACAAUAAUAUUACAAUUUAACUCUUUAUUAAAAAGUUGUCUAUUUUUUAUAUGAAAGCAACAGUUUUAUUGUCAAAUCAUUUAAACAAAGCUAUAUUUAAUUUAUGAUACCUGCCUUCACAGGGUUUGAUUGUGUUUAAAGGACAAUUUACACAAGUAAACCUCCCAGCAGUCAUCGUACUUUGAUUUAAAUACUGCUGAGCCCUGAUUGGUCCACAUGCUUUUUGCAAAUGCAGCCCCUCCCAUUCAGAUUGUGUAGAGAUUUGACUUUAAAGUCCCACUCCGAUCGCUUUUUUUCUUACAACUUAAAGUGUUCUCAGUGGUCUUUAAAUUGCGAUUAUGAAGUUUUUAACCAAAAAUCGCAUUACCUGUGUCAUUUUCAAGGGCUUUUCUUCUGCAGAGCUCCAGCAGAUCAUUAGCAAUUUGCCUCUUAGUCGAUGGGGGGGGAGACAGCGCUGCUCUGCACACUCGUCUUCACGUUAGCUUGCACCCUAACGUUGCCGGUGUAGUAGAAGUGGCAGGUAACAUAGCAGCUAUUCAACAUUCAGACAUUAAUGUCUUUAGAGACACAAUGAAAGAUAAUAUCAUAAUUAGCUAUUUUACGAACAUUGCAAUCCGCUAAUGCACAUGCUUGUUCCGCAAUCAUCCUCUGUAUUUCUCCUACAUAUGCAGAGUGUGGCCAGGGGGCGGAGCUUGAAAUGGUUACGUAUGAAAUCUCACUGUUUCUGAACCUGUCAUUUGAUCUGCCUGAGAUUCACAGCGAUUUGAUUGGGAAAAAAUACUCAGAAAAGCAAUUUUGCACUUAAUUUUCUCAUGAUUUGUCCUGAAGCAUUAGAAAAAUGCCAGAUGAACAUAUAAAAAACAAGAAAAACAUGAUUUUCAUCGGAGUGGGUCUUUAAGGCAAUGUACAAAAACCAAAAAAGAGUUAUUACAAGCAAGUCAGGUUGUUUAGCUCAGAAUAUCUUGAAAUUAGAUGUUAACCUGGAGUUUUCAGGGGAAUAUGGAAAAUAUUACUUUUAAUUGGAUUCUGUUUUUUUUACUAAAAAUUGAACAAAAACACUUUGCAUUGAGGUUUGUUGUGUAGCUUUUUUAUCAGAUUGAAUCAUUAGCUGUCAAACUUGUAGAAAGGGACGUUACUUUCAAAUUGAUUGUGACAUUGUUGACGUUAAAGGUUAGCGAAGACACAAUCUGUAGGUGUUUACAGUUGGAUUUAAGUGUAGUACAUCAGCCAAGCUUCAUCCACCUGGACAGUUGCAUCAAGAACCGAGGCAUCCACUCAACAUCCACCCAUCCAUCACAGCGAUAAGUCGAACCAUGUCCGUCUAACAUCCGUCACACAUCUCAGUAGUGGGUAAAGAGCCUUCCAGAAUAUCUGAUUAAUCUUUGCUAAGCUGUCGUUUGAUUGAUACCAGCCGGAGAGUUAAGUGGCUCACAGCUCAAGAAGAGGUCCAGGGGUCCCAGUUUGAGCAUCUGCUGGACUAUUUGACGGGAGGUGAUGGCAGUUUAUCACCUCCUGCAAGCGAGCAAAAAGAGGGUGAGAUGCAUCUCAAAACUUAAGUGCUCGCUGGUUAUCUUCGCUUCAAACAGGGAGCAAAGUUCCUGUUACCAAUCCCCCUCCUCCUGCUCCUGUUGCCAUGUUGUCAAACACAUGAAAACAAAACAAUGUUCUCAUAUCAGGCAUUGCCAAAGAGAAACAGCGGCGGGGGUUAUGUGUGAACAUGCAGGGUUAUGAUAGAGUGAGAAAGCAUCGUACGGUGACGGUGAAGGAGCGCAGCUGUCAUGCAUGUGCAGGAGAAAAAUGGCUGAUAGCUCCUGAGGUGUGCACAGAUAAGCUUGCCUUUGUAGUCAUGGUUACAGGGGGGAUUUAGACAGAGAGAGAGAGAGAGAGAGAGGGAGAGGAAGGUAAGGUGGAGGAAGGCCGGGUGGGGGAGUUGAGGUGUCAGUGACAAAAUCCAAAGCUUGCGGAUCACGCUGCGUGUCGACCAUGUUUGGAAAAGUCACAGCCGAACUCAAACAGGUCAGCCAAGGGUUUCACUGCAGGAAUUUGAGAGUCCUGGAAAAAAACUGCAAUAUGUUUUAAUCUGUUAUCAUCCUUUCCAUGUUAUUUGUUGCUCCUCCUCAUUGGAAUCCACCAUCCACCCUUACGCAUGCAUCGCACACAACACCUAUCGUCUGAUAUUCAUAAAGCGAGCAUAAACAUUGUCUCCACUGUUACGAACAGAUCAUUAUGUGCCGUCAGAGCUAGCUGGGCUCCUCUUUCAUACGGCUAAUGUCAAAGGGCUAAAACUCCUUUUAUGGAGUACUUGUGACACGUUAUGUUGAUCAGACAACUCUUGAUAUUUCAAGGUUUCUCUGGCUUCACUCAGAUUGUCAGGAGCAAUCUUGUGAAGCCGUGACGGUGGAAAUCGCAGCAGCUUGAACACGCUGUGAGAAGUUUUGCGGAAGGGAAAUUAAUAUCGCCAGAUUGUACAGAGCAAUUUCGAAGUGCCUUAUCAAGUGUGACAUAAACAAAUUGCUCUUCCUUUUACCCUGAAAUUCCUCUUGUAUUGUUUGUGUGUCUGGGAUGAGAGUUGAAGAAGCUGUUUGAGUGGGGUGCAUGUUUCUGAGCCUUCCCAAUAUUUUCAUUAAAGCCUCUGGAAACCACAAUCCAUUAUAGCCUCUGAAUUACGCUCCUAAGUCUUUAAUGUGCUGGAACCUAAAAAGAUAUCAGCAUUAACAGGCCCACAAGUUUUAGAGUUAAAACUCUAUUUUUACUCUCUUUAAUUUUAUGUUUAUUUAUAUUUAGUAGUAAUUUAGUAGUGUUAGCAUUCAUUGCUUUGAGAAGAAAAAAAGACAUCCAACCUAACAAAACAUUUAUGUAACUUUUAGGUUAUCUGCCAACUAUGAUAUGGACAACCAACCAGUGACUGUUUGUAGAGUGGACAACAUCAAUUUAAGCCAAAAGACCCCCCUUAAUAACUUAAUAUGACAUACUGUACUGCUGGAGCUACAGCAGGCUUGGUGAAGUGAUCUGUGGCAUUAUUAAAAAAAAAAAAAACACUUAUUAGAAGGAAAAUUGAGACUGGUGUUAGUCCAGGCAUGCUGCGUAACCCAGGAUUUCCACCGGAUCAGUUUGUGAGGCAAAUUUCAUGGUGGAUUACGGACAGCAGGAAUUGCGAGAACUCACAAGAACCCUCGGAUUCACGUGCAAUCACGCGAUAACAGGUUGUCUUUAGCCACAUAGGCUAACCAUAUAAGCAGUAGAUUGUGUUCUUCCAGAGGAGGAAAUCUACUUCGAGACUUCUAGAAUCAGCGUCUCCUCUCCUAUAAACCUAUCACUUGUUCGUCCCCACCCGCUUGCAUGGUGUGAAAUCCGAUCCGCCUAAAACACGGAAUGUUUUAUUUCGUAUCUGUGUCUGUUUCCUUUCCAGCACAGGUUAAUCUGUGCUGAAUUAAUCCGGCAUGCUCCGGCGUCCAGAAAAAAUAGAACUCUUGGGAUCAGCUGCUGAGUCCGGCGAGCCACAGUGGAACGGAAAGAAGUGUUUGAAAUUGACACAUUAACUUGAAUGGUUACGAUCAGCUACGAUCGGCGGAUACGGCCUUUUCAUAGUUGUUCCGGAUGCGGUGGAAACUAGGGGAAAAGCACACGCUCGUAAAAAGCUGAUCCUCACCACAACCCUCAGUUUAGCCAAUGAUCUUCUUCAUAUCCAAUUCUGAAAUGUCAGAUGAGUUUUUACCUCAUGUAUGAGGCCUUUGCUGCUGCUCUCCCUGUAUGCCCAUAAGAAGGUGGUGCUCCCCCCUCCUUCACGCUCUCCCUGCUCUUCACACUGAGCCACACCACCAAAUGUAAUCACUGCUUGUAAAUGAAUAAUUUAAGCUGAAGAGGUCCUGACUGAACCAUCUUUGCUGGAGAAUAUUUCAUGUGUUUGAAUUUUACAGAUACAGAAAAGUGCAAAAUCUGUCAUGCUAUCAAGCUAGCAAAAUAUAUAUGUUUAUUAGCAACAUUUAAGUCCUUGAGCACCUGGAGAGCACUGAAAAAUACAAGGAAAGCUUUUUUAUUUUUAUGUUUGAGUUGAAUAGUUUGGCCUCUGUUCCAUUUAUUAACACAAAGGAGGCAGUUUAUGCCCCAUACUGAUGCCAUCCAGCAGGGGGAGCUCCACAUCUUUUGAUUUCACAGUCAGUAAAAACAGAUGUUAUCCAUUUUAAUGUAACAGUCGAUGGUUGCAGCUCACCAGUCAAACAAAACAGCAUCAUCCUUUUGGCAGGACUAAAAUAUUUAUCUUUUUCUGGCUUAAAUGACUCACAUCAAUCUUCACAGCUGUACUAUGCUAAUUGUUGUGUGAUGAACUCAGCAGCUAUCUAUUAAAAAUCAAACGGAGAGGGUGUUUCCGUUGUAAAUAUGGUCCCUAAAAGACUCUGUUAGUAUCUGUGAUUUAAUUUGUUUUCAUUUCGAGCCACGUUUCCAAAGGCUUUAAAGAUAAUGUCAGUCUCAGCUCUGAGCUCCUGCAGGUAUAGAUUUUUGAUCGCCGCAAUUAAAGUGUGGACUGAACAAUCUCAAAAUCAUCCCAACACUUUUUUAAAAAUACCACUACACAGUGUACAGUUACAGCAGUGACAUAUUUCAGUAUUAUCUGAGGCACAGUGAUCUAUCGAACGUGUGUUCAUGGGGAAUGUUUCCCCGUUUGUGUGUCUGAUAUACCAAGAUUUAGCUGUCAGUCCCCCACGUGUGAGAUGAUCUGUGUGUGAUUGUGUGAUUGUGUGUGUGCGCUGCUUGCUGUGCGGCGUUUAUUUCUUUCUAAAUGGCAUCCUCAGCAUGAAGACAUCAGAUUGGACAAAAUAUCUCGGCACACAUCAGGGAAGAUGCACACAGUGUGAUUGUCUUUUUCUCCGCCAUCACUCCUCCCUCUUUAAACAAUAGCGACAGGCUUCCAAAGACUCACUAAGGCGUAGCUUUGUGUGGGACUGGAAUACAUAUAAAUACAUUAUAUUGUACAUUUUUUAUCACAUUUUAUAAAAUACGUUUCUUUUAUCAUUGUACAAAUGUAGUAUUAUAAAUCAGAGUAUGAUCUGUGUACAGCCAGAGUUUCUCUUAUUUGGUUUAAGAUUAAAAUGUUGUAUAAAAUCUAUAAAUAUAUUUGAAUAUUAUGGGAGACUAUGAUUAUAAAAGGAGAAGGUAUAAGUAUAUGUGCAUUUCCCGGGGGCAUGAUUUCCCGCAGAAAUGGAUUCCUUCUUUGCAAAAACCAGUGACUGGAUCCAAACUUUUCAUUUUUCCGAGCCGCAUACAAGAGGAAUUCGAGGGUGACUUUUGCAGCCAGAACACCAGAAAAACCUGAAGGAGGACACAAAAAGAUCAAACUAGUUUCAAUGUGACCCAGAGGCCCAAAGGCAAGGGGCUUCAUUUUGAUUUCACCUGUAAAGUUAUGAAGCUCCACACUCACCUUGGAAAGAAGCGAUAUCCUCCCGGACACACUUUAUAACUUUUUGCAAUUUUAACAUCCCGAGUGAGAAAAGAUGUUUUAUUUCAUUUCUUCUUUUUUUUUUUUUUUCGUGGAGCAACCAAAGUGUUGAGGUUGUUUGACCUGAUCCAGACUCUGAGGGUCACAUUAAAAAUGUGGAUUUAAAACAAAAAAAUUAAAAAAUUAAAAAAAAAAAAAAAAGAAAAAGAAAAUCAGUAGCCUGCUGCAAGUGUUAAAUGUACAUACAAAGUGUUCAUUUUUCAUUUGCUUCUGUUUGUAGAUGUUCAACGUGUGUUCAUUCACUGUGGCUUGUGGCUUCUCUUGCAAUAGGAAAAAUUUAACAGUCUAUUGUUUGCAUUGUACAUAUCUAUAUGAUAAUACAUUAUAUGUAGGUGGGAUGUGGUACAUUUGCAAUGUACAUACACGUCUUUUAAUAGCUAUCUGAAUGUUACCCCUCCCCCAAAGAGUCCCCCAUUUAUGUCCCUCUCCCCCUCCCCAACUAUGAUACUUCCUGUACAGUAACAAUGGUAUUGAUUUCCUUUUAUUUUUUUGAUGCAUUCUUGAUUGAUUAUUUGUUCUGGACAAUGAAUCUGAGUGUCAAUAUGUCCGGCCACCUAUAUGACACUGUAAGAUGAACUGCAUUGAGUGGUUACAUUGUGCCAUAUGCUCUCAGAAUGACAUUCAAAUAAAAAUAUAUCAAAAUGUGUUUGGG